AGGCAAGGCAAGGCAAGAGCAGGCGCGCGGGGGAUCCUCUCGGGCGGCGCUUUGGGGCGCUUGUGGGCGGGGCCGAGGGAGCGCGCGCGCGCAAAGCUUGCGAGGGAGCGUUCGGCCGCGCGGUGCUGUGUGGGAACCAGGCGGCGCUUGGGCUUCCCCGCCUCCCCCUCCUCCUCCUCCUGGGUGCGGAGCGCCGCCGCUGAGGGAGGCAGGCGAGGCAAGGCAGGGCGGGCGGGCGAGUGAUAGCUAGCUAGCUAGGCGAUAGGGAGCGGGAGAAGAAGGGAACCAGAGCCGAGCAGGGCAUGAAGAUGGCGGACGCCAAGCAGAAGCGGAACGAGCAGCUGAAGCGCUGGAUCGGCUCCGAGACCGACCAGGAGCCGCCGGUGGUGAAGCGCAAGAAGACCAAGGUGAAGUUCGACGACGGCGCCGUCUUCCUGGCCGCCUGCUCGAGCGGAGACACCGACGAGGUGCUCCGGCUGCUGGAGCGAGGCGCCGACAUCAACUACGCCAAUGUGGACGGGCUCACCGCGCUGCACCAGGUCUGUGUUCGGGCCCCCGGGGGCUGCUGGGGCCUAGCUGGGAAGGAGCCCUCCGCUGCCCGGGGAGUUGGGUAGAGGAGGCAGCCGCCUGAGGUGCUUGUGUGAGGGUGGGAAAUGCCAACAAACAUCCGUCUUCCCUCAGAGCGCAACGAGGAAGACGUUGGGAAGGACCCCCCCUCUCUCUCCCGCCUCCCGGCCGUUAGAGAGGAGCCAGGCCGGCUAAGCGCAUCCUUGUUUGUGCCGUAGGAAUGUUGUGUUUUGCUGAGGAGGAGGAGGAGGAGGGUGCUUCCCUGCUUGCUUGGGCGGGUUAGGCCGGGGAGCCGGGCCUUGCUUUUUUGCCUGCCUGCCUCCCCUCGCCCGCCCCCGGCAGGCAGUGACAAUUGCGAGGCUCCUCUUCCUUCCUCUCUUGCACUUGGCAGGGUUGAGGUGAGGCGUGGGGUGGGGAGACUCCUCCGAGGGGGGAAGGGGACGCCGACUACCGGGAGGGAGGCUCGAGGGCUCCCCCAUUCGUCCCCAGUAUAUGGCCAGGAAUUGAGAGAAUAAGCUCCCUUCCUUACCUUCGAGAAAAGGGGGCAACCUCUGGCAGUGAUGGAAGUGGCUGCCUGUCCCGCAGUUUGAACGGCUGCCGUUUCCUGCCCCCGGUGUGAACGCUGUCGUCUCCCUUCCAAAAGAUUAGACUCGCUGCUCAAGCUCGCUCUCCUCCCGAAUAAUCCUAAAUAGUUCGCAUGCUCUCUCUCUAAAAACAAAACAAAACUUGUGUUACAGGUCUUGAAUGGUACUUGUUCUGCGGUGUGAAAGGCAAACUCGAAUUCGUGUUUGGUAUGCGUGUUUUUGCCCCCCUCCCCCCCAGUCGUUGUAAAAUAGUUAUAGCGAUUUUACCUUGUUUUUGUUUGGCCAACUCCUUGAAACUUAACGUUUUAGUGAAAAUGGAAGGAAUACCACUUGUGAGGUUUUCUCAAAAUGGAUGCUUUGUGCAUGUUAAAGUUUUAUAGGAGUCUGAUUGGAAUCUCAUAAUGUUAGCCAAAUAAGGAAAGACUGUGGCAAUCCAGAGAUAAUGUGGGUUUGCUUGAAUACGUUAAGGUUCUAUUAGCAGGCCAAAAGCAAUAACAACGUUAGGGUCAGUGAAUAUCAGAAAAGCAAGUAUAAUCAUUUUGACAGUUUGAUUUUGGUUUUCAACUCCAGUUGGCUUGGUAGCAUCAUUGAGAUAUAGUAAUUAGUAUCUCCUGUUGAAUCAGGUAGAAAUUCUCUUUGCAGUAUAUUGGCUGGUUAAGUGUGCAGACUCUUUUACUAAUCUCUGAAAUACGCAUUUCAAUUUAGUAUGUAUUAAAAAUUUAUGAUGAUGAAAUGAAUAUGAGGAAAGCUUCUCUGUUGUGUUGCUUCAAGAGAGCUGAGGAUGGCUUACAUGCUGUGCAUAUCUUGCUUUUUUAUUGUGCAAGGUGUAUAAUCAGUUGUGUCUCCUGAAUAAAACCUGCCAUUCUUCUGUUGACAGGUUGCAAUCGGUUCAGAGAAUUCAUAUGUGUACUAUUUACAGAAUAAAUUACAGAGAGAAGAAACCAAAGGAUAACUAAAACCUGUUAGGAUGAAAAAUGACAAGACUCUAAAGACUUGACUUCAUUGUGAUUCUUCAUCCUGAAGAAAUGGCUUUAUUGAUGAGGCUGCAUUUUAUUGGGUUAGAUGUUAAUCUAUUUACAAGUUCUAGAAAAUCCAAACUUUAUAGAACUACUUGUCACAAUACUAAAAAGUUGAUACUGCAGUGCUAAUGAAGUAAUGAUCAUCACAAGAUUAUAGGUAACGGCACCUCAUUGGCUAGCAAUUACUGCACAUUCUUGGUAGCAUAAUUUAACAAUGUGGGCUUUGUCUGUGUUAAACUUCCUCUUCUGUCCCCUUAGACUAAUGUCAUUUAGCUUAAUAUCAUAAAAUUGGUUAGGCUAUAAUAUCAGUAGGCAUCUUGGAAGCUUUGUGAACAUGUAGGUAGUUGAAAAGAAAAAUCAAUGCUUUAAUGGUGUGCUUGACUACAUAUGUUUGGGAGCAAAUCCUAGCGGAAUUUUCAAAGUAUGCAUAAAACUUUGGCCAUAGGCUCAUGUAUGUGGUGAGGGAAUCUCUGAAGAAGUUCCAUAUUGGGACUGGCAAAGAAUAAAGAACUUGGUGUGUGGAAGGAAUUGCUACUGUCUCUACUGGGUGUAUUUUUUUUAGGUGUAGUGGGCCAUAAGAAUCUCACACAGGAAUCAUUGAGCAUGCUUAUCUGGCUGCAAGCCCCAUUAAACACAGUGGAACUUACUUCUGAGUCAACAUGUAAGCCACAGAAAACCAGAGUUCAGUAACUUUGUGCAUAAUAUAAUGUGACUGAAAAUAUUGUUAACUUUCCAAGAUAUAUUGCAUCUGUCAAACUGUAUCCCCCAAAUAGGUUUUUAAAUCUGGAAUUUCAUUGACUACUUAGAGCCCGUAAUAUGCUCUUAAACUUAAAACUUAUUCAUACUAAGGAAAUGUCACUCAGCUGCUGUUAGGACCGUGUGUACUGUUAAUGGAAACUGAAACUUGCUGCUGCCAUUGCUGGGCAAAAUAUAUAUGGUGGCUGGAUCAGUUUCUGUUGGUGCAUACACAUCAUUUGUCAAGACUGAGUUUGGAAUGCACAUGCUCAACAACAUGAUAUGGUGCAUAGAAUCAUAGAAUUGUAGAGUUGCAAUAAAAGCAAUUUUACUUCUCUGUGUCAGCAUUCAAAAAAUUUUUAAAUGCAGCUAUGUGAUUUAGUGUUUUUAAGUAAGGGCCAGCCACGCUGGUUUAAUGUGGAAAGACUUACCUAUUAUGGAUCACUACUUUGUUUAUUCUUUAGUCUUCUGUAGUGGUAACAUGAUUUUGGUUUAAAGAGAUGAAUAAGUUUUGUAUAUUUGUGUGAAAAGAAAGAAUCUGUUCAGUGUUAUUCUUCUCUGAUGCAAAAUGAGAGUGAAAGAUGGUUCAACAUUGUUGUCAGUUGAUAGCAGUUAUUAAAAUUUUUGAAUUUUGGUGACUUCCUAGGUAGGAAAUUCUUCUGCAGAAGCCAUUUUCCAUAACCUUACUGGUCUUUUGAUGUCAAAUCAAACAUAACUGGCACAGAGCAGUAGCUCAUCUCUUUCUGAGAUGAACUAGAAUACAACUUCAUCUCUUUCCAAAACUUGUAUGUUCCUGUGUAAGAAAGGUACAUUUUACUUACUGUCUAUUUUCGUUGGUAAAUAAAUAUUAAUGGCCUCCAAAACCUGUUGGCUUCUAAAGCUCAUCUUCAUAUAGAUUCAAAAUAUAUACAGUGGUACCUCGGGUUAGAUACGCUUCAGGUUACAUAUGCUUCAGGUUACAGAUUCCACUAACCCAGAAAUAGUACCUUGGGUUAAGAACUUUGCUUCAGGAUGAGAACAGAAAUUGUGCUCUGGCAGAGCUGUGGCAGCGGGAAGCCGCAUUAGCUAAAGUGGUGCUUCAGGUUAAGAACAGUUUCAGGUUAAGAACAGUUUCAGGUUAAGAACAGACCUCUGGAAGGAAUUAAGUACUUAACCCGAGGUACCACUUUAUUCAUAUGAACUGCAUUUAUGGCGUAUGAACUUAAUUUUCCUUUUAAAAGCUGUUUUGAUGCAUGCUAAAAUGCGUUGUUGGCUAGUGCUUCUGGCUGUGACUUUGUGCACAUUGCUUUAGUUAGAUACAACAUUGCAUUUCCAAAUAGCUCAAUGCAGGUUACAAAAAUAAAAGUACAUUUAAGUUAGAAAUGCUAGCCAGUGAAUUGGAACAACAAAUAAAAUAAUCACUGAACAUGCCAAAAACAAUCAACCGAACACUGAAGAAGAUCAUUUCUUUCCCUGAAUGGACAAAGCAUUCAAGAACAAUGGGGCUUCAGCAGAAAAGGCCCUCUCCUCCCCUUGCUAACACUAAAUUUAUUUGGCAUAGAUAAUGCAUACAGAGCAGGGCUGGUCCCUUAGCUAUGUGUGUCCCAUGGUGUGACAUUAAUUCUUAAAAUGAGCACCUUGAAUUGCACCAGAAGCACAAAGGCAGCUUUUGCACAGCACAAGUUGUUUGUGGGUGUGCCUUGCAACACCUGUUAGAAAGCAAACAGCCACUUUUGCAUCAGAUGAAGCAGCCCCAUUUAAAGUGUACUGCAUUAGACUAGGUUAGAAGCUACAAAAACAUGGAUCAGCAUGGUAAGAUAGGCAUGCUAGCUUUGUUCUAACACAGCUUGAGAGAAUCCCAAUGGAUAAUUUUCUUCUUUGAACUACCCUCUUCACACAUGCUGCAAGCAACACACAAAGGUGUUUUGUAAAAAUCAUGUGACUAGUGUGUUCAUUGACAGGAUAAUGAACAGUUCCGUUUGUACUAAUUCCUGUUUAGUACUUCAUAAUCGAGAAGUAAAUUUAAAAUAAUAAUGUAGAGGGUUUUAAUUAGCAAGAUGACAAAUUACAAGGCUUAGUUUAACACUAAGUCAAUAGAACCUGAAACAGAUUCAGGAUGGACUUGGAAAAGUGUCUUGAAGUGUUUGGCUGGAACUUUGGGUAUGUUUCAGUGAAACGAAAUGUCUUUAAAUCCCAUUGGUUUCAAUAGGAGACGUGAGCAUUGACUUAAAUGUCUUCCACUAAAACCAGUGAAUUGAGCUCUGUUUGGGGCAUUGAGUAUGUUAACAGUGGUAGGCUGAGCCUUAAACCCACUUCUUUCCAUUUGUCAGUUUUACCUUUCUAAAAAGUUCAGUUGUCAGUAUUUUCAAAAACCAGUGGUAUAUCAGUCAUCAGUUAACUUGGUUUUAUUGUGAGUUGACUUGAGCAGCUAGUGCUAGGAAGAUAGUAUAGAAAUUAAAACAAUACAAUAACUAAAACUGAGUGAUAGAGUUGUAUAUUGAUCCCCCCCCCAUUUUUUCCUUAGGAUUUUGAAAGAAGUUAUUUUGUAGUGCAGUGAUACUAAUUCAGUUGACCAGAGUUCAUUAUCAAGUAAGCUAAAUGAUUUUGCUUUUGGGUGGUAUAAUUUGAAGCAAUGGACAUAAUUAUAUAUGUAUGCUCUCUUGCUAGGGGUUCAGCAGAUCUUUUGUUGCACAAGUAAAUCAACUGGGGAUAGUAACCCUUGAUGCUAAAUGUUAUUAAGUAUCAAGUCUAAGAAGCUUUUAACUACAGGGCACAUAACUCGGCUAAGGUUGCGUAGAUAAGCUACAGAGUAUGCUAUUGUGUGUUUGCAAUAUUUUAUGCCAACAGUACAAACAUUGAGUUCUUGUUCUGCUGCUUUAGUUAGUUUAGUUAGUUGUUGCUGUAUUGGUUGUUGUUGUUAGUUUAGUUAGUUGUUGCUGUAUUGGUUCAAGAGAAUGAACUUGUUCAUUGUGAUACCUUUGGUGUAAAACAUACAGAAAUUGUGAUGCUAGGAAGAAAUUAUUAAUAGUGUAUCACAGAAAGGUAGUUAGAGUAACCAACCAGUAAUUUUUCAUGAAAUGGGAAGAAUAUAUAUAUAUGAAUAUAUAUGUUUCUCACCAUAAGCUUGGGUACCAUGUAAGUCUGCUGUGUUGACCAGAUGCAUGUAAAAAGACAACUUGGAGAUAAUCACGUGAUUGGUGAAGACCAGAUUCCUUGUUCUGCCUGUUCUCUCAGUGUACUGUAUAGCCAUUUCUGCUAGUGGCAGAUGUUGUCUGUUUUUAUGAUUUUGACACUCAUGAAUCUAUCAAUAUAAGAAUAGAUGUUGCCAAAUUAGAAACCUUAAUCAUUGCUCUUAAACUUGACACCUGUACAGUUUGCCAUUUUUUAACAUUGUAGUGGUAGCGCAGCAUGAACCAUUGAAGAAAGAGUCUGCAUUAACUUUGAAAAAGUUCUAAUUCCCUUAGUUAAAGCAAGUUUAAUCUAAGUCACCAAAAUAUUUAUAGGGACUGGAGGCUUCUUUUAAUGUUGUUUAUCUUCAGGUUUUAGUAUUUUUUCCUGGUGAGUGUGGUGCUGCCCUCUGGUGAGAGUGAUUACCAAUCAGCCUUCCAACUUUGACACUGCAGUGGUGGGUGAGGAUCCCUGUCCUCCGCCCCCAUACUUGGGAUUGGACCAAGCCAGUAUCCCCCUUUGCUGACCUUAGGAGUGACAAAGACUGGUAGGAGAGGUCUUCCUUGGGUGCUUGAGGUAUCUUCAAGCAGCAGUGUCCAAGUUAACUCCCUGCCUUCCUAAUCCUUGCUGAGUGAGUGACUGAAAUUUCUGGCUUGGUCAGCAAGGCCAACCAAAAAUGGUCUAUUCUCUGCUUAUCCCUAUUGUCUUAAAAAUGCAAGUUGUGCAGAGAGCCCUUUCCCCAAUAUGUAUUUUUGUGAUGUUUGAAUGGUUUAUGUGAAUGUUGGUUUAGAAGAAAAAAAAAAGAAAUUACUGUUUUGUGUGUUGAGGUUGACUGCAUGUGAGUAUAGAGCUUUCCUGUUUGGUGUAGUCUUAAAGCUUAACUGUAAUUCUAAACUGAAUGGAGGCAUAGCGUGGUUAGCCCACCUUUGGGAAUGUGCAUUUAUUUUCAUUGUUUUUAAACAUUAUUAAUAUUUAAACUCAAGAAUUUAACCCAGAUAUUUUGUAUUUACUUAUAUAAAAUACUUAGAAGUAAAAUUUAUAUUUCUAUAUUGCAGUACACCUUACAUUCCAAUUUAUUUGUGCUUUGGUUAAAAAAAGGGCAGAAUCCAACCAAAUGUUUAGCACUUUCAAGUGAUAGUGAUUCAAGAAAGAUAUUCAAGAAUGCUCCCAUUUGAAUCAGAGGAAUAUAAAGGUACUUUUUAAAGUACGUUUGGCUCACCACUUACACAAGGGCUUGGUUCCUGGGAUCCCAUGCACAAAGGCAGAAUGCACAAAGUCUGGAACUCCUGGAACUGCUUCUCCCUGCAAGGCUGAGCGCUGCUUACCUGGAUCUGGGGAGGUUGCUGGAGUGCCCUGGGAGCUCACUCCCACAGCCUACCCAGAGUCUGAUAAGCAAGGAAAACCUGCUGGGUGCAUGGGUGGGGGAAAAACAAAUAAAUGGGAGAUGGCGGCUUUCUUUCUUUCUUUCUUUCUUUCUUUCUUUCUUUCUUUCUGCACCCUCCCUCCACAAGGUGUGAUUGCAUUGUAAAGUGAGCAUAAGUUGCAGGUGUACUCUAUUAUUUGUGUCAAUUAUACCUAUUUGAUUUUAGGGCUACUUAAAAUUCUGGCUUGAUGUUUUCACAUUGGAGAAACCUAAACCUCAUUACCACAUUGCUGGGACUGGCUCUUUGGUAUAAAUGGUAACUUACAGGAUGUUUGUUGAAAUCUAGGUCUUUCUCCAAGCCUCUUGUGAGGUCACACGCAGUGGCUGUGUUCACACAAUUUUUAAGUCAGAAUAUGAGAUGCUUUAAGUUUAACUUGUGAUGCUUGCUUAUUUGGAAGUUUUUAAUCAUAAUUCCUGGUUCAUGUGCAGUGAAAAUCUAUGGUUCAUUGCAACUUCCUGGUUUGCGUGAAGGAAUAAAAAAAGCAGGAAAGGUAUGCAUAUUCUGAUUUAAUAAAAUCCUGGUUUAAUAUGUAUUUGUGGCUGGUAUCAUUCUUUCUGCUAUUGACUUUUCAUAUUGUGUGUGUGCAUUCAUGGAUGCAUGCAUGUUGCAGGGUUGUGUGGGGAGAGCCACAAAAUGUAUAUCUGAUUUAGUGCAUCUCAGUUCCUUUGUAGAGUAUCAAAUGCUCUAGGGGAACAUCUUCCUGAAGUGGGAAUCUGGAACUUGCAACAUGCCUUAACAUAGCUUAACAUGAGAAUGGGUAGUAUACAUCUCCAAAACUACUUUAUGCUGAAGAUGGAGUUAUGUGUUCAGGAGAAAAAGUUACAUUUAUAUUCUCAUAGCUGAGGUUUUUGACAGAUAUUUCACAGCAUUUCGCUGCUUGUUUACUGUUAGUGCUUUUGAAAUGAACAUUUCUAGAGGAAAGACAAUACGUUAGAGUGGUAAAUUGUAUUCUGGUGAUAUGUGUUGGUUCGGUAACAGAAGUAAGGUUCAACUGGCCAGUGUUAGAAAUUAGCCAGAUGCCAGGCAUAUUUUGCAACUGGUACAGGUUCAGUUGUGACCAUGUGGAGAUCUCUGGCUGCCAGGUUGGUGACUGAAAUCUCCAUCUGGCUGGCCCUUCGAUCUUUCUUAAGCAGGUAAGCAGAAUUGCUUAUUUAUUGUCAUGGGUAGGCAAACUAAGGAUCUGGCCCAAUCACCUUCUAAAUCCAGCCCGCAGAUGGUCCGGGAAUCAGCGUGUUUUUACAUGAGUGUAAUGUGUGAUUUUAUUCAAAAUGCAUCUCUGGGUUAUUUGUGGGGCAUAGGAAUUCUUUCAUUCACCCCCCCCCAAAAGAAAUAUAUAGUGCAGCCCCCACAAGGCCUGAGGGACAGUGCACCCCCUGCUGAAAAAGUUUGCUGACCCCUGUUUAUUGUAUUUAUAUUCCACCUUUUUGUCCAAGGAGUGCAUGGCUCACCUCCCUUCUCAGUUAAUCCCUACAAUGACCCUGUGAGGUAGGUUAAGAGACUGUGACUGGCCCAAGGUCACCCAGUGAGAUUCAUGACUAAGUGGGUAUUUGAACUCUGAUCUCCCAGGUCCUAGUCUGCCACACUAACCCAGGGCUGAAACUAGUCAAAGACCCAGUUUGGCACACACACCCGUGCACAUUUUCUUACACACACAGGUUGCCCCCCCCCCAAUAGCUACGGCUCUGCUCUAACCAUUACACAACACUGGCUUCCUAGAGUACUUCUGCUGUGGGACAGGUAUCUAAAUUAAGUAGGUAAAUAUGGGGAAAGCUAAAUGUCACUUAGAAAAGGAUCUGAAAUAUUUCCCUUGAAGCUUAAAUUUGUUUUAUUCUGUAUUUUAUUUGAUGGUUUAAUGUGUUGUAAACCACUUUGAGAUUUUUUUCUUUAAAAUAUAAAGAGGUAUAGAAAUGACAUAACAACAAUAAAUUCCAUUGGGGAAGAAAUGGUGCUUAGACAUACUGUUGUGGCAUCCACAACCUAGGUUUAAGGUGUUAUUGGGUGAUUAGUUUCUAACAGUGCACUUGGCCUACGCCCUUGAUAAGGAAAAAUGGUGUAGCUGUAUAUACUAGUGUGAAGACUGCGCGUAUCUUUUUGCACAUACACAAGAUAAUCUGCUGCUUGUCUGUCAUUGUAAUAGACAGCUUGUAUGGUUAUAAGGGACACAUUUUUCUCCACAUGUAUGUAAACUAGCCCUAAAUUGUUUCAGAUGUGGUUUACAAAAAAAUAAAAUAAAUCCCUUUACCUCUGUCCUUUGGUUAGGGAUAGUUUAUAGGCAAAGUUUUCAUCACUUUUGUUUAGUAUUGCGGACUAAAUCUAUUAAAAAAUUGUUAUUCAGAACUCACUAUAGUAAUAAGAGAAAAGUACACCAGAGAGAGAAUCAAGAAGUUAGGAGCAUCUUUUGAAUGAAAAUGACUAUUUUUCAUUGAAGGUAGACUGUUAAGUGUUAUGGAUUCAUUCCUGCUUUAUUACUGUUUAGAGACAAUUUAGUUUUCCUAUUUGAAUACGUUUAUCUAUUGAGUACAUAGUUCAACAUACGAAACUGUGGAAGGAUAUUAGGAAAUGCAGAGUUACAGGCAGAUAGCACUAACGUAAAGGGUCACAACUUCAUUUGCAUUGUGUACAUAAACUGCCACAUCAUUCCAUGCAAAUGCAUGAAAUCCUUAUUAGCAUAGCUCUGUUUAUCUGAGUUUUUUUAAUCUUUCUUAACUAUAAAAAGGCAAACUCCAGUAGAGCUGCAAAACAGUAGGGCUCCUAGUAAGCAGUGCAAGGUCUGAUGCUAUCUGGUGGGCGGAGACAUUCCAGAUUCUCAUGUAUUGCUGGAUACAUUCCUGAAAUGACAGUCAGUGGAAAAUGUGGCAUAGAAUGGAGGCUUUCCUCAGCUGUCACCUUCUUAUAGUCUGUUAGUGUAUUGUUAGAACAAUAAAGCAAUAUGACUGGUUCAUAUUUAUAACAAAAUGUUAUCCAUGAAUAUCAAGAAUGUGCUUAUUUCACAAUAACUUGAUCAUAUAAAUAUAGUUCUUCUGAGCAUUGCCAGCAAAUAUAGUUUCUUAAAGUCUGAGAAUUCAUCUAGGAAUUAUUGUAUAUGCCAAAAAGUUCAAUGUCACCCUGUAUGAAAGAAGGAAGAUAAGGCAUAGACUAGAUAAGCUGUCAUUUUUCAGUAGAACAAAAUGCAUUGAUAGAGGUUCAUUGCGCCACUAGUGUGAUGUUUAAGUCUAUGAUGUAGUACUCUGUCCCACAGAGUGAGCAUUUGCAGUGCAGCACCAGUAUACAGAGAUCUGACAGUGCAGUCUUAUACAUGUCUACUCAUAAGUAAGCCCUAGUAAGUUCAAUGGGACAUAGAUUCCCAGAAAAUUAUUGUGGGAUUGCACCUAAAUACAUUUAUAAGUACAAAGAAACUUAAGAGUAGCGAGCAAAAUAAGAUAAGGUUUUUUGUUUUGUUUUCCUGUACUGUAUAUGCUUACCCUAGCAGUUGUUGGCUGUAUUAAUGCUUGUAGGUUAUUCUAAUUACACCCUUGCAGGUAGAGUUGCUCACCUGGGGGCCAGGGCAUAUAAUAUUGCUUCUGGUUAAGUAGUUUGCCAGAUUCACUGCCUUGUGAUACAUAGAUUAGGUAUGCAUUGGUGAAAAUGCUGGUAGUGUUGUACUUCUGUGAGACUUAUUUUAAUAGAAUAAACUUGAAUUGGGAUUUCAAAAGAUUCUGUAACUGUUAAAUGGAAACCUGAUUGCUACAUCUUGAUCGGUAGAAAAAGGCAUUUUAGUAUGUUCUGAACAAAUAGCAGAUAGUAGGAUUCAAAUAGCUUGCAACAUCAGCCUGUACAAGAACAUGAAAGAGAAGAGUAGCAAGGCAUGAGCCAGCUUAUACUUUUUCAUUAUAAAACCUUCAAUACAGUAUAAGUUUACUAACACUGGUUUCUUUUCUGUAAUUAUUACUGUCUAUAUAUCUUAGAACUGUGCACUGUUUGCAAUUUACUUACAUAAAAAUUAUAACACGUCAUGUGACUAAUUCUGUUGCUGUAAUGACUUAGCUACUGUAACAAAGAUUUGAAAUACUAACAGAACAAUCCUAAAUUUGUUUAGCGUGUGUGUGUCUCCCUCUCCUUCAGCCUGAGGUGGAGUAAGCCAUACAUCCUGAGGAGCUGGUGACAUCAUCUGGACAAGACUGAGCUAACCUAAAAUCAGUGUUCGAAACUCCUAUUGUUCUAGGCGCAUUUUGCGACAGAGAAGUUCAUUAGCAUGAGCAGUUUCUGAGCUCUGGGCGCAGCACUGCGCCUAAGAUUUCAGAUUAAAACUACAGAGUGGAAGGAAGGAUGGACUUUUUUCUGCCUUACCACUUCCAGCUACUGUCUGAAUACUGGAGAAGAGACCCACUUAAGAAUAUUAGAGGGGUAAGCAGGGAAAGGACUAGACCAUGUGAAAAAUUAACAUAAUAUUUUAACUGCAGUUCAUUCAUUUUCAGCUUUGUAUUUUUGUUAUAAAGAAGAGCACCUAGAUAUUAUGUUGUUGUGUCCAUAACCUCGGAUUAAGGUGCCACUUAGCUCCUAGCUUUCAUAUCUCUGUUUCUAACACUGCCUAAAACUCUUCAUAAAGCACCAGAAAAUUUGUAUCCAUGCAAAUGAAAACCUUCCUCAAAUGGAGCACCCCACUGAGCUUGAGUCAGGUAUCCCAGAGUACAAAAAGAGACUUGAAAAUAUGUUUCGAAGUCCGCAUGGCAUGCUGGGCCUAGGACAGAAAAAAGUAGGCCUACAAUGGGUUCUAAAGCAUGAUCUCAUUAAGGAAGAGUUAGAAAUAAUGACCAGGAUCCUUUUCCAAUUUUACAAAAAUCUGCUGUGGGAUGGUCCACAGUCCCAGAAUAUCAAAUAGCAGGAAUGUAUGCUUGCUAACAUUUACAACCACAACCAAUGAAUCUGGGCCUAAACACAAGGUGGCCAUUAAGACCCUUUUUGCAGUUGCAAUAUAACUUCUGACUCUGACUGAAAGAUUGCUUCUGCCAAGGUAUUCAUAUGAUGGGGUCCAAGAUUCAUUAGAAAAUUCAGACUAAACGCCAUACCUUUUUUGAACUCCAACUUAAAUUUAACUACCCAAGAUGUAGAGAAGACUGUAGCUGAAGCUGGUGCCAAGGGAGAGGAUUUGGAAUGUAAUUGCUCAAUUUGCUUGCUACUUCCUCAAAGCAGACAUACUUCAAAAGGUGAGAACAGUAGAUGAUGUAAAGUUGCAGGCAAUUUGUGUGUGUGUGUGUGUGUGUGUGUGUGUGUGUGUACCAUGAUUCAAGCAGUGACAUGCUCCAGCAAUGAAGACACUUCACAUAGUAUGCAUAGUAACUCAGAAAGGUAGGAAUCAUGAGAUUAUCCAUUCAAGCUCAUCAUUUAUGAUAGCAUUCUGUAUACCAGAACGUCCCACUGCAUAUACCAUAAUGACCCAUAAGGAGGGUGAAUGAAGAAUAAGUACUGUUGCUCAUCUCAAACCCAGGUGGGUUGGAUGGGUGGAUGAAGAUGACAGUGGGGAAGAAGAGAACCUAGAUCGCUGACUCACAGACUUCUAGGCUAAAAAGUUGUGUUUCCUCAAAGACCCAGUAUGCAAGGAUCAAAGUCAGGUGCAGGAAAGUUCAGUCUAAGGAUAGCAAAAGAAGUUAUGAGGCCACACUAAGAUGAUGAGAACACAAAUUUUGGUGCUCAGAAAGAAUAAUUAGCAUAGUGAUUUUAUGCCAUUUUCAGUUAAGAUAGAUAAGACAGAUACUUUAACAUAAAUAAGUGGGUCACAAGGUCAGUUAACAAACCUUUUUGCUUGCUGGGUGUGGGGAGUAGUAAUGAGGUAUUACUGCCUUUUACAGUUUGCUACAGCAAAAGUACCUAUGUCCAUUCGCAUGGAUUUCCUGACCUGAAACCUUUCCUGGUGUGGAAUGGAAGGGAGGAGUUCUUGAUUAUUUUGUUUGUUAGUGGUUUUGAAGAGUUUUUGUUCUUGGGCUGGGGGAAUGGAACAGAUCAGGGAGUUAGUGUCUCAGGAUGACUAGAUGACACAUAUAUUGAAUGGCAUUUUGUUAUGAGAGUGGAAGGAUUUAGUGUCUAGGCACGGAGGUGAGAUUUUCAAAAAAGGAACUAGUGUUUCUCCAGGAACUGCACCCCAGAUCUCUCAAACUGGAGGAAACAAAAUCUUGUAUUCUGUAUGUUUGCUGAAUUAUACACCACUCUGGGUAUAUCAGAGGCAUGGGAGUGUGAAUAUGGGAGUGUGAAUAUAGGGAUUGUUUAAUGGAUAAAUUUUAUAUUUAAAGAUUGGAAAAAAUGCCCUAACCACUGACCCAUUGGUUUUAGUCAAUGGAGGGGAAAACAUGUUCCAGCUUCAAACUGGUUUGAGACUGAUUCAUGGAUAUAUUGGAGUAAUGAGGGGGCUUAAUUCCAGUGGAUUGAAAGCUGCCCACAUAACUCCCAUUGAGCACCCUGUUUUGACUACUGCUGCUGGCUGUAACACCGCUAUCAGUAGAUUUAUGCCAGCUGUGGAGAACUUUAGGUGCUAGAUGUUGCUGAACUACAACUCUCAUAAUCGUUGGCCAUGCUUGCUGGAACUGAUGCAAGUUGGAGUCGAGAAAACAGGUAGAGGGCUAAAGGUUCUUCACACCUGAUCAACUGACAACUUUAAACACAAUUUUGAAAUAACAUUACUCCUCAAAGGAAUUGGUGCCUUUUGGGUUGUUGUUUUUUUGGCAAUUAUUGGUGUGUCUAGUACAGGUACAUCCUAUCUGGAAAUUCAUCUGGUGUGUUGCAGUGGGAAUUGAUAGUGAACACACAUGUUCAUAUUGCUAUUUAGACUAGAUAAUAAAUAAUUGUUUAAUAUUUUCAGAAUUCUGUGACUGCCCAGAUUCAUCUGAAAAUAUAAAUCAAACAGUUGAGUCAAACUCUUAGAAUCUUUCAUUUUACAACAGAACACUGUGAUCUUAGCAUGCAAGUUACAACAAAUAACCUCUCCUUUGAAUAUAAUAUAUAUAGAUUUAGGUCAAAUUAACUGUCCCCCUUUAAUUGAAAAUACCAGUUGGGGCUACUGGCCUCCAUCAUGGAAAUCCAAUUUUUUCCUUCUUUGUUCCCAGUAUUUACUUGUGUAUUUUUCAUGACCAGCUGAUAGUACUAAGGCUGCAAGUUUAGACACACUUAACCUGUGAAUAAGUUCCACUAAAUUCAGUGAGGCUUAUUUGAGUUGAUGCACACAGAAUUGCUCUGGUCAUUUUUUUACGGAAGUGUGCAUACUCCUCUUUGAUUAAAAUCAGGGUUGAAAAGUGUUGUAUUUAUAUCUUUUAUCUUACGUUUCAUAAACUCUGAACUAUGUUUGAAUGAAGAUUACAUUAUUAACUGCUUCAAGAGGUCCAUUAACUGUCUUGAGUUCAAACCAUGUGAAAUGGUAAGACAUUAAGAGUUUAUAUUUUCUUGAGUAAAAGACGCUUCCAUCAGCACACUUGUAUGUAGUUCCCCUUUUAGAUUGUCUAGCCAGAAGCUUGGAGUUGGACUAUUUAAAGUUUGAGGGAAAAUAGGAUUUAAUGCAAUAUUGUCUUGAUACAUUUUGAAAUGGGUAUUUGCAUUUUUAAGAAAUAAUUUUCUCAGUGUACUAGACUUUUGUCUGCUUCACUGUUUACUUUUCAGCUGCAUCUAGUAUAUCUAUAAAUGCUAAUCCUUAACAUUUGAACUAUUGGUGCUGCCUAGCCAAAAAGGUUGCUCCAUUUUUGUUUUUGUUUUGUUCUUUGCAGAUAGUUGACUAACCAGUACAGUGAUUCAGUUAGCAGUUAAAAUGUAACCGGAAAUAAUUGCCUAAUUUUUGUGGUGUAUGAUAUCAACCUCUGUUCCUGUUCUCCUUUUUCUUAAGUGUACGAAUGUCCCUAAAUAGAUCAGGACUAAGUUGCCUCUUCUGUCACUAACGACCAGAAUUACAGAAGCCUUGUUUAGAAUUUAUGAAAUACUGUUGGUUAAUAAUGUCAUUUGCAACCACAUAGAGCAGAAACAAAUAAUGUUAUCUAUUUGAAACAAGCAAAACCCAUGGAGUUAAGUUUGCAAGUAUUGUGUGGGAUCCAAACAUGUGGGGGUUUUAAAUUGCUCUUUAGGGUUCAGUUGGGGGGUUAAGGACUUAAUGUGGGAAAGAGAUUGUUAUACCAUAGCUCCUUGUCUUCAAAAUCUUAUACAAGUUGAGUUUCUGUAUUAUGUAAAAAUCAGUAAUGCUGUAGCGUUCUUGUAGAAAUGGGUUUGUCAUACAAAUGGAACAUUGAAUCCCUGCCAUUUAUUGUAUAUUAAAUGCUUAAGACUGGAUCUACUUGUGUUUCAAUUUGGAAAGCAGUAUGACACAGCCUUUGCACUGUAGGUUGUUUCUUUUAACUUGUUAAAAAGAAUACCACCAUAUGUAUAAGUACUCCAAAUAUCUUCCAUAAGUAAGCUUGGGAUUGUUAACUCAAAAUCAGAUCUGAUCAAACUUUAUCCCUUUAACUUGGCUUCAUUUUAGCCAUAAAAAGCAAAUCCAAAUAAAAAGCAUGUUAACAUUUUUGACAUUCCUUAAAAAGGAAGCAAAACAAUAAUGAGUUCUGAAUGAGAGAACUCUCCCGUCUUCUGAUGUAGAAAUGGAGUAGUUGCUAAUGAUUGGCUUGCUAUCUUGAUAUGUUUUAGCCAUGUGAUUUUUCUAAUUUUUGAACACAAAAUUAAGACUUUCUGUCUUUAUAGAGUAACCAUUGUUCUCAGAUAAGUAGCAUGCUCUUAAUUUUGAAUAUUAAAUGCAACUUGCCAUUUUUUGUUGAGAUAUUUAAUUGUACUGGACAUUUUAAAAACAUCUGUAGGCUGCCUUCCAUAAAGACUGGUUACAACCUUAACAGGCAAUCUAAUAAACAAAAUUUAAAGCAAAUAAAUACACAUUACAGUAAAUACAAAUUAAAAUACAACCAUACGUUCAGGAGGUAGAACAGUUCUCAAAGCUUCAGUAACUCCUAAAGGCUAGAUGAAUACAUGCAUCUUCAGAAGGCACCAGUACUCUACAACGUAGGCUCCAGCCUUAUUUCCAAGUGGACAUGGUUCCAUAAACUGAGUGCUAACACAGAAAAUGCCCUCCCCUGCCUGCUCUAGUUGUGGGACAUCUGACAAGGUCCCUCCUGAGAUUUUAGUAGCUGGGCUAGUCUGUAUGGGCAUAGGUGUUCCCUUGGGUAACUAGGUUGCAUGUUGUUCAUGGCUUUAAUUCGUCAACAGAACUUUAAACUUGGCCCAGCAACAAAUUGAUUCCUAGUGCUACUGUCAGCGGAUAAGUUACGUUAACGUAGUGUGUUCCACAUAGAUCACAUGACAGUAGUCCAGCUUUGAGGUUGCCAGCACAUGGAUAAUUGUGGCCCAGACAUCCCUGUCUAGUAGCUCUUAUUUGGUGCACCAGCUGAAACUGGAAAAAGACUUUCGGGCACUGCAGACACUUGUGCCUCCGAUAACAGUGGUUCAGUGAGCACUUUGGACUCCUCCCAUGUGGCACAAUGUAUCAUUUGCUGUCUUAUAACAGGGAGCAUUUCCUGUACCAUGUAAAAUGUACAAGGUGUCCACACUUCCUCUUGCAUGUUCAUGCACCACUCGCAGCAUGCAUGCAGGCCACAAACACAAGUAUCCUCUAUCUCACACACUAUACAGCCACACAUAUGUCUCUUCUCUCUGCUCAAGUGUAUCCCUCUGUCUCUCUCAUGCCUGUGCUGUCUAAUCCCCCAUUCAGAAAAGACCCUACAUGGAUGAAGGAAGCACCUUCCAUUUCCCAAACAAACAAAAAAUGCCCCCGGCAAUUAAAAGAAGUGGGCACUGGAUUGCAUGAAUGGACACUGGAUUGACAAUCCCUAUAUUGGACUAUAAGAAUUGUGAACCUAAACAGCUUAAAUUGUCUGAAUUGAUAUUCUCUACUUUUUCCCUGAAUAUAUUGUUUUAAAAAUCUCUUUAAAAGUUCAGGAGCCUCUGCACAAAUGGCAGCGUAAACAAUGUAUGCCUAUUUUAAGGUCCUAAAGAAUAAUUUGGCUGUGGUAUAGUUGAGGGGAAUUUAAAGUCUUAUAUUCUGUCAUGGGAAUUAAUAUGAGAGCCUCAGUAAAGUUUUAUUUCAGAGCUGUGUCAUUGCCCUUGAAUACCCAAAAAUGUUUGUUUUGGUUAAGGGUAAAUCAGUUUUCUUAAAAUACUAUCAUCAACAUAGGCUGUUUCUGCUUGAGAGAUUGUGUAUUCAUCACUUGUCAUUUCCCCCCUGUUCAAAAUAUCUUUGGAUGUUAAGGCAUCACUCUCCUGUAUCAUAAAUUUCAAGUGCAACCUUGGAGACUAGUAGUAAACAUAUUCUUCAUUGAAUUGUAGGGUGGGAGUCUAUUUCAUUGCUUACAAACAUUAAUUGACACUCAGUCCAAGUUGCAAAUAAGCAUUGUUUUUUAUGCUAAACCAGAACAGCAACUUGUAGCUUGUAAAUAGAUGGGCUUCAAAACUACCCAGCUUUAUGUACUUGUUUAUAAUUAUGAAGAGUAGUUUCAAAUUGUUUCCUGUUUCUGACAAACUAAUAAUGGAAAUAGAUCCAUUUGAAAAGAGCUCUUAAGUUAUUGCUGCAGACAGAGAAUGUUCAAUAGCACGUCGUGGUCAUACAGUAAAAAGGCGUCUGAAAGGUAGAAACAAUUCUAAAUUUGACACAUGAUGAAACCAAAAGUGUUCAGUUUGAUACUAUGAACACAUAAUUUUCUUCAUUAUAUUUUUGUAUUCCUUCCAGUCUUUUUCUCAGUGGCAUUUUAGUGUAAUGAUGAGUUUUUCUCAGUGCUGGUAGUAUGUGCCAGGGGACCUUUAUGUUGACUGAGAAUUUGAACUAAGUUUCUAGAUCAAAAGACGCUUUAGCCUAGGGGUUUGCGAACCUUUUCCCAGUUGAGGAUUAUAUUCCCUUAAGGAGCAUCUUUUGGGGGUUUCCAGGCUGGCAGUGGCUAGGGCACAAACUGGUGGUGAAUGAGUUUUCUCUCUUUUUCUUUCUCUGCUGGACUCCACCGUGCCCCCUCCCCCCUCCAUGUCAUCUUAUCUUUCUGUUACCCCAUCUCCAUCUCUUUGUUUUAGGCCUUUCUCCAUUCCCCCUUCCAUAUUAAUGCAGAUGGGAAAUGAUCAUUUGUCAAAUGCUUCUCCAUUUCAGCACACUCUACUUUUGUAUUUCCGUCUACUCUCCUUUUCUCUCCUAGUUUCUCCUACUCUGUUGGUCAUUGCAAGGCUCUUUUUGGCCUUGGGCUUACCUAACAGCCACACCUCCCCCCUCCCCCUUUGUGCAAAAAGAAUCAAUUUCCAGAGGGAUGGCUAAGAGAGCAAGAGUGAGACUGCUGCACCUGGAGGACUGCAUAAAAGGCUUGGGGGCCUUAGCUUCCUCAUUAUUGCUCUAACCACAGCAGCAUUGGUUCUCAGAAGUAACUCUUAUGAUAGGGGCACUACAAAUCUUUGGAACCAGUUGUUAUGUCCUGCUUUUCGAGACUCUUAAUUCCCCACAUGUUUACGCACUGUUUUGGCGUUACUGAUUAUUGCCUACCAUAUAAUUAAGUUCCUUUAGAAAGCUUGUAAGUUGUUGAACCUCAAAAACAUGAUAAUAUUUAUACUGGGAAUUUUUAGUCAUUUGUGUAAUAAUGCAUGAUGACCCCAGAACUAAGAGGAUCUGUUGGGAGCAGAAGCGGAAAAAGGGUGGUGUCUCCCCAAGUUCUAAAUGGGUUUGUGGGUGUAUGAUUUGCCCAAAUCUUAAUUUGAGGUGCACAUAUCCCAUUUCCUUAUUCCUUUCUACAUAUGUUGGCUAUUGGUAUAGGGGUACAACGCUUGAUGAUAUACAAUGCCAUUUUGUAGAAGACUGUCUUAUGGAGGUGUUGCUAUAUCACCUUGGAAGCCCAAAGCUUAUUUUAGAGAUUACACCCCCAGAUAUUUUUUUUAUUAGUCCACAGCUAAAUUGUCCCAUUCCCAACAACUAGAUUUUCUUUACUUUUUUCUUUUCUUGUUAGUGGGGAUAGUAGGCACAGUUACCUUGGGUCUGUCUAUUUUGCUAAUGACCUCUGUGUGGAAUGAGAAUAGCAAAUUGUUGUUCCAUUCCAAAGUCUAUCUGUUCACAUAGGCACUUUAAAAUGAGUUGAUCCCAGUAUUAUUGCUUUGUUGUGGAAGGAGAAUUGUGCUGAUAAAAGGGUCCUUCUGUAAACCGAGUGUCAAUGUAGGAUCAAACCCAUUGUAAUUAACAGAAAUACUUCUAUUUCAUGGUAUAAGGGACACAUCUAAAUCUACUGUGUGUCACUGUGUGCUAUAUAGUCAAAAGCUGUUCUGUGUAUUGGAGAAAUGUGCUGCUGAUUUUAAUAAUGCAUUUUAAAUUGCUGUAAUCCACCCUGGGGCAUUGUGGUGAAGGGUGAAUAAGAAAUCGAAUUAAUAAUAAUAAAACAAGGGAUUGUAAGGAGCUUCAGAAGCAUGUCUCCAUACUAGCACAAUGGCAAAUGGAAUUCAGUGAUUUUAAAAAAAAUGUAUUGCAAAUUUCAUCCAGUAUUCUUUCCAUUGCAUUAUGUGGAACAGUUGGUUAGGCAAUAACAUAAUGAACUUUUACAUGCUUGUGGUAGCUAGAAUUCUAUGUGUGAAAUUCUGAAAUUCACCAUUAACACCCAAAAUCAAAUAGUGGAAGGAUAAAAUAUAGGAGUUUGUAGUUAUGGCUAAGUUGACAAUUUCUUUAAGAUAUUGAGGAGGCAAGACAAGUUUCUGGUAAUAUAGCAGAAUUACAUUGAUUGUAGGAUAUAUGGCUUAUUAUCCAAUAUGAGUUAGGGUUUACCAUGGCUUAAUGCAUCAUCAUACAAUAAGCAGAUCAGUGGUACAUAUCUAUCAAUCUAUAUCCAUCCAUCUGCUUGAAAGUACGUGUUUGUAUUGCGGUUAAGUAUUUCUUCAGGGGGAAAAAGCAAAAUGAUGUAUAUUGGGGAUAAAAAUUAUAGCUUCAUGUAUGUAUUUGCAUGGUUUGAACCAGCGGUGGUUGUCUGGAAAAAUGAACUUUGGUUCAUGGUAUAUAGCAGGGCUGGCCCAACACCCUUUGGUGCCUGAGGCAAGAUGUCCCCCUGAUCUAGUCCCGCUCCCUAUGGAGGGAGGGGCAACACAGUCACUCUGUAGGACCAUCCCCUUUUCACUGAGCGUCUUGGUGAAAAGAGGGCAUUCUGCAAGGUGGUGUUGCUGCUCUCCCCAUCUUUGGCUUUCAGCUGCGUCGUUGGCUCCCCCAAAUCCCAGUCUGGAUCUCCCACCCCCUGUGAAGUAUGCCACCCGAGGUAGGUUGCCUCAUGCAGCCUCAUAGGGAAGCAAGCUAGCUUCAAGGUUUCAGGGCAAACCACAAGUCAUGCCUUUCUAGCCCUUUCCUGCCCCUCAGGAUUUGCUGCCUGAGGCAGCUGCCUCACUCAGCCUCGUGAUAGGGCCAUCCUUGGUAUAUGUUUUGAUGAAGAUAUCUUGCCCCAGUGUGCAGCAGCUUUGAUGAAGACAAAUUAUGUGUUAUGGUUCAAUAGGAAAGGUGUUGAAAGCAAAACUAUCAAUAUAAUGAUACACAAAUAUGUGGUGUGACAACACAUGGAAUACUGUGUAUAGUUCCAGUCAUCACACCUCAAAAAAGGGUUAGUGUAUAGCCACAAAAGGUUCAGAAAAAAGGCAACCCAAGUGAUCGUGGAGCUUGAACAACACUCCUAUGAGAAAAGUUUGCCAAUUUAUGAACUUUUAAGUAUAGAGGAAAAACAAGUAAGGUAUAUAGUAGGUGCAUAAAAUUAUGCAUGGUGUAGAAAUGGAGUGGGUUCUCAUUCUCAUAAAACUGGAGACUAUCCAAUGAAGCAGUCUUUUGGAUGAUUCCAGACAGAUAAAAGGAAGUCCACGGUACAUAGUUAAAUUAUGGAAUGCACUCCCACAAAAUGGCCACCAAUUUGGUUAGCUUUAAAAGGGGGUUAGACUAGGGGUCGGCAAGGUUUACCUCACCUCAGCUGGUUCACUCCAGCGGAGAUCCCUCCGUGGGCCAGAUCACGCCCUCAAUUUCCGGCGUCUGCACAGACGUGAUUUCUAGUGCCGUGGAAAUGAGUCCCCAUGCUGCACUGCGCCGGUUUAGUGCAGCACACGGGGACUCACCGAGCAGGCACCUUGUGGCCCGGUUAAAUGACCCCCGUGGGCCACUUGUGGCCCAUGGACCUUAGGUUGCCAACCCCUGGGUUAGACCAACAUAACAGGUUAAGGCUUUCAAUGGCUUCUAACCAUGACUGUACAAGCUCCUGUAAUGAAGGUGUUAUGCCUUGCUGGGGAGCACAAGUGGGAGAGCUCUGUUGCACUGAUGUCAACACACACACACACACACACAGAGAGAGAGAGAGAGAGAGAGAGAGAGAUUUUCAUCUAAUCAAACUAGAGUAUUUAGUAAAAGUGAAGUAGGAGACAUGAUAGAGCUUUACAGCUAUCAUUGGAAGCAGAGCUCUCCUGUUGUUUUGGACACAAGUUAUCUACUGUUUCUUAACUGAAGACUCUAAAAUUUUCCACCACAAGUACUAUUUAAAGUGGACACAUUUGCUGUUACUAUCUUUGAAAGAGCCAUAUUCCUGAUCUGCUAAUACAUGGGCACUUCAGGCUCAUUUUAGAAGCUUGUUUGAUUUUAGCAUACAUAUAGUUAAUAUAUUUGAGCCUUUUGCAUGGGAAUCCCAGAGCCUUAUAUGGUCAGCUAACUUUGUUCUGCAGUGAACUGAAGGCACCCAUCCAAAGGGAAAAAAUUCCAAUUGUCUUUAACUAUCUAGUACCCUUUCCUUGGCCUCUUGCGGUAGUACAGUAGCUAACAGUCUAACAGUUUAAAUGUAGGCUUUUACAAAGGUAGUGGAAAUUAAUUUUGGUAGCAUUUGAUAGCUGGAUAUAUUCAGAGAGCAGAAAUAUUACUUUAGUAAAGGUUCAUAACAAGGUCUAUAGCUGCUUAGUGUAGAGAUCUGAAAACUAGCAUCACUUUGUGUGAGGACUUCUAAUUAUUUAUUUAUAUUUUAUCUUGGUGGUUCUGUGCCUGUCUGCAUAAGAAGUGGCAACUGACAGAGCAGGUAGUGAUUUUUGCAUACUUGGAGGACUUUCUAAGCAUACAGAAAUCAAAGUCAGACAGUACAGCAUGAGACUCAAUCUCAGGGUUGUGGUUUUGAGCCCCACAUUGGGCAAAAGAUUCCUGCAUUGCAGGGUGUUGGACUUGAUGAUCCUUGUGGUCCCUUCCAACUCUACAAUUCUAUGAUUCUUUGAAAUCAAACAGCUCAACACAGACUGAGCAUCACAGUGGCCUCCAGGGGGUGUGUCAGUUAAAGAAAAGGGGGAAGAGAGGGAAUUGGCUUGCUUGAGCUGCUAACAGGUUACAGUUUUGGGAGUGGGGGAAAGGUCAGAAAGAAUACAUGCCAGAAGGUUAAGUACCCUCUCUGAGCUAUUAGGGGAGGUUUCAGGAGGGAGCAACUGAUGUGCCUCACUUUUGUUUCUCAUUCUGCACAAAUUGUUCCUUCAACUGCUGUAUAGAAAAAAGUGCUCUUUAAACCAGUCACUUGGGGAAAGGUUUUAGGAGAGAUGGAAAGAGAAAAUUGAAUAUUUUUUCCCACCCUAAGACCUCCAUCAAAGUUGUCUUUUUUCUUUUUCCCUGUCUUGAAACCUCCCCACCCUGUAGGCCCUGAAUAGCAUUGCAAGGCUCUUUUUUCAGGUUAGCAGGAGCCUUGAACAGGAACAAUCCUCUUAGGGGCAAAGGAUGCAGGUCCCCACUUUGUGUUAAAGUACCAGAAUAAAAAUACAACCUACAACUUGGUGUGCAAAUACAUAUGUGUUAUGUAAUGUAUUGAGGAGUCAACCUGGAGACUUUGAUGAGCUUUUGAUGAUGGUUCACCUUUGGUUGCCUCCUGCAGCCUUCCUAAAGCCUGAUUUCUUUUUUGUUGUUGUUGAUAUUUAAUGACAAGUAACGAAACAUACCCACACAGGGAAGCCCUCUGAUUUCUUAGUGGAGUUGCCUGCAUUCAGAACAGCCUAUCCUCGUCCCCAAGGAGGUACUAGUGAUAUGGAAGCUUUGUUCAUUGGCCAGUAAUUUUCAGCUGUGUGCUGGGACACACAACUACUAGUCUAAAUUGGUGAUUGAUAAGCCCAUUAGUCAAAUGUUAUAUGUGAAUCUGAAGUACCCAUCCACAAAAUAAGUUGCUAGUGAUCGUGCUUGAUUCUGCUUUAGCUUUGCUUGCUUCUAUUCAGCCUUUGCUGUGGUUGGUAAUUGACCAUGUUCUUACUUGAGGUGUGAUUGAAUGGUCCUGUUUCUUGUAGCUGAAUGACAUAUCCUGAAAGAGGCAUGUCAUAUUGAAUCAUGGAGGGUGGGAAUGUACUGUUUUGGAGACAGAAAAGUUACUGACUUUAAAAUUUAAUCUUAUAAGAUAUAGAAGUGAAAUUUGUUUCCAGUUCAGAUUCAGAAAAAGUGUGAUCCCGCUAUGAGAACCUUAGAAUACAAUGCCCUAGGCUGUGAUUGUUGAGUGUGUUCAUCUCACUUUAGUCUAGUGCAGAAUUUCCCAAACUUGGAUCCCCAGCUGUUUUUAGACUACAGCUCUCAUCCCUAGCUAACAGGACCAGUGGUCAGGGAUUAUGGGAAUUAUAGUCCAAAAACAACUGGAGACCCAAAUUUGGGAAACCCUGGUCUAGUGUUGACUACUCAGAGUUGACUAUUUCAUGGGCAAAACCAAUUUUGGACAAGACAGUGGCAUAUGCCAUUGUUUGCUUGUUUCACUAUGAGAUUCAGGGGAGAAAGUGUUAAAGAUAUAGAAUUAUAAGGAUCAUCAUAGAAUUGGUAGUGAAAUUUCAGGGCAUUAGUUUGUUUCAAUAAGUACAGAACAACUUUCCAGAAUUUGAACUGAGAAAGAGGGCGUUUUUCUUGCAAUUGUUUUAUGACCAUCAGGACCCCAUAAUUCUAAAUCACAUCAUAGAUUGCUUAAUACUUUAGUGUGACAGCUGUCUGGUGGUGGUUGGUAUUAUAGAAAAAAAGGGGGGAGAGAAAGAAAGAUCAAAUUUUCUUUUAUAAUUGUCUUGAUUGUUUUAGGGAAAAUAUGAACAAAAAACCUUAAAUAGGACGGAUUAGAAAAAAAUGUUUUGUGCAAAACUUCAUCAGAAUUGGCUGUAUUGUAGCAAAAGGACUGCAAAAUACGGACUUCAUAAUAGCUGGCAGUUUGUGAUUGUGACACCUAUAUGUUUAGUAUAGGUAGGAUUACCCUGACUUUUAUUUACCUUUAAUGACACCAGCAAAUAGCCAAAUCAGACUAUAUAGUAUGAUGACAUCAACACGUCCAGUAGAUUGUGCCUUCCUUGGUGGGAUCAUUUGAGAAACAAUGCAGACAAAGCUAUCAUUUUUGUUCUCUGCACUCUUAUUUUGUCUUCACUUUGUAGUCACCAGUGUCUCACCAAUACAGGCACAAUUUUCUGAAGAGUUGCAUCCUGAUAACUGGAACAGUACCUUUUCUGUUGCUACAUCUACACUACCACAAUUCCUAGAAGGCAUCUGAGCUUGCUGUGUGAGUUGUUCCCAAUGGCAAGAAACUUGGAGGCAAGCUAUUUUGGUAACAAAAAGUUGCCUCCUGCUGCUUUUACCUUACCCUCACUAUCUCUGCCCAGGGAUGCACAAGCAAGGGUACCUCUUGCCCAUUAGUAACUAAGACAGCAGUUAUAUCCCUCUGUGUCUUUUCUGAAAUGCAGCGUCUUCUUUUCUUUAACUUGCUGUUUCUUCCUUGUUUCCACAGGAAGUCACACUUGCAUCAGCUUCUUUUACAAUAAGAUAGCUGCCACCAUCAUGCCCAAUAAGCACUAACUCACUGUUUCAUCACUACCUCCCAUGAUCUCUGUAAAAAAUGGCCUAUAUUCCAGACACUGGGAAUUCUAGCCUAGUCAGCUCACUUUUGGAGCUUGAGAGGAGGCUGCAGGAGAAAAUAUAAUGGGAUAACCCAAUGCAUACUUUUUUACUUGGGAGUAACAAUAUUGGAGCAGGAGCAGCUAUAUAGUGCAUUAUUGUUAAUAUACGAGAUUAUCCAGUCAACACUCCUCUUCAUAAUCUUACAUUCAGACAUUAACUGAUACAUUUCUUGAAACCAUGGAUUUGCUUUCUAUAUCCAGUUAUUAACCUGCCAUAUCACAAGAAACCACCAACCCACCCAUAGCAGGCCCCCUGUCCCUAGUAUCAAGUCCAUAACAUGAGGUUGCACCAUAAUCUCACAUUUUCCAAGGCCUCUGGUUGGUAGGCCAGGACCAUCUCACCCUGUAUCAACACAUGUUGCACUUUGCAAGGCCUCUGGUUAAUGGGUUAGUUCCACUUUUACCCAUGCCCAUAGCAUAACUGAUUUUCAUGGUAGCUAGUAGUUAUUUUUCUCUUUCCCUUCAGAACCACAUGCAUAUACCAGUCCAGUUUUAGUCUGUAGUCACAAUGUAAUGGUUUUCACCCAAGUGCUCUAUGUGGAUGCAGAUGAUGACCCCUUCAUAAAGAACAUUGAUUAUAGUCUCAUUUUUUGUGAAAUAGUGCCCCAUGUUUUCAGUUUCUAUGAGCUUUUGAGCAAAAUAGCAGUAAUGUUGGGCUGGCUAGUUUGAAGCAUGUUGAAAUUGUCAGUGAAGUGCACAUGAAUGAAAAAUGACUGUAAACACCAAGCAAUACAGGUCUCUGUUGCUGCAUAAAUUCUUGAGGGCUCGCUUUUGGGUAGAAAUGUGUAGGGUUACACUGAGUGUGUUAUAAUACAGUGAUUUUUUGAGUGUUUUCAUGUGUACAUGUGUUGAUGGUGCCCAUGAGAUUACCUUUACCUUUCUAUAUGUUUUAUAGUUCUCAGCCUAAAAUGCUUGCGCUGAGCGAGCCAUGCUGUAAAUGAGUACCUAGUCCAGUGGAGAAAGAAAAGGCAUGUGAUGUUGGCCACUUGUUUCUGUUAACCUUAAUACAGUGGUACCUUGGGUUACAUAUGCUUCAGGUUAAAGACUCCAUUAACCCAGAAAUAGUACCUCGGGUUAAGAACUUUGCUUCAGGAUGAGAACAGAAAUCAUGCUCUGGCGGCGUGGCGGCAGUAGGAGGCCCCAUUAGCUAAAGUGGUGCUUCAGGUUAAGAACAGUUUCAGGUUAAGAAUGGACCUCCGGAACGAAUUAAGUACUUAACCCGAGGUACCACUGUAAUUUGCAGGCUGUAGGUUGUGUUCUGAUGUGUCAUGGCCUUUUGCUCAGGGGUUUCAUUGGAGUCCUGAAGAUGUUUAGGAUUAGAGAGUAACAGUUCUGACAUAGAAUUGUUGGACAUAGUUUUUGCUUUCUACAAAAGCAAACCUUCAGACCCAAAAGGACAAAAACAUGUGGCAUUGUAGUGUUUGGAUUACGUGCCUUGAGUGAAGGCAUUGGAUUUUGAUCGUUUAAUGUUGUAUAGCUCCGUGUUACUGUUCGAGGUCCCUGUGUGGCUUUUCCCCUUGCACAUGGCACCCACAUGGCUCAAACAUGCCAUAGUAUGGUUUCCCAUGUUUUCUGAAUCCAGUUUGUGGCUGAGUGGUAAGCCAUAAAUAAGCCAAGGUUUGUUCUUGGUUUACUUCUGGUUUAUUGCUUGUGGUUUGUCUGAGAACAUACUCCCCCCCCCCGGGGGGGGUGAUUUGGAUGGCACAAAAAGCCAUACUAGAGCUGUGUGGGUACUGUGCUGAGUUGAGGAGGAACCCAUGUGGGGACCUACAUGGCAGGCGGGCAUAGUCACAACUAAGUCGUUAUUUGAGACAAACUGUGAUUUACAUGUGUGACUCAGGCAAUUGAAAGCUGGAUUUUAGUUAUACAUAGAAUAGAAAUCUUAAUUCCCAUAGAGGUUUCUCAAGGUAUCUAGGUACCCAAGCAUGCAUGGUUUUACAGUAUAAGCUCAAAACUGAAUUGCACCCUAAGGAAAUUGACAUAAUUUGCUGUUUGCUAUAUCUUGUGAUGUGUGUUUUCUCUUCUACAUAUUUGUUUUAGAAACUCUGCAGGGUCUGUUUUGUUCCUCACACUGUCAAAAAGUGAAGAGUAUUAGGCUAGCUUAUGGCAGAUAAGACAUACAACCUCACAGUUCUGUAUAUAUCACAAAGUAGAGACAUGCUCUCUGCAUUCUCUUCUAUCCUUCUAAGGCUGGCAGUGAGCUGGCAGAGAAGAAAUAUACCAAACAACCACGUAUAAGAAGAACAUUUUGUCAUGAAUGGAAGGAACAUGUUGCAGGUGGCUAUAGUGAACUCGAAAUGGCAAUAGAGAUUCUUAUAUUUAUGCAGAAUAAAUAAAAGAAAAUGAUGGGCUAAUUCAUGUAGCACGAAUCAUGUGAACAUGUGCUUUAUGUGGGAUAAUGGCUUAUUGCUGCCUGUUUGGUUGUGGAAUGGGCUGUUUGCGGUUAGAUCUAUUGUCAUAGAAUGACUUUUGGCCAAUUGUUAAAACCACCUUAACACUUUUUUCUUCUGUUUAUAGGCUUGCAUAGAUGAUAAUGUAGAUAUGGUGAAAUUUCUGGUGGAAAAUGGAGCCAAUAUUAAUCAACCUGAUAAUGAAGGCUGGAUACCUCUACAUGCGGCUGCUUCCUGUGGAUAUCUUGAUAUAGCAGAGUAAGGAUUUUUUCCCAAUAUUUAACAUAACUUACCUUGAUGUUUAGUAGACUUACGAUGCAACCGUUGCUAAGAAGCUGUUUAACGACAGGAUACUUUGAGCAAUGUAUUCCAUAUUUUAUGAGAUGAGAACUGGGUUCUUUAUGACAAGAAGAAAAAUGCAGUUCCCUCACUCAUAAUAAAAUUACGUUGAAAGGUGAAUUUGAAAUUUGCAGUAGUCUACAUUUGUUAAUCAUCUUGUAACAAAGCCAUAUAUCUGAACAUAUAUUCUAGAAAUGAGCACUUGAUACUUGAUUUGAAGCCUGUGUUUUUUGUUUCCCUGUGAAAUAGUCAACACUGGAGCACCAGACCUUUUGUUGAUACUUAAUUAUAUCUAGGGUUAAAGAACAAGUGCAGCAUUUAGCUAAAGUUUGUCUUUGUCUUAUCUUGGGAUGUUGAUAGAAUUUUCUGGGAAGUUUACAAAUAGGGUGGCUGUAGCUUUUAAGGAUAGCUCUCCACAAUCUUUAACCUUUCAAUUUGAUGUAUUGGGUGCCCUUAUGAGGAAGAACUCUGAGCUUGAGAAACCUAAACCUGUCCAGGCUAUACAUUGACACCUCUUGCAUUGCAUAUAGUAAUGUAGGAUCCUGUUUGUCCUUAAAAGGAAGCAGUACUAGCUGUAUUCUUUCUGACUCUGCAGUAUGUGUCAGAAUUCUGUUUGAGCUAACAUAUAAACUAGAAUGGCAUUUUAGCAGCUGUAAAUUUCAGUAAUUUUUUCAUGUGGCAGCUGAAACUACUUUUCAAGGGGUACAUGAGUAGGUAUAUUGUAUAUGGUUUUCGUAUCUCAUUUGUUCUUCCUCUGAUGUGUGGGACUGAAGUUUCAAUAGUUAUUUGCCCAUGGCAUUGCUAAGAUUUAAAGACACCUUGCCUGUUAUAGUAGAAUAAAUGUGUGUAAUUCCACUGAAUAAGCAGUACUUAUGCUGUACACACACACACAUUCAUACCCCUCCUUUAUGUAUUACACAUACGUGUCUGUAUGUGUACAUAUAUAAUCUGUUAAUAACUUAUUAUAUAUCAAUAAGAAUUAUAAUCAGGAAAUACAAACAUAUUACUACUUUUGAGUCUCUCUCUCUCUGUGUGUGUCAUAAAAAUACAUUUUUAUGUUUGCAGAACAGUUGUACAUAAAUGUUCCACUUUUCAAGUGUGAAGGUAAUAGGCAUUUCAUCCAGAGCACACCCUCCUAAACAGUCUUGUUGAAGAUGAAAGAAAUAAUUGCUUGCCAAACAAAAACUAGUAAAGAGGAUGUGACUGAGCAGGCUCAGAAUGUUGUUAAUGCUUUUUAGGGAGUGUGCUGGAGAAAGUAGGGGCACAGCAGCUGCAGACAUUCCUGGAGGUUUCUCAUUUUCUUGAUCUGGGUUCUUUCUUGGUGAUGGGAAUGAAUCAAUCUUAGUGGCCUUAAUGGAUAUCCUUUGUUGCGGGCACAACACAGGGACUGCAGGUGUUCUCUCCCACCCCUGUUCCUCUGUGGCUUUUGAUGCUAUUGUCCAUAGUAUCCUCCUGGACCAACUCUGUGAGAUAGGCAUUGGAGGCACUGUACUGCAGUAGUUUUGAUUCUGCAGUGCCAAGUUCAGAGAGUUACACUGAGAAACAGCUCAUUGGCCCCAUGGUGUUUUUGUUAUGGUGUCCCACAGGGGCACAUUUUAUUCCUAAAGUUUUUAGGGAUCUAAAUGAUACCAAAGCUUUUUAGGAUCUCUCUGAAACCAUUGAAAGCAGGCAUUAGGAGUUUAGAAGCAGGAUGCCUUCAGUAUGCUGAUCACAAUUGAACCUGCUUUCUUUUGCAUCUAAAUUGGGUGAGGCUGUAGAAGCCUUGGACCAGGGCCUGGCUGCAGUUAGUGGGCUGGAUGAAGACCAGGAUAAUGAGUUUGAAUCCUGUAGCAAAAUGUCUGUUCUGGAAGAGGUUGAGCUCUUUCUCAUGGAACAGGUUCACAGCCUGGAGAUGCACCUGAGUCCAUCUUUAUCACUUGGGGCCCAAGUGGUCUCUGCAGCUGGGAGCUCUUUCUAUAAACUUUUAUCUGAUCAGACAAGUGUGGCCAUUCUUGGGUUGGCCACUGUGAUUCAAACAUUAGUAGCCUUAAAACUAGGUCACUGCCUACAUGGGGCUUUAUUUUGAUGCAUUGCAGGGGGCUGGACAAGAUGACCCUUGGAGUCCCUUCUUGCAGUCCUGAUCUCAAACAAAUAAUUUACUCACGGUUGAAUGCCUAUCUUAGGAGUUGUAAGCAGGAAGUUUUCCUGGCUUGGCUAAGGGUUAAGACACAGGGUCCAUACUCAUCCAUACCUUUUUGGGGUAGGGUGACUCUUGCGUGGUUGUCUUGCAGCAUUCCCAGAACUGUUAAACAUCAUGUAUUGCUAGUGCGUCCACAUUUUCUUAGUGCUUGACAAAGGUUUUUGUGAACCUGGCCAUCUGAUCUAUGCUGUGUGGUCUAGCUUCAUUCUUGAAGUUAAUAAUUUUUGUUUUCUUCAUGUUUCUAAACAUAAUGGGCUAGUUAGUUUUCUUUUAAGACAGGGAUGGAGAAUCUGUGGCCCUCUAGAUGUUGUUCACAUCAUCCCUGACUAUUGGUUAUGCAGUCUGGAGCUGUUUUAAGACCUUGGUGUUGUAAGAGAUAUGCUUCACUCAUGACUAGAUUGGACAGUCAGUAGUGCCAUCUGGUAUACAGCAUGGUAUAGCUAAGAUAUCACUGUGCUAUAAAAUGCCUAUGAUUCACUCAGAUACAUUAGCUAGUCACCAAAUGGCACCUUAAACCUGGGUUGCCAUUUAUAUGAAAUUUAUAUCAUCAUCAUUAUUGCUGUAAUUAUUAAUUUCAUUUCUGUACUGCUUUAUAUUUUAAAGAAAAAAUCAGAGCAGUAUACAACACAAUAAAACAUCAAAUAAAACAAACAAGAAAAAGACAGCGACAAGAGAUCACUACAAAUCGACAAGCUGGCUGGUGUGCAACAAUAUCUUUUGAUACUGGGGAACGUGGGGGCAUGCACAGCAGCAGAAAAAGUUGCUGUAUGCCAGCCAAAUGGUGGAGAUGUCAGUCUCCAAACCUGAUGACAAGAUAUCUUCCCUUGGUUGCAAGUUGACUCGCAUCAGUCGCAAAACGUGCCUAGUGCCUGGGGGAUUUUGAACAGCGCUCCCUAGGUACCCUAAUACUGAAAGUUUGAUCUGCAUUGUGAUAGAAGUGAACAGCUGAUUUGAUUAUGAUUAUUUUUGUGACUUGCUGGACUUGGCUUGACUAUUUGUAAAAAGUUGACAACUUAUAAGACACGUGAGACUCAAGGCAAGAACUUCUAAUUGAUACUUCAAUCACAACUGAUGUUUCAUAUCCUUUGCAUUAUCGAGUUCUGCCAAACUGAAUAGUUGGUCACACUAUUUCUUUGGCUCAGAUAGACAAAACCUGCUUAGGACUAUCUUCUCCUUCUGCUGGGUUUGUAAUUAAAAUGAUAAUAGUUAUUGUUACAUCGAAGAGGUGUAGUCAGUCUCCACCUGCUUCCUAUGGUCACUCCGGCUCUCAAUGCUUUGUUUGGAUCAUGUGGGCAUAGAUCUGCCUUUCACCAGGUAAAGCUACUUUUUUGCUUAAGAUGAGAGUGAAGCUACAUGGGGAGAAAGUACCUGAAGUUGUGCUGUGUGGCCAGAAGAACAAUAUUUGCUUCUUUGUUUUGAAUCAGUAUAUGCUUGGAUAAUGGUGUCAGGUGGAGGGAGAGAGUUGCUUUGUGGCUCCUGCAAGCUACAAACCUGAAAUUGAUUUUUGAUGAUGCUUUCAAGGAGCUGGCUUUAGGCACCAGGUCUGUUGACAGACCAAGUCUGCAUUAUAAAGAUGUCUGCAAACAUGACAUGAAGGCUCAGAACAUUAGCUUUAGGUAAAGGUAAAGGGACUCCUGACCAUUAGGUCCAGUCGUGACCAACUCUGGGGUUGCGGCUCUCAUCUCGCUUUAUUGGCCGAGGGAGCUGGCGUACAGCAUCUGGGUAAUGUGGCCAGCAUGACUAAGCCACCUCUGGCAAACCAGAGCAGCGCACGGGAACGCCUUUUACCUUCCCGCCAGAGCGGUAUCUAUUUAUCUACUUACACUUUGAUGUGCUUUCGAACUGCUAGGUUGGCAGGAGCAGGGACCAAGCAACAGGAACUCAUCCAGUCGCGGGGAUUCGAACCGCCGACCUUCUGAUCGGCAAGUCCUAGGCUCUGUGGUUUAACCCACAGCGCCACCCACGUCCCUACCAUGUGGGAAUUCCUUGCUGAUGAUCACAGUGCCUGGAAACAGGCAGUCAGGUCAUGCAUCCAUAGCAGUGAAAAGAGGAGGAAUGACUGCUGGGAGGAGCGCGGAGAGAAUAAACGUCAUGCAUCUGCAGCAGCACAACUGGAUGCCUUCAUCUGUCCCAGCUUCAAUAAAAGAUGUCUCUCCCGUAUUGGUCUCUACAGCCACAGUUGAUGCUGUAACUCUCCAAUGGUUUGACUUUACCCCAAUGGUGCCACUUCCAUUGUCUCCCAAGACAGAUGGAUGCCAACAGCAACUUAAUACUUCAGUUUUUAAUAAAUACAUCUGCGGGGUGGGGGUAGUUAAAAUUAGCAAGGGAAAAAAGCAAUCAAAGAUUAUUUAACUACAGAUUUAUUUAACCCACUUACUAAAGUCAAGUGUAAGAGGCUAAAAAGGUAAAGGUAAAGGACCCCUGACAAUUAAGUUCAGUCGCGAACGACUAAAUCAGACUGUAUUUAUCCAUCUAGCCCUACUUUGACUCUUAGGCAGAGAUUCUAUCACCUGUUACCUGAUUCUUUCAAUCUGACAUGCCAGAUCUUCUCUGUGUAGGAUCCUCUCCAUGCAGACCAUGUGUUCUCCUUUUCAUAUAAGUAAACAUACAUAGCAUUGCACUCUUAAAGUUAAAAUAAACAAUUUAAUGUUUUAAUUGACCUUCAUAAGUUCUAAUACAUAAUUUCAUUCACAUUGAAACUGCUUUGAAAGUGUAUAUAAUGUUGACAGUUAGUAUGACUAGACGGCACAGUUGACUGUUAGAAACUUUAUUUGUAAGUCCAUGGGAAGAGACCAUUUUGUUCAGUUCUGCAUACUUUACUUCCCUUAAAUUCUGGGGUUGUGCUGCUUCUGGAGCAGUUCUAGAGGUAACUCGGAGAAUAACCAUGUAGGUUUUUAAGUUAAGAAGGGCAAUUCUAGGAAUCUCUAGUCCCACUGCAGGCAACUUACUGUUUUGUUUUUGAAAGGUUGGAGAGAGGAAUGUGGACUUUGAAACCUCAUUCUUAUCUAGAAGAUGUAAUUAUUUGGGGAUACUCUUGUUCUUUGGAAGGAAAUUAGUGAUCUUUGCAUCUACUGGAACCAUCCUGUUUUCACCUUUUCAAAUUAUGCUGAGGUUUCCCUUUUAUAUUGUUUUAUGCCUGUUGCUUUAGAAGCCCUUGACAGAAAGAUUGCAGGAAAAGGCCUGGUUUUUCCCCCCCUAAAGGAGGGUUUUGGUUUUUGUUUUAAACUAACUUCUGUGUGUCUGCUUCUUACCCUGAUCUUGGGAAUACAAUCCAUACUGUUGGAGUAGCAGUUUGACUCAAUGAAGACAGUUCAUAGAGAAAAGCUCAGUUUGCUGUUCUGCUUAGAUGACGUGCAAACCAAUUAGAUUUGUAGUUUAUUUAGUGGGGAAUGGAGCAGAAAUUCUCAGCUUCAGACAGGUUUUCCCCUUGCUUUGGUAUAGUAUAACUACAGUGGUACCUCUGGUUACGAACACUUCUGGUUACGAACGCUUCAGGUUAUGAGCUCCGCUAACUCGGAAGUAGCUGCUCCUGGUUUGCCCCAGGAUGCAAACAGAAAUCACGUGCUAGAGGUGCAUGCACAGCAGGAGGUCCCAUUAGCAAAAGCGCACCUCAGGAUAAGAAUGGUUUCAGCUUAAGAACAGACCUCUGGAACAAAUUAAGUUCGUAACCAGAGGUACCACUGUACUUACUUUGGUCUUGUUCUGUCUUUUAUGGGAUGUUUUUUCUCCUGUAGGUAAAAUUAAGAAAGUAACUAGCCUUGUGUCAUAUUCUGUUUGUGCUUUCCUUCAUAGUUCUAUUUCCAAUUUGGUAUUCAGCUCAUGAAAGGAGGUAUGACAUUCCUGAAACAGAUGUUAUUUAGUGCUGUAUUUGCUUUGCAUACAUAUGAAUUGAGAAACCAUACUUUUUCUAAUGUUGAAAAACAGCUUGUAUUGGAUAUGUGCUGAACAGAUAUUCUAGGCCUCAGUUUCUGGUGCUGCUGAUGUUAGUGACCUGAUGGGGCAGACUAUCAUAGAUACUCCAUGAUUAAGUAUUGGCUGGGAAACAAAAGUCUAGGGGAUUGGCAGCCAUAGUUUGUUAUGGUAGUGGUGAUGACAGUCUGACCAUCAUUCAUUGUUUUAAUAGUCACUUCCUUCUCCUGUACUUUGCUUUUUAAUUCAGUGGCUUCUUAAGGUCAAUAAAAAAUGCACACUAUCAAUGGAUUAAUUUGCUUGUGUCUCAGAUGUUAAAUAGGUUGAAAUGAGCAUAACAUCUAAGAACAUAUUUUGAGAUGCCUCCCACACUGAAUAUUUUUUGACUAGGAUGACACUAUAGAAUACUGGAUCACUCAAGGUAUUCAUAAGAUUGCAUUUUCUGGUUAUUGUUUUUACCUUGUUACUCAUUUAAUAUUAGGAAAUCACUGUGGUUCUUAAGACUAUGUUCAUGGAAGACAAACUUACUCGGCUACGAGUAAUCUCCAUAGAUGAUGAUAGUUUAGCUUUGUACAGUAUGCUUUUCUUUGAAAAGAAUGGAUUUAAAUACAUAAAGAUAUGACUUCUACUUCUAGCAUUCCCUAUUCCAAUUUUUAUUCUCUCUUAUUUUAAAGCCUGUGUUAAGUUUAACAGUUACUGCAACAAUUUGUUGCUGCUCCUACUUGCAUUUCCUUAGUGCACACCAAUGUAACAAUGAUUUAAACUGUUUUUAAGAGAACCAUCUGCUGAACUUUAUCAGCAUACAAGUGAGGCAUUUUGGCUUUCUAUGCACGAAGUCAGCAAUCUUAGGCAUACAUAUUGGAAAUAAGACCUACUGAACAAAAUGGGACUUCUGACUAGUGAUGUUAAAUUCUUAAGAAUAUUUUUUUGGAGAAUGUUCUCGAUUAAUGAGAAUAUUAGAGAAUUUUCAUUUAAAAUAGGAGAAUAAUCAUUUUAAUGCGUUGAAAAUGAUAUAAUUAGUUAAUAUACAUGUUUAUUCAUGGGUAAACCUGUUCAGAUAGUAACAAAAAACUGUACAGAUACUUUAAUUCAAUGGGGCAAUGCAGUGAAUUCAUACCAGUCUUUGAUUUUUUGCACCAAACUUGAAAUUGAAAAUUCAGUGUGAAUGACUCACGUUAAUCACUAAGCCUGUUACCAUCAAUUUGAAUUCCAAUUAUGUUGUGUAUGUAUGAAAUGUAGCUUUUAAAGUAAAAGGAAUACAAAAAAGACUCAGGUCUGCUACAAGAGUACAUUCUUUAGUAAGCAUAUCUACAUGGUACAGUAUUUUCAGUGCAACACUAAUAAAAUUUAUAUGUUUAAAAUAAAUGCUAUUUUUUCCAGAAAAUAAAACACAAAUAAUCAGUAAUGACAAGUUAUAUAACAUCAGAAAUGCAAAUUACUAUCUGCUUAGACAAGUAAGAAAACACACAACAUAUUUAAAUUAUAACUGAUAAAUUGUCACAAGAAAUAAAUUUAUUUUAAAAAUAGGCUUUAAUUAAAGGUAAAGGGACCCCUGACCGUUAGGUCCAGUCGCGAACGACUCUGGGGUUGCUGCUCUCAUCUCGCUUUACUGGCCGAGAGAGCCAGCGUACAGCUUCCGGGUCAUGUGGCCUGCAUGACUAAGCUGCUUCUGGCGAACCAGAGCAGCGCACGGAAACGCUGUUUACCUUCCCGCCGGAGGUAAUUUAUCUGAUUGCACUUUGAUGUGCUUUUGAACUGUGAGUUGGGCAGGAGCUGGGACCGAGCAACGGGAGCUCACCCCGUCGCGGGUAUUCGAACUGCCGACCUUCUGAUCGGCAAACCCUAGGUUCUUUGGUUUAGACCACAGCGCCACCUGCGUCCUAGGCUUUAAGUAACAAGUCUCAAAUGAUUAUAAAUUUAUAUUGACUCCUCAAACAUCUUAAGAGGAUAAGUCACCAUCUUCGUCUCCAUGAUGUCAAUCUCUGGUAAAUGGCACCUUGUACCAUUGAAUGGCACUGCAAAAACCAGUUACUGGCAUUAAAUAAAAAUAUUGAAAUGUCAACUGUUUAAAUCAAGGUCACCUCACUUGCCGUUACACAUAAUUGUAUAGGUCUAGGUACUUUAAGUGUAUAAAGCAUUAUAGCUACCGUAUUUUUCGCUCUAUAGGACACACUUUUUCCCCUUCAAAAAUGAAGGGGAAAUGUGUUUGCGUCCUAUGGAGCGAAGACGCCAUAGCCCCGCGACCCUCUCCCGGCUGGAGAGGUGACGCGUAGCUAUGGCAGGAGCCUCUAUAGCCGCGCGUCACCUCUCCAGCCGGGAGAGAACGCGUGGGGCUAAAGAAGCCCCCCGCGACCCUCUCCCGGCUGGAGAGGUGACGCGCAGCUAUGGCAGGAGCCUCUAUAGCCGUGCGUCACCUCUCCAGCCGGGAUAGCGCACGCGGGGCUAAAGAAGCCCCCCCGCGACCCUCUCCCGGCUGGAGGGGUGACGCGCGGUUAUGGCAGGAGCCUCUCCACUGCGCCUUUCUGCUGCUCCCUGACCUCCUCUUUGGGGCUGGUGGUGGGCUUCCCCCCGCCAGCCCCAAAGAGCAGGUUGAAAGGAACUUGAAGCCUGGAGAGCGAGAGAGGUCCGUGCGCACCGACCCCUCUCGCUCUCUAGGCUUCCAAGGUAGCCGCCUGCACGCACCUUAAACGGCACCUUGUUUUAGAGCGGGAAAACAAGAGGGGGGAAAUUCUCCCCCUCUCUGCGCAGCGCCUCCUGCCGCUUCCCUGAAGGGGCGCUGGGCAGAGAGGGGGAGAAUUUUUUUUUCUUGUUCUCCCCCCUCUAAAAAAAGGUGCGUCCUAUUGUCCGGUGCGUCCUAUGGUGCGAAAAAUACGGUAUUUUCUGUAUGGCCAAGGGUAUAGAAUUGCUAGGAAUAAGGUCACACCAAAAAAGAAAAAAAGCCUAUUACAUAUAGUUGAAAUAUAUAUGAAUUCAGAUGUUCAUCAGAUUAAAUGAAUGGCAUUUUUAAAACAAAACAAAAAAUGUUUUCUGUAGUUCACAUUUCAGAAGUGCCAAUGGUGCCCAGUAAUGUAACUUGAUCAAAAAAAUCAUUAUUUAUUACUUACACUGGCAAUAUCACAGAUUGACUUAUUAUUUACUAGAUUUUUUAAAUGUGGAUUAUAAAACUGGUUCUUAAAUUAGAAUUUACAGUUUGUGGAGAAUAUUCUGCGGAGAAUUUAGAAGGCACAGGGCCUUCUUGGUAGGAGCGCCCUCCCUUCAGAUGUUAAGGAAAUAAACAACUAUCUGACUUUUGGAAGACAUCUGUUUAGGGAAGUUUUUAAUUUUUUUUAUUGUGUUUUUACUAUUCUGCUGGGAACCACCCAGAGUGGCUGAGGAAACCCAGCCAGAUGGGUGUGGUAUAAAUAAAAUUAUUAUUAUUAUUAUUAUUAUUAUUAUUAUUAUCAGCUCAAAAGUCAUACCUCAUGGAAGUAGCCACUCCCUCCUGCUUGUUUUUAUCACCAAUGUCUAUAAUUCAUAGGUAUUGCCUCAGAACAUGAAUUUUCUAUAGAUUACUUAAAAUUAACAAGCUUCUGAUAGACUUUAUAUUCCAUUUAUAUGUCUAAACCAGGGUGAGCCAAUGUGGUGUCUUCUAGACAUUUUGGAUUAAAAUUCCCAAUGUCCCUUAGCAUUGAUUGUGCUGACUGGGAGUGAUGGGAAUUGCAGUCCAUAGCAUCUGGAAGGCUUCCCCUUGUCUAAGCUUAUUAAAUGCUGUCUCAGACUCUUGAUGUAUUUCAUGACCUGCCAUCUUAACAUGAAGCUGACAGAAGAGAUGCUGAGAGAAACAAGAUGAAAUCAGUUAUGAUAAUCUGUGAAGACUUUUAGGAUCAGUCAUAACAGAAACCUUUUAUUCAUAUCACAGUGAAUUUUUUAAAAUUGUCAUGAGGACUUUAGUCUCCACAAUGUUUAUAAUUUAUCAACUUAGGUUAUUUUAUGUAGAUGACGAAGCCUCAGUUUAAAGAUAGUAAAUAAUUUUUGUAGUACUUCCAGUUCUGAUACUAUUCUGGAAACAGAAUAGCCUCAACUUUAAAUAGUAUUCUAAAUGUGGAUACACCACAGGUUCCUAUAAUGACAGACUUUUAAAUACCAUAUUUUUUGCUGUAUAAGAUGCACUUUCCCCCUCCUAAAAAGUAAGGGGAAAUGUGUGUGCGUCUUAUGGAGCGAAUGCAGGCUGCGCAGCUUUCGCUGAAGCCAGGAGAGCAAGAGGGAUUGGUGUGCACUGACCCCUCUUGUUCUCCUGGCUUGGCUUUGCUGGAGAGCCGCUGUGUAGCAUUCCUUCUCUGCGCAGCGCCCCUUCAGCAAAGCGGGAGGAGAAAUGGAAGGGGCUCUGCUUCUCCUGCCGCUUCACUGAAGGGGCGCUGCGCAGGGAGGGAGAGAACUUUUUUUUUCUUGUUCUCCUCUAGAACUAGGUGCGUCUUAUGGAGUGAAUAAUACGGUAACCUAGAUGUCUGCAGUGACUAUGGAUUACCUCCAGGAAGAUUUUACAAAAGUUGCUAUUUUCUUUUAUAUACAUAGACAGGGAAUCAAGUUGAUUCGUUCCAGUAAUUGUGUUCUCCAAGGAAUUUUUUCAAUUUCUUAAGUUCAUUAGUAACAACGAAAGGAUGCCAAUGGCAAAACCAAUAUUAGGGCAGAUCUUUUAUUAUUAGAUUUAACUUUAAUAUACCAAACUGAGUACUUACUAUUUUAAUAUAUUCAAAGUUUAAUUUAGUAUAGUCAGCAAAAUAAAAAUAAAAAUCAUAGAUCUUAUAGUUAGAAAGGCCCUGAGAUGACAUUACAGGGGGAAUGUUUUGCCUAAUAGUUAUUUUAGUCUACAUACUCCUGUUGUGUUUAACUUCUGACAUAGGUGAUGUGCUGAUGUUUCAAGGAACUUUGAGAAAUGUCAUGUAUAGCUUUCUCCUGGAGAGGAAAGAUUACUUUAAAUGUAUAAUCCCUUAAGGUUAACUUCUUGAAGUGGUGCUUAUCUGAUCUUUAAGCAAAGGCAUCUAAGGCAGGGUUGACUAAUCCCUCCCCCCAGGGCCACAGUGAUGGUCUCCCACCUGACUGGUGACCACAUGCCCAUGGUGGGUGUGGCUAGUGUUUGCUGUCUGGUCUUUGACUGCAAUAAAGAUUGAUUGGUGUGGCAUAUAAGCACAUAUGUGCCUGCCACACACACAUUUAGCACACACAAUGUCUGCUAACCAGACAUGCCGCCAGACAGCCCUCCCUUCCACCCCCUCCGUCACCAUUCAAGUUCUUCCCACUCCAACACUCAAGGAUCUGUUCAAAGUUUAAAAGGCAAUGUUCAUAAAAGAGCGGACAGGGAGAUUCAUCUCCAAGCUCAGUGCUUUGGUGCUUAGCGCUAAGAUCAGGGAUAAAAGAUCCCUCUUACUACUCUUUAGAGAGGAUCUUGAAACAGGAUACAGAUUCAUUUUACUGUCUGGAUAAAUUGGGGUUAAUGCAGCACCUUUUGCAUUCUUUUUUUGUGUUGUAAUAGAUGGUUUGACUAUUUACUGUACCACAACCCCCAUCUUUCAAGUGAAAAACUAUUAUUCCCCCAGACACUUGCAUGUUUGUCUGUCUGUAUACAUUUGUAUUUCCUUGAAAAAAAAAUAAAAAAAUAAAAUUGAUGCGUGAAUAAGUGUUGAUCCCACAUCACACAUUUGUCAACAUGUGAGGGGGUCAUAUCAGCCCCCCUGUAUGUGGCUCAGUAAUGGCAUCUUUGUUUCUAAGGUGAGUUGGGCUGUAGGUAUAAGAAAGAAAUUGUAUCAUUCACUUAUAGAUUCAUUUGGGAGGAUAUAGCUGCCAUUUGAAAAUUUUGGCAGAGUGCCAUUGCUCACUUGCUUACCUUCAUUCUGCUUACACAUAUGUAUGUGUUCUGCUUACUCAGUUUUGCAGCAUCACAGAAAUAAUUCAUUGUAGGUUGUUCUCUACUCUUAUAGUUCUGAAGUUGGCAUGAGCAGUGUAAGUAAUUCUAAUGCCAUGAAACUGAGCAAACAAAACUGCAUACAACUUCAACAAAUUACAGGCUAAUUACUAAAGAGCUGCUUUUGCUGUGAAGAGGUGUGUUCCAAACUAGUUGUCUCUGCUUUGAAGGCAAUUUUCUACUGCUGACACGGCUUUUUUAUUUCUCUCUUUACCCCAUCCCCCUUCAGUGUCUAGUUUGUUAUCCAUCACAUGAUCGCAUAUCUUUUCUUCCAUCUGGCCCAAGAAGACAUUUUUACAUUACACUGUGAUGCCAUAUCUCUUUGCAGCACUUGAUUUUGGUCUAAGUUUUUAUUGUUGAGAAGGGUAUAUAGCACUUGAUUUGCAUUCAGAGGGUACCAGAUUCAAUUCUUGGCAUGUCCUGUUAAAAGGUCUUUGGGCAGCAAGAGGUAAAUCACUUAAUCUUAUGAAAUUCUCUUAAUAUAUAAAAUGCAUUUUAAAAACAGUAAAGCAGCAGCAUAAAAGCAUAUAAAAACAAAUGGGAAGGAGAUUCAAAUACAUAAAACAGGUUCUGUUCUUUUGGGUUGGAGGAAGCCUAAACAAAUAAGUCUUUACAAGAUAGCUGAAACUACUGGUGGUUGUUGCCUCAUGUAUAGCAGAAUGAAGGGCAUUCCAUAAUACGGGGCAGCAGCAGAAAAUGCCAAGUAGGUCAACUCAAGUACAGUGGUACCUCAGUUUAUGAACUUAAUCCGUUCCGGAAGUCCGUUCUUAAACCAAAACCAUUCUUAAACUGAGGCACACUUUCUCCAAUGAGGCCUCCUGCCACCAGUGCCCUUCCAUAAUUCGGAUUCUGCUCUUAGACUGAGGUAAAGUUCUCAAACCAAGACACUAUUUCCGGUUUUGCAGAGUUUGUAAACCAAAUCGUUCUUAAACCGGACUGUUCUUAAAUCGAGGUACCACUGUCAUAUAUCCAGUUGAAAUAAUUCAAAAAUUGAUGUGGAGCUUAUUGUUAGAAACUAAGCACUUUGGACAGCUGUUGUUUUUUAAAGAAAAUAUUAAGAACUUGUAUGAUUGACAGCAUGUUAGGAAAAAUAAUUUGAAAAUUAUUUUUCAAAAAUGUAAGGAAGGUGGUUCUAUCAGAGACCAUCCCUUUAGUGUGUGUGAGGCUUUGGUUUAUAGUUACGUAGCUUGUUCACUGAAAUGUAUUUAGUACUUGUAUCAAAAGGUGUGCUUUCGUAUUAACAACAAGCUAUUUCUUCUGUUUCAGAUAUUUAAUUAGUCAAGGAGCACAUGUAGGAGCUGUAAAUAGUGAAGGGGACACUCCAUUAGAUAUUGCUGAAGAAGAGGCAAUGGAAGAGUUGCUUCAAAAUGAAGUGAAUCGGCAAGGUAAUUUUAAAGGUUUACUACAUAAAAAAAUUAAAACAUAAAAAGAAUCUGUAUUAAAACCAAAAUGUUGCAUCAGAUUGACCAUAUGCAAUUAAAAAAUGCCAUAUAACUAUAAUUAAUUCUGAAUACAAAUUUAAGAGCCCCUGGUUACAUAAGAAAAUACACUGUAGAAAUAGGAAGAAUUAUGUCUCUGGAAAAUUGAAUGGAACUUUCAAUAAAAUAUGUGUUAACAAUUCAUUUUUAUAGGGCUUGCCAUUUAUUUAAGUGUGCUGAUUAGGUUUGAGUUUACAUCUGAAAAAGAACUGAAUCUAACAACAAUGUGUUUUCCAAAAUGAGCAUGAUAGAUACACCCAUUGUCUUUUAAAAGACUUUUGCAUAUGAUGAGCCUUUCAGUUGUUUUAGUGACCAGAUUGAAGCCAGUUUAUGUUAUGUUUAUCUCAGUCUUGCAGUUUGCCAUAUGUGGAUGCCUUUGUGAAAAAAAUAUCCUGCCAGACUAAUAAAACACUGUGUGCCUCAAUUGCUGGUGUUCAUAUCUGUGAAUCAGUAUGAUCAAGCACCACAACAGGCUUCAGUGGAAACUACAGGUGUAUGGGAGAAUAUUCAUGAAUAUCAGUGUUAGUGAAGAAAUAGCAUUAUCUGUGCAUUUUAAGAUGCAAGUAACAAAGUGAAAGUAGAAUGAACUGUGUCUCCGUUGUUGCUACAAUCUUAAGCAGAAGAAGUACAGUAUAAAUCUUCAUUAUGGACAUUGAAGGGAUUCCUGAGCUGAAUUCUUGUCUGAGCAGCACUUUUUAUACGCAUUCUUCCCAGAUUAUAAAUAUGGCACUAUGCUUGUUGGCUAUGUUUUUUCUCCCCUAAAGUGAUUACAAUUACAUGUUUGUUUGAUAUUAAUUCAUGGAGAAAGCAGGAAGGAUCAUAGGUUCUUAAAGAUGUACUAUAUGGAUAUGUGACCCUAGGGCCUUUCUUAUUGUGUCCAAAGUUAUAACUGAGUAAGAUUGCUCAAGAAAUCUAAAAAUGUCAUUUGAUGAAAUUUCUACUGCAUUAUUAAAAAUGCAGCUUCUUAAUGAGCUGAAAGGGGAAUUGAAAUUUCGAGGAGAACCCAGCAAGGUAGCAGAGAGCAUGCUUUGAAUGCAGAAUGUUCCACAUUCAACUUGUGGCUUUUCCAGGUAAGGCUGUGAAAGUGGUAGAGUGCAGAGAUGGCUCAAACUUAGUUUGCCGGUAGAGAAACCAAGAUGUUGGGGCAUUUAUUUAAGAAGUGGGAAAGGAAAGGUUUUGUAUAGGACUCUAAUAGAACAGUCCUGCAAAUAUUUUCCCUAAAAUCCAACUUCAUUCAGUUCCACUUUAUAGCCGAAGCUUUUUUUUUUUUUAAAUCUGAUUAUUGACAUCUUUCUAUUUCUUCAUUGUCAAAUUUUAAGUCAUAUGUUCUAGUGUGCUUUUUAUCUAGAUGGGAAACUUUCUGUAAGUUUCUGUCAGGUGUGAGUCAGACUAAUAAGAGAACUGUUCUUAGGGGCAAUGUUUUACUUUGGGAAGGCAAUUUUAGCUCAGCCUCUUGUUUCAACUGAGGCAGUGACUUCAGUGAAUGGGUGGCUGGGUGGGAGCAGGGUAGGAUAUUUAGUAGAGCUGUGGACUUGCAGAAAGAACUGGAACUUCUCAACCCUUCCCAUCUUAUCAAACCUGAUUGACAUUUAGCUAGUAUGUAAUCAGCAAUAAUUGAAAGAACAUCUUCAGGCUCCAGCAAGGCAUCUUUGAGUACUGUAAUGCUGAAAUGCAAGAAGAUUAUCAGAAUACAUUUUCAACUAGGCUGAUAAAAUAGUCAGAACAUUUGCUGCUUAACAUGCAAGUGUGGCUCCAGUGCAACAAAAUGCAGACAAUGUUUUUCAGUAGUUAAUUCAUUGGGGGGGAAAGUCAUGUGUAGUAUUUCAGAUUGCCUACUGCUGUUCUAAAUCAGAAUCCUUCGUUGUGUAAAAUAUAUCAUGAAAGGACUGUUCAGAGGGCUUUUGUCUUUCACGUUUGAUAAAAUAAAGGAAAAUAUUUCUUUUGUGCCAAUACUAGUUUAAAGCUUUAAAGUAUAAAGCUUAAAGCUUUCUGCAAGCUUUCUAAGAUUCAUGUCUGAAGCAAACAUACUUAUUAAAUAUUUGCUUUGUUGUUGUUGUUGUUGUUGUUGUUGUUUAGUCAUUUAUUCUAGGCUAGAUACAAAACUAUAGUAAUGUAAGGUUGCAUGUCUUGUGUAAGGUCCCAUGUCUUAUCUAAUGUCUAGUAAAGGUGGCGCUCUAGUCUAAACCAAACUUAUUGAGCUUGCUGAUCGUAAGGUUGGCAGUUUGAAUCCGCAUGACGGGGUGAGCUCCUGUUGCUUUGUCCCAGCUCCUGACAACCUAGCAGUUCAAAAGCAUACAAGCACAAGUAGAUAAAUAGGUACUGCUGUGGCGGGAAGGUAGAUGGUGUUCCCGUGAGGUCUGGCUCACCCCAUAGUCGAAUGUGACUGGACUUAACCGUCUAUGAGUCCUUUACCUUUACCUUACCUAAUUUGUAGUCUUAGUGAUUGCUUUAAGGAUGAAGACAAUUCAGAUCUUAAAGAGAACAGAAUUAAUUAAUUAUAGUUCAUUUUUAAAAAUAGGCAUCAUAAUGUUAUCAGCCACUUGCCUAUACAAUAUUUUGGCUAUGGUUGUAUAAAAUCUUAAUGUCAGAGUGAAUCUUGUGACUUGAAUUCUAAGAUAAGUUGACUUAACGAAGUUAAUGGAAUUAAAAUUCCCACCCAAAUGGUUCAGCACCCCUCUCUGGAGAGGCUUUUGUGGGGAGGUGCAGUUGGCUGCAUAGGUGAAGAGACAGUAAGCUUUCCUGGCAUAAACUUAAUUGUUUUAGCCUAUCCUAGGAGUCAAACCUAUAUAUUUAAUCAUUUUUUCAGUGGAAUAAGGUGAUCAAAUAUUAGGUAAUCUUUAGUUCUGAUCUUUUCGCCCUUGAAGAUAAUAUUACUACUCAAAUCUUUAUUGCUAGUCAGCUGUUGGUAGCUUCUGAAUAAUUAUUAUGAGUAGAAAUAUGUCCUUCUGAUUUGAAAGUGGGAGAAUUGACUUGACAUGUUUUGAUAAAUCAUUCAGGUCUGUGUUGAGAAGACACAUAGAUAAUUGAGCAGAGAGCUUCUAGUGCCAAUCUAGAAGAGCAGGUUUAAGAAUUCUAUGCAUGCUCUCUGGACCACCAAGGGAGGCAAAAUGAAAUCUUCUGUAAUCAAGACAGGGAUGGGAAGUGAGGUACACCUUUAGAUUUCUAUAGUUGGUUCAGAUGUUUGUGUUUGUACACAUUUUGCUUUUAUAACGCUGCUGGUCAGCAAGUGUGCAAGAGUUAAUAAAUGGAUGUCCCUGCACUUUUGUUUAUGAGUUCUGGGCUGAGACUGUUCUUCAGGUUGUAAUAUGUAAUAUGCCCUAUGUUUAAUAUAUGCACUGUUAAAUCCAGGAAAUUUAAGUAACAGAGUACAGUGGUACCUAGGUUCUCAGACGUAAUCUGUUCUGGAAGACCAUUAAAUGCUUCCAUUUUUGAACAUGCCUCGGAAGUUGAACAGCUUCUGUUGCGUGUUUUUCAAUUUUCUCCACUGAACUUGCAGCCAGCUCUUUGCACCUUGGUUUUCAAACGUUUCGGAAGUCAAAUGGUCUUCCAGAACAGAUUACGUCUGAGAACCUAGGUACCACUGUACUCUGUUACUUAAAUUUCCAGGUUUUCGAUAUUCAGCUUCUGAAAUGUUUGGCUUCCGAGGCACUCAAAAACCGAGGUACCUCUGUACAUGCAUGUGGCAUUAACAAUAGCACAUAUAGCAUUUACUGUUGAAGCUAUUAAAAGCAUCUUACGAAAUAAAUAGUUGCUGAUUGUUCUUGGGGAAAUAACUGCCAAAUCCCUUCUCCCAGUGACCUGCCUUAAUACGUGCAUCUGUUUUAAGUGAAACAUUUUGAUUCACUGUGGGUGGGUUUUUCUGCAGACUAUCUACAAAUAUCAAGUUCAUUAAGAUUAAACAUCGUUGUAAAAGUAGAAAGAAAGAAAGAAAAGGGUUCCUAGUGGGUCCCUUUUUCUAUAAGAGCAUUGAAUAUGUAUCUAAAUAUAAAUAGUAUAGCAAUACAGUGGUACCUUGGGUUACAUACGCUUCAGGUUAUAUACGCUUCAGGUUACAGACUCCGCUAACCUAGAAAUAGUACCUCGGGUUAAGAACUUUGCUUCAGGAUGAGAACAGAAAUUGUGCUCCGGCGGCGCGGCAGCAGCAAGAGGCCCCAUUAGCGAAAGUGGUGCUUCAGGUUACGAACAGUUUCAGGUUAAGUACGGGCCUCCAGAACGAAUUAAGUACUUAACCCGAGGUACCACUGUAGUUCUGAUCCUUGACAGACAGAGCAGCUAUGUCUGUCUAUACUAUACUGCGAGCACUCCAAUUGGAGAGUAGCCUUUACCAUGGACUUUGAAGAAGCACAAUCUGGAUGAAAGGGAGAAACGAGCUAAGAGGAAGACACAUUUGGCAAAUCCUCACCAUGAUCAACUCCCGCCCGAAAACCUAUGUUCCCACUGUGCAAGGGCGUGUGGAUCCAGAAUUGGCCUCCACAGUCACUUACAGACACACCGAUAAGACCGUGUUCAUGGAGGACGAUCUUACACGGCUACGAAUGAUCACCAAAGAAAGAAGGACUUAUUUUUAUUUAUUUAAAAAUAUUUGUAUACCACUGUAUCAGAAAUGUACAGCCAAACUAUAAAAUAAUAAAAAGUUAAAAGCAAGUUUAAAGCAAAAAGAAAAUCAAAACAAAUAUCAAUACACCACUGUGUGUGGGUGUGUAAUAUUGAUUCCCUGGGAGGCCUGGUAGAAUAGAAUGCAGUGGUCUACACAGUGAAUAGCAACCUCAAGGUAUAGUCACCUCAAGGCAUGGUAACACAUGCCUUCUUGGAGAUUGGUUACACUCCCUUCUUGGAGGUUGGUCACUUAUUAUGCCAUUUCUGCAGAUAACCAUAUAAUAAAAUAAACAAAUAAAAAUAAGAUCUCUGAAAUGCAAAGAUGAGGACCUUUUAAAGGAAAUGUCAGCACUUAUAUGAUCAUAGAUAUAAAAUAGAAUUAGUAGGCUUGUGGGAUGCAUUUAAACUUACAGAGGCUAUUAAUACUAAGCACUGCAGGACCUCGAUGGGGUCUUUAGAGACAAAAUUGUGUUAGUGUUGUUUGGACCUCAAAAUAGCCAGAUGAAAGGUUUUACUGUAGCUAUGGUUGCCCAUAAAACAUGUUAAAAGAUCGAGAAUGCUGUGGUACAUUGAGCAUGAGUUAGUUCAUUGGAAUGAACUUUUGUAGGCAACAGCCAUCUUGGUUAUAUUCAUGAAGCAGAAUGAAAAGGCAAUAUGUAUAUAUGCACAUUGCCUGAAAACCAAGUUUUAAAAAUCCUCUUUGGGCAAUAUACAUAGAAGCCGUGUUGGAGUGUAGGGUCCAAAAGAAAGAAAGAAAGAAAGAAAAGGGUCAUGCACAAGUAAUAGGAUGUGUGCUGGAAUAGCCACAGGUACAGCUUUGCAUGUAAUUGUAUUUCAGUCGUAGAAGAGGUUUAACUUGUUUCAUUUGUGUCAGCAACACAGCCAUGCACAAGGCAUCAUUUGCUUUGCUUCUGUACCUGUGCUUCUUGCUGCAAGCUGCUCCCAUUGGAAGAGAGUAAAUCUCUUCAGUAGGAAAGAUACAGGAAAUGCUUCACAUUCCUUUCUUCUGAUUGCUUAGCAACAGUGAUUUAACUGAGUAAUUGCCAUUGGCAACAGCAGCAUCUGCCCUAAUAAGCCUUGGAGCCUUGCCUCCAUAUAUAUAUAUAUAUAUAUAUAUAGUAAAGGGACCCCUGAUCAGUCGCGGACGACUCUAGGGUAGUGGUGCUCAUCUCGCUUUAUUGGCUGAGGGGAGUCGGCGUACAGCUUCCAGGUCAUGUGGCCAGCAUGACUAAGCCGCUUCUGGUGAACCAGAGCAGCGCACAGAAACACCGUUUACCUUCCCGCUAGAGCGGUACCUAUUUAUCUACUUGCACUUCGUGCUUUCGAACUGCUAGGUUGGCAGGAGCAGGGACCGAACAACGGGAGCUCACCCUGUAGCGGGGAUUCGAAUCGCCAGCCUUCUUCACCCAACGAUUACUUUUAGGUGUAGUUCAGAGAUUUUUGAGCUAGUUCAUUCCAAGCACUGGAUGUGGUCACUACUAGUUGGCUGGUAAUGAAGCUAUCUGAGUGACAAGAGUCUGUCAAAAACAGUAGCGAGUACAGCAACUCUGCAUCAUUUUGUGUGUGUGCAUGUGCGCUUGCAUACAGACUGUUGUGUUGAUAUGGGACAGAAUGUUAAUGGCAACAUACUGGAAUUUCACCUGUGUGUUGGAAUCUUUGGAUGAAGUCACCCAGCCACUUUAUAUGGAUGUCUAAAAGGAUGCAGUGGUGGCAGCACUGAUGAGGUUGAGCAGAAGUUCCACAAUGCUGCCUUCUGGAAUUGACUUUACAAAUAGAAGCAAUGCCUCCUAGUCACAGAGUCUAUCCAGAAAGAUUCCUUGGUUGAUGGUAUCAAAAGCUGCCAAAAGAUCGAAGAGAAUGAUCAAAGCCCCAUUUGUGUCUCUUGACAGAGGUCAUGCAUCAGGGAAAUUUAAGUGCCAAAUCCAGACCUGAAACAGGAUUGAAAUGAAUCUAGACAAUAUGUUUCAAGCAAGGGAGAUUAACAUUAGACAACCGCCACUUGCUUGAGCAUCUUGACCCCCAAAGUGAUAUGACUGGGUUAUUACAGUCUUCUGGAUCUGGAGAGGAUUUUUAAAGGACUGACUGCAUAGCUUAGGUUUGCCAUAUGUCUGGAAUUUCCCGGACAUGUCUGGGAUUUAACUGCUGAAAAUAGCAUCCGGGGGGAAUUUAGGAAAAUAGGCAAAAUGUCCAGGAUUUUGAGGUUGACUGCCUAAAGAAAGCUCAACAAUUCCUCCCCAAAAGCUCACCAACUUCUGUGUCCUGAAUUUUACUUCUAGAAAUAAUGGCAACCGUAGCCUAGCUGACUUACUGACUUGCCACUGGUCAGUAUCUAAACUCUUUCUUCUUUCCAUCUUUAAGCAUUAAAGAUUGAUUAUGCUAGGUUGGUAAGUGCCCAGAGCUUGUGACACAGCAAUACUUGCUGGCAAGCUAACAAAUGCUGAGAAUUAGAAUUUUGAAAUGUUUUAAAAUGCAUGCUGAGCAAUAUAUUUUAGAAUUAAGCUAAAACGUUUCAGCUGAUUAACUAGUAAAGGUAGCUAAUUAGCCCCCCCACCCAAUCUUUAUGUAAAAUGAUUUUGUAGUGUACCUGAGAGAGAGCAAAUAACAUUUUUUAAUGGAAUAAACUGAACACUGAGCUAGAGAUGCAAUAUUGCCAUCUGUGGACCAUUCUUAGAAUGUACUUUGUACCUUAAACUUAUGAGAAAUAUGAAAUGUUUCUCUUAUGAGAAAUAUGAGAUUCUCAAUGCACAAUGGAUAUAUGAAUUUUUGGAGUUACUUAUUAACUUACGCUAAUUUACAUGCAUAAAUUGAUUGGGGGAUGUGGCUUGAAAAUAAUAGCAACAAUAACAAUAAUCAUUGUAUUGCAUUUAUUAUUUGCUUUUUUAAAAUAAAAAGUGACCUGAAGCAACUUACAAAAUAAUAUAAACAUUAAAACUAUGUAUAAAACCAAAACCAACAUACAUGACAAAGCUAGAUAAUAAAGAGGCCAGAAAUACACACAGGACUUUCCAAAUUAAGGACUGAAAGCCUGGUUUUAAAUAAAUGUUUCUUUCCUGACACCUAAAAAUAGAUAAUGAUAUUGCCAGUUGUGCCUCCCUGCAGAACGUGGGGGGGGGGCACCAAUGAAAAGGGGGCAAAUGGAAAAAGGCCCUGGAUGACAAAUGCAAACCCCAGUUUAGUUCAUGUGGGAAAAGACAGUCCUUGAGGUAUUGUGUGCCUUUGCUGCCUUUCUCUACCCACUUUUCCUUUGUAUUCCUUUGUGUCUUAUGUCUUUUGCCUGUUUAAGCUGGCAUGGCCAUGUUUUUUUCACUACAUGGAAGGGUUGAACAUUAGAUAAUUUUAAAUAUGAAUGAAUCUAUAAUACAUUUCGCCCUCCCAUUUAACCUGAGCUGGACAUGGGAGGUUUUCCUGCAGGUCAAGGAACUACCGUAUUUUUCGCUCUAUAAGACGCACCAGACCACAAGACACACCUAGUUUUUGGGAGGAAGAAAACAAGAAAAAAAAUAUUCUGAAUCUCAGAAGCCAGAACAGCAAGAGGGAUCGCUGUGCAGUGAAAGCAGCAAUCCGUUUUGCUGUUCUGGCUUCUGGGAUAGCUGCACAGCCUGCAUUCGCUCCAUAAGACGCACACACAUUUCCCCUUACUUUUUAGGAGGGAAAAAGUGAGUCUUAUAGAGCAAAAAAUAUGGUAAUUCCUAUUCCAGGGGUGGGGGAGACCCCCUGAAGUAGGCCACCAGAACUGUUAUAUUAUGAUUUAGUUUCACAGGCAGUGCAUUCAGAGUUGCUGCCUAGCCAUGGAAACUAGAGAACACUGAAGACGAUAGCUGUAUCUUCUGGAAAUGAAGAGUAUGGAAAUAAGGAAUUCCCAGGUCCUAAUCUAAACAUGUUUUUUACCUGUUUCUCCCGCCAAUGUCAUACUCAUCUAGACUACCUUUUAUGACCUUUGUGUCUCUGACCUGCAGUUUUGCUUUGCUUUUAUGCUGGAUGUCUUGGCUCAACCAGUUUGCUGGACACUAUCCAACCAAUCUAGGUCUUCUUUUUCUCAUGAGAUGCCCUGACUCUUCUGGGGGAAUGCCACCUCCAGCAGUGUAUGGCACAGACAGGCAUUGCCUCUACUUUCCUCUCUUCCACACCACAUACAUCCCAGGAAUACUGCAAAAUCAUUGGGUGGCUCAACUUGGGUACCUUUUGUAGAUCCGUGCUAGCUUUCUGCUAUAUUAAAAUGUAUGCUGAUGCAUGGCUACUGGUCCUGUUUCCACACUGAACUUUGAGCCCAUGAUUCUGCCAAGGCAUUAUCUAUUCUAUGUUUUAUGAAAAGUAAUACAAUAGGGACGCGGGUGGCGCUGUGGGUAAAACCUCAGCGCCUAGGACUUGCCGAUCGCAUGGUCGGCGGUUCGAAUCCCCGCGGCGGGGUGAGCUCCCGUCGUUCAGUCCCAGCUCCUGCCCACCUAGCAGUUCGAAAGCACCCUUAAGUGCAAGUAGAUAAAUAGGUACCGCUUUAUAGCGGGAAGGUAAACGGCGUUUGCGUGUGCUGCUCUGGUGCCGGUUCGCCAGAGCAGCUUCGUCACGCUGGCCACGUGACCCGGAAGUGUCUGCGGACAACGCUGGCUCCCGGCCUCUAGAGUGAGAUGAGCGCACAACCCUAGAGUCUGUCAAGACUGGCCCGUAUGGGCAGGGGUACCUUUACCUUUACCUUUUUAAUACAAUAUUGAAAUGGUUCAGUGGGUGAAGGAGUACCAUUGCCAUUCCUCAUUUCUCUUUUCCUCCAAUGUGGAGCAGAGGUGGCUGAUUAUUGCAGUCAGCUUCCAUAAUGCUGGGCGAGGCUCCUAUGAUAUCUUGUGUCAGUGUUUAUGUCAUUUGAAUAAGAAUUUAUGUACAUAUUUUGAAAUGAAAAUAUUUCUUUCCAUUCAGGGGUUGAUAUAGAGGCAGCUCGCAAAGAAGAGGAGCGAAUAAUGCUUAGAGAUGCAAGACAGUGGCUUAACAGUGGUCAUAUAAAUGAUGUUCGGCAUGCAAAAUCUGGUGGCACAGCACUCCAUGUAGCUGCUGCUAAAGGGUAUACAGAAGUAUUAAAGUAAGUUAAUUUCUAAUGCAGAUUCACACUUUGUAGUUGCAAAUUUCUGUAGUUUAGACUAUUCCGCAGAUCCUUGGUUUACAUGUUAAAAUUGUGACUUUUUAAAGUCUUUCUGUGUACAACCUUUUUAGUCAAUAUGGUAGUCCAUGUGAGAAAAUACAGUGGUACCUUAGUUCUCUAACUUAAUCUGUUCUGGGAGGACUCCCAAAACUGUUCAAAAAGCAAGGUACGGCAUCCAAUUGGCUGCAGGAGCUUCUUGCACUCAAGCAGAAGCCAUAGAAGCCGCAUUGGGCGUUUGGCUUCCAAAAAAUGUUUGCAAACUUACCUCCAGGUUUGCGGCGUUCGAGAGCUGAUUUGUUCAACAACAAAGUUGUUUGGGAACCAAGGUACCAGUGUAAUGCAAUUUCUUUGCUCAUUAAACCCUUCACAUGGUUCAAUGCUCUGAAAAUGCCACCAAAUCCUUCAGUUUUUAAAAAUUUUAUAGCACUUUAUUUCAGUUGUUUUGCUGUCUUUAAUUUAAUUUAUCAAAUUUAUUCAGGCUUUUAAUACAGGCUGGCUAUGAUGUAAAUAUUAAAGAUUAUGAUGGCUGGACACCACUUCAUGCGGCUGCUCAUUGGGGUAAAGAAGAAGCAUGUCGAAUACUAGUGGAAAACUUGUGCGAUAUGGAGACUGUCAACAAAGUGGUAGGACUUUUGCAUAAUCUUUGUCAAAAUGUGUUGUUAUUGAUCUAUUGAUUAAAAGUAGGUUAUGAAUUCUGUAUUUGCUAUUGCUACUUAGCUGUACAUCUUAGUUAUCUUAGUUAGCUUGUAAAUAAAAAUCCUAGCAUGUCUCCAAAUUUAGUAGUAGCUUGCCUCUUCAGGUGAUCUGAUAUAUUCCGCUUGGAAGGACAGGCCUGGGUGAAUGCAACCAAUUUUUAAUCCUUAAUAAAAUGCAAGAAAUCAGUUCAUUUAAGUACAGUUACUAAACACACACAUUUUUACUUCAUUAAGGGGAACAUACUGUUCAGGAAACAACUGCAUAAUUCCAGAAAGUCCUUUUUGUAUCUUGAGUAGUUCUAAUUUUAAAAUACAAAAGGACACAUCUUUCCCCAAUGAUUUUUAUGUUAAAAUGUGUUAAAACAAAUGUAGGAGAUUGCACAGGGAAGAAUAUAAGGACUGAAUGGCUAAAGUAAAAGAUCUGUUGGCUGAAGGUUUCAAGUGGAGCUAGAUUUUUGAAUGAAUUCUGGUGGCAUGUCUUGUCUUGUUUUCAUUCUUAUAAGCACCAUCUGGUUUCUUCUGCCUUUUGUUGAAGCUUCCCCAGCCCCUUGCCAAAUCUCAUAUCUUGUUUUCCCACCCUAUGGGCCUAUUUGGAAACAAGUAUUUCUGAACUGCUACUCCAGCCAAAUUUACAGAGAAGAGCUGUAGCUUAAACUUUUUAUGAAGAUUUAUUUUGAAAAGCAUUACACUUGAUUACAAAGUUUGCAAUAAGCUUAGACACUCAUAUCACAGUGCUGUCAUAUUCAGGGGAGAGAUAGGGUGGCAUUUAAGUUUUGAGGAGAUUUAUUUGUCUAUGAGCAGUCUUGACAUUAUUCAACUAGUAGAUUUUGUUAAUGGAAGUGUUUUACAUCUCUAAAGGCUGGGACUCAAAGAAGCUUCUAAGGUUUGCUAAAGAGUUGCAAAUCUAAUUAUUUUCCUUUGAACUCAUGAUUUGUGAGCUAUAUCAUAAAACUGCCCUCACCCCUUGGGAUACCAAGAUUUUACCAAUCCCCCUUGCUAUUGCAAUCCUUGGCAUGUCCCUUCUAUUAUAAAAUAGUUGCAAAUCUUCAAGAACAGCUUUUUGGGGGGGGAAUCAGCUGAGGAAUUGGCAAAAAUCGCUUGUCUUGCCCUUGUGUGAGUGGAAGUCUUUCUGCAGAGGCAAUGCCACCAUUGGAUAAAACCAAUCAACCAUAAGCAUUAUGUAUGAAGUAAGGCAUUGAGUUGAAAGAUGAGUGACAAGCUACAACAGAACAUUGCUAGAGGUGUGGCAUAAGAAAAUUGUGUGCAAAUCUGGCAGAUUUCCUAGUAAGUUGCACUGUAUUAGAGUAUAAUGUGAUGUAUAAAGGAGAAAACGAGAAAAAUAACUUUCUUCCCAAGAAGGUUAAAUAAAUAUGGGAUAGGCAAAGAAAGUGUAUUCCACUCUAGUUAAAUCAGUGAGAACUAUUUCCAACAUACAACUUUCUAUUUAAAAUCUCUAUCUUAAACGUAUAUCUAAAUUCAAAGUUGCUCACUGUAACCUUUUCUCUUAAGGCUCUCACACAUAAGAGAAACAAGCAGUAGCCAAAAAAACUCUUAACAUGUUUGGCUUAUUCCUUUACUCAUUUGGAGAAUUCUUUAUAACUCAGUGUCUGGACAUGAACAAAGUGUUUUAAGUAACUCAUUUCCCCUUCUUUAACUUCCUGAAUGUCUACAGGAAUUUAAAUAGAAAUUAUAUUUUCUGAAUCAUCAGGAGUGACAGUCUACUUUAUACUGGACUAAUGUGGAGCUGUUACUUCCUGUGACUUGGAAACUAUUGUCCAAUUCACAGUCAUUUGCAGGACAAACACAAAAGGAACAAUUUUGACACAUGCCAAUAGAAUGAUCACCUUGAAACUGACUGUAUUUGUGGCCCUUUGAUUGAAACAGUCCCCAUGGUUCCCAUUAUUUAGUAACUGUAGAAGAAGGGAAUUGCUAUGUAGUGCGAUGGUCUACUUUAGACUGAUUGUCUAAAUAAUAAGUCAGUCUUCACAUUAAACUCUUCUUCCUUCAUGCCCAUUCUUUGUGUUGGGCUUAGCUUGGUGGCCUACUCCCUCCAUGUAUGUCAAGUUAAUGGUACCAUAAUUUAAUUUUGUUGCUUAUUUCUCCUGCAGGGUCAGACAGCAUUUGAUGUAGCAGAUGAAGACAUUUUAGGAUAUUUAGAAGAACUUCAAAAGAAACAAAAUAUGGUGAGCUCUUUCAGUACUGUGAGAACAAACUAAUCAGAUCAUUGGUUUGUCUAGCCUGGUAUUGUCUACUCGUGACUACCAGAGUCUUAAGCUGGGGAUAUUUAAUGGAAGAUACCAAGAUUGAAUUUGGGAUUAUCUGCAUGCAAAGCAUUGUGCUCUACCACUAAGCCUAUUCUUUAUUUUAUGUUCAGUUCAUAAGUGUCUUGUUUCAGCCAAAGGCCAUAAUCUUUAUUUUAUGUGUAUUUCACUUUAUGGAAUAGGUGCUUGGUAUGUUUUUUAAAACAUGAAUAGUGCACUGAUGUUCUUUCCCAUUACACCUCUCCCACACUAUGCAGAUAGUUAGGUAGUAACCAGAACAGUGAGCGUGAGGAUUCUCAUACUAAAAUUCUACAAUUACUUUACAUCAGAAGGGAAGCACCGCUGGAGCUGUUAAUGAGCAGCUAUAAAAUUCCCUCUGAAUAAGAAGGUUAAGUGAUGGUUCUGCAUGCCUAGCAAUAACUGUUCCCCUCUCAGGGACUUAAAGUUUGAAUGGGAAGCAGCAGUGACUGUGACAUAAUUUUGCUCCUGCAUGUGAUCCCAUUCAUGGAAGUGCAGAUGAGUAGUUCUGAACGUCCUGGUGGUGGCCUUUUUAAAAAAUAGUUGGCAUAUGUUCAGUGUUUGAGUCCAUAUUUUAUCAGAAGUAUGAAUGAACUGAGGAUGUUCCUUUGUAAACCUGGACACAGUCAAUUUCUGUGUCCUUGUGCUAAUUUAAUUUUUAUGAUGAAGAAAACACAGUAAAUGAGAAAUCUUACUGAAAAGGAAAUUUAUGCAGUAUAUCUAGCCUUACACUGUAUCAAGUGAUGUGGUUACUUUGGUGUUGCAGAUUUUGCUUCUGAUCCUUUAAUUCAGAAAUGUUCAAAGAUUGAAACACAUUGGCCACAUUUGUAUAUCACAUGAGUCGUAGUUUAAAGAGUUCUGUCCCCCCCCCCCCCCCGUUACUGAGAGGACAAUUUAGGCAGCUUCUACUUCGGGCUUUAAUUAUCCAUUUUUAAAAUUAUGUCAUCUGGUGUAGCAAAUUGUGUUUUAACAUUUACUUCAGUCAUUUUCAAGAAAGCCAUUUUCAUUUCUGAGCCUGGCUUGUUUAAACUAACAAUAAUUAGAAUUAAUCUGAGUACAGAGUGCGGGAAACAUGGUAAAUGGCCAGGAAAGAAAACUGAAAGUAACAGCUUCCAAAGUCAUCUUCCCCAGCCAUGUGUAAUGUGGAGGGGGAGACAAAGGUUAACUGCAGCUAUAGUUUAGUGUGAUGUGCAAAUACAGCUGUUAUUAUUAAUCGUCUUUAAAAUGUGUUAGCAAUGUUGAAAUGUUAAAGGAGUUUAUUACAUAGCUAUUUAAUAUUUGUCACUUAACAUUUGUCCUGAGAUCUUAAUCUUGUAAAUGCUUUUUUUUAUGUUAUACUGCUUCAGGUGACUUGAAAUGUUUUUGUGUUUGCAUCAGCACUUGUAGAAAUCUAAUUGAAUCUUUUCAUAUCUCUUAAAGCUUCAUAGUGAAAAAAAGGAGAAGAAAUCACCCCUUAUUGAAUCUACAGCAAACAUGGACAAUAAUCAAUCUCAAAAACCGUUUAAAAAGUAAGUAGAUUAGUUAAAAUAAACUGUGUAGGGGGAAUGUUGAAGACGGUUACAUGUUUACUUGGAGAAGGUAUAGGUAACUGAUCUUACACUUAUUUUACUGAUCACAGCUUUGCAUGGAUAGGCGGGGAAAUAAAUAGAGCAGAGGAAACCCACCCUCCAUUUAUUUAAUCCCCCCCCCCACACCUGAUCACAGGCUUACCUGGCUUUGGGAAGGCAGUACAAGGGCUCUAGCAGGGUCCUAGAGCCCUCCCGCCUCCUCCCCAAAGCUGGACAAGUGCUUACUGGGCUUUGAGGAGGCAGCAGGAGGCAGAGCCUCAUACCACCUUCUCGAAGCCAGAUAGACAGCCCUCCACCCUGCGGUGAGGGUGUGUGUCCUGCGGAUUCUUGUCUUUAUUCAUUUUUGCAUAUAUACCUGGAGCCCCGGAACUGAACCCUCAUGUAAGAGGCAAGUUACCUGUACUGAAGGAACAUAGGAAGGAGUGGAGUUUUUAUAAUAACACUGAGUCCAUAUCUGUGCUCCUGUCACAGCCCACCCUGGUAUCUUUUUUUCUGAAGCCAAUAAUGCAAUAAAUAUUUCAUGCUUCAAAACAAUGUUGUUCCAGUAAAGAGACUUUGAUCAUUGAGCAAGAUAAGAAUGCAUCAAACAUUGAGUCUCUAGAGCAAGAAAAAGCUGAUGAAGAGGAAGAAGGAAAGAAAGAUGAGUCCAGUUGCUCUAGUGAAGAAGAUGAGGAAGAAGACUCCGAAUCUGAAGCAGAAACAGGUAUUAUAACACAACAAUUUUGCUUUACAAUUGCUUUUAAAUUCAGUUUAGUUUAAUUCACCAUUGGAUUCCUUCCUCAUUACUUCAUGCUACUUCAAGUUUGGAGGUCAUUUAGGGACAAGUAUAAAAUUCAUUAAUGUGCAAACCACGAGAUACGUCAUUUUAAACAAAAUUAACUAUCUUUAUGUCACUUGAUUGUCCAGAAACCUUAACGUGGUAAUACAGUAACUAGAAACUGUACAGAGCAAACUCACACAUAGUACAUCUAUUAGAAUUCAUAUAUAAUAAAUCUAUAUCUUAGCUGGAAAAUGUCAAGAAUGUGCUAAUUAGCUGUGAAAAACUGUCAGAUUCUGCAUCAGAAAGCUAACUAGCACUAUGACAAUUCAAUUUCAGCCAUGCAGCUGUCUAGAAACUCCCCUGUUCCUUGCCUUUUCCUCAUACUCAUGGUUUUGUUAAACACAUUUUAAGGUUAAUUUUAAAAUAGUGAAUCAAAAGGGAUCUAUUUAUCACACUUAAAUAACAGCUAUAAGCUGGAGGAGCACAUUUUAAUAUAUAUAUAUAUGCAUGUCUUCCACUAGCAGCUUAAAAGUUUCAGACUCAUCACUUCAGCAUUUCUUGAGUUAUAUGACUCUCAUUACUCUGUUUUCUUUGUUGCUACUAUGCAGUCUUGUGCCAGGAAAAUAUGACUGUGACACAAGAAUUAAUUUAUGUAAACUUAGAGGUUUUUAAAUAUCAACAAGGCUUUCAUCAUACUUUAUUUGGCAUGCUAGAGAACUUAGGCUUUUCCCUGGAGCUGAAUCUCUGUGUUCCAAAUUUGUACCUUCUCCUUUCCCUCUUACUCAUUUAAAGGUGGAUUCACAAUAAAAUGUUUUGGAACCUGGAAUAUUCUAGGUGGAGUAGAGCCUGCUCUGCUGUAUAUUUUGUGUAGUGUGAAUUUAAAUUUAAUAUUUAAAUGAAAUGAGCUUUGAGUGAUUUGAGAAAUAAACAUUGGACUGUUAAAAGGGCUUAAAUUUCCCUUGUUCAAGUGGAGAAAUACUAAAAAGCAAACACACCACUGCAUUUUCUUGGGAAACUGUUAUUAAAGUACAGUUAUUUAAACACAGCUCUGUAUUUUUAAACAGACACUGGGGAAGUUCCAGCCCCUCUCCACAUCCAUUCCCUUCCAUGUGCCAAGUGUGUAUUUUUUUUAAUGGAAAGAUGGGGUGAAAAUAUUUUUAAUAAAACAGAAGGAGGAAGGCUCCUAAAUGGUCAACAUCCACCAGCCCUGGUAGUCUUCCUUCUACUGCAUGCAAUGUUAGGCUUGUGAGGAUGUGCACAAGGUGUCAGACGGUAUUGUCCCCAUAAUUUGUAAGCAUUUUUAUUGCAGGAGAUUUUCUGUAUUUUAAAAUGAUUUUAUAAAACUAUUUUCAUUGUGGUAUAUAUUUAGUACUGCCUUAAGUGGUGCUAAUGAAAUUGUAUCCAGGUUCAGAGAUGAUGGGGUAUCAUGGUUCUCAGUUCUUGUAUAUUUCAUGUGAUUUUUUUAUUCUCAUAGCCUUACAAUUUUGUCUAUAGCCAUAAUGACUAGAAACAUUUUUAAAACUAAAAUAGCUGGGAAUUUUUUGUUUCAAGUCCAUGCUUCUCAGUGCUCUUCUAUGGAGCUACUGUUCUCAUAGCAGGAAAACACUGAUUUAUUUAUUUAUUUUUGGGUAGUGUUCCACAACAAAUGUACAGUGGUACCUCAGGUUACAUACGCUUCAGGUUACAGACUCCGCUAACCCAGAAAUAUUACCUCGGGUAAAGAACUUUGCUUCAGGAUGAGAACAGAAAUCGUGUUGUGGCAGCAGCGGGAGGCCCCAUUAGCUAAAGUGGUGCUUCAGGUUAAGAACAGUUUCAGGUUAAGAACGGACCUCCGGAACGAAUUAAGUACUUAACCCGAGGUACCACUGUAGUUAGAUGCAUAGCCUGAUCAUCUUCUCCAGCUACUAGUGCUCUUUAAGUAUACUUUCAAAUAGUUUGGAACAAAACCUGAAGUUACUUGGUGUAUCUUCUGGGCAGUAAAUAAAUAAAAUACAAUAAAACAAUUCAUACUCUUCUAUAAUGUAGCAGGAAUACGGUACUGAGACACUUAUUCCGUAGUGGAGCAAACCCCUUACUUACUUUGUGGGAUACCAGGGCCAGUGGUGUGGGCUGUUCCUCGUCAUGUGAUUGAAGGCAGGAGCAAAGAAUUGUGAGAGGCAGGCACGCUCCCCUCAGUUUUUCAGACUCACCAAGCAGCAAAAUGGCCAGCGGGAGCACCUGAAAGAAAAUGAACAUACCUGUCUACCCACCCCCCCCGUCCCUGCAAACUUUAUUGUGCAGAAUGGGCCUCUGUAAUGUAAAAAGUAUUAGUUAUCUUUAAAUGGAUUUUGAAUUACUUUAUCCUCUAAAUGAUUUAUUUACAGACAAGAACAAACCUACAACAAAUAAUUCAAAUACCACCAACGUGCAAGCUGCUCCUAUAGCUGUGACAACACCAUCAGUUACUACUGGUCAAGUGACACCUACAUCCCCCAUUAAGAAGGUAAAACAGUUUGUUUCAGUUGUUUAGUUAAGAGUAAAGUGUACACAUUAUAUCAUGAACUCUUUGCACUAUUAAAAUGCCUUGAUUGAUCAACUGUUGCAUAGGAAGCUGCCUUACAUCGUGUCAGAUCAUUGACCCAACUAGCUUAGUAUUGCCUACACUGACUGACGCUGGCUCUCAAGGUUUCAGAUAUUAUGCCAAAUAAGAUUAGAGGUUUGUAUCCAGUGGUGUUGCUGAAGGCAUUUUGACCAGAGAAAGCUUUCCUCAGCGGAUGGGAGGGGAGGUCAUUUUUGCCAAUUCCAAUUCCCCCUCCAUCUUUCCCCCAAAUUGGCUUCAGGCGGUUGGGUAGGAACAGCAUAGAAGGUGACGGAAAUUGGCAAAAUUGCAUCAUUCUCUUUGUGUGAAAGCCUCCAAUCAAAGAGGGGGCCUAUUGGAUACAAUCCAUGGCAUGUUCAUUUGAAAUGGGAGCAAGUUGUAACUCCAGAUUCCAGGCUCAGAUUUGAUGUUCAAGAGUUCCCUGAAGAAGAGUUUUGUUUUUUUUAAUGCAUUGGGCUUAAUAAAAACAUCAUAUAUAUUUUUUGUACACCUCUUUUUGCUUGAGACUGGGGCCUUACCACCUUAGUUUACUGUAGUCUACAUAUAGCCGCUCAUGAAGUUGGUGUGUGUGUGUGUGUGUUCAAAAGAAUGUGGUUUUCAUCCUUUUGGCUUCGUCAGGAAGGUUGUUUAAAAUGUAGACGGCAAACUUCAUGUAGCAUAAACAGAGUUGGUCACUUUUAAUUACUUUGUUAGCUUUCUGUAUUAGAACACAUAGAGAUGAUGUCAAUUCUGCAAAAAUUCUUAGUUUGCUUCAUUUGAGGAACAGUCAGUAAAUACCUGUGCUUGUUGUGUUAUCCCAAGAGAAAGAUCUAGUUUUAAUACUUGUUGCCUGAGUAUUUUUUUUACACACCUGUGAUUUUGAGCUCUCUCUCUUUAAGACCUGCAAUGCUUUCCUCCUAAGAUGCACCUUCAGGUCAAGUACUAGAUAUGAGUUAAUGCCCCCCCAAAGCCUCAAACUGAUAUUUUCAGGUAAAUUGCAAAUAAGAGACAUCAUUUAAAAAAUUCAUUCUUAUUAAUUUAUUAUUCACCUUCCAUAUGUGUCUCAAGAUGCUGUAGAGAAUGCAAUAUAUGCAGUUAAAACAAUUUUAAACAGUAUUAAAAAAGGAAUUAAAAGGGGGGGGAAACACCAAAUAGAUACCCGUGGCAGAGACCUGUUCAUCCAGCUGAGAAGGCUUGUUGGAACAAAAACAUCUGAUUGUUUCCAGAAAGUACAGAUAGUGAGUGCCUGUCGUAUCUCGACAAGAAUGCUGUUGCACAGAACAAGGACAGCCACACUUAAAACCCUGCUCUGAGUUACUGUUGAGUGGGUUUCUGAGAUUUCUGUGUCUUGCAGGAGAAGUUCUCCCUGCAGUGACCUGCCAGGUAUGUAAGGAAUAAGGGAGUCUUUCAAGGAACAAAUUCACACAAUAGAUAUUUUUAUGGAACACUUUGUAGAGUAUCUUUCUACAGAAAGGUGUGCAUAGAUGAUAAAAAAACAAAACAUAUCAAAAAGCCCUGAAAGUAUAUCUUCCAAAACAGCCUUGUAAUUUAGUACUCAACCAGUUGCUUUCAUUAAAGAAAGACUGCAGCUUUGUACAUGCAGCCACCUUUUUAACACAGAGGAGACUGUAUGUUUCUUUCCCUGCUGUUUUUUCUUGAUUGGACAAAUAUCUAGGAGAAUCCCACACUGAUUGUGUGAGAAGGUGGUGGCAGCAGUGUGGAGCUGGUGGGAUGAGGUGUCGUGAUAUGGAUGAGUGUUGGUGCUGUAACAACUGUUUACAAUAUUGUUGUGAAAUACCAAUUCUGAAACAGUGACAGCAGUGUAGAGCUGGCAGGGAAGAGGAGGCAUGGCAUGAGUGACUUGUGAGGCUGUAACAGGCAGUUACAAGUUGAUAUGAAAUACCAACUCUCUUAAGGUGAACGUGGGAAAGAAUGAAUCACCACCAUAUAUGUGAUUAGAGGAAUGCUAGCACAAUUCAAUAUAGCAAGUAAUAUUCUUACAGAAGCCAAGAUUCUCAUUGACCUAAAUUGAUAGAUUUUCCUGUUUUUUCAUUUUAAAUGUGAAAAAAUUAUGUUUUUAUUUCAACUAUGGAAUUGUAGUCAGUCCUGUCUGAGGGAAAGUCCACUUAUAAAAUGGGUCUUCCACCCGUCUCCUCAUACUACAGUUUCUGGAACCCCUCAAAAAUCUAGUUGUUUGGGGGACCCUCAGGAAAACAACUUGGAUGUGGUGAGAAGGACUGCAGUAGGAAAGAGGACUUGGCCAGAAUCAGAUGAAGGUAGCUUAUACAAGUAACUUCCUACUUGGCAACCUGCCUCUACCUAAUUUUGGGCAGCUUCCACUUUCCACCACGACCCUUUCUGAAAAUCUUGUGACCAUCUGGAGAGGCUUUUCAUGAGUAGCAAAGUCCCACUGUGAGAGCAGAUUUCUACUCAUAAAAAACUGAGUAUAGCCCAUUGGUGUUAUAUAUAUUUAUCUAAUCUACUACCUACCUACCUACCUACCUACCUAAUGUACAUGGGUACAUUCUCAUAAAUGACCACAAAUACUUAUCUAGCCUGCCACCGGAAAGUCCUUUUCCUCGGUACCCUAAUCUGUGUCUGGCUGAGAUUUUUGAGAAAGAAAGCCUGUAAGAAAAUGUAUAAACUGUUGUGAGGUUACUCAUGUACUGCACAGCUGAUUCUGCUCUCACCCUGUCUUAAAGUAAUCAUGUAAAGGAGUAACAAGGAAAGAAGUCAUGGAACAGAGGUGUGUCCGCCCGUUUAAGCACAAGUACUAAUUUUCAUGCUUUUUAAAUUACAAGCAUAGAUAAGAGUUCUGGUGACUAAAGUAUGGGUGCAAAAGAAACAUACUGCCUAUCUUUCAAUCUAUUUCCUUUCUUCAUUUUCCUUCUGCUUCUCCAUUCCAGUGCAUAUGCUUUUACCCCUCUCUUCCUUUCCAAUCUCCAUGCUGCUUUCUUUCACAAGAGAAAAAAUACAUAGGGCUAGAGCUGUAUCCCUCUUGAAUUUCCUGCUUCCCUGUUCAAAGGUCAAAGAUAGGACCUCCUUGGAAUUUUGCACAUCUCUGUUCAUAUAUGGCUAUAAUUCUGUGAAUAUGUGCUGAAAAAAGCUGACUGCUUUUACUGCAGUUCUAUAAAAAGUAAAUAGGGAUUAAAACAUGUAGACUUUUAAAUUAAAGGCCAACAUAUUUUUUUUGUUCAAUCUUUAUAUCUCUUUUAUAUGUCUUGUCCCAAUUGGCUUUAGUAUGACUUUCUUCCUGCUAUCAUGCCUGUGGUGGACUCUGUAGAUCCUGCAUCAUGGAGGCAGGGCUUACGUAAAACUGGCAUUAUUCUUGUUCCCAGUAAAGGUGAAAAGUCUCUGGUGAGGGCUCUGUGUGUGGUUUCCCCCUCCAGGUUGCAAAAUAACAAGUGUUAAUUCAAAUAUUGGCACUGUAGCUGCAUGAUUUUAAAUGGUGUGUCUCUUUUGCAUCUCAUUGUUAAUUUGUAGUUUAUAGUGUAAUGUUUACAAAGCUAACCUUUGAAAAGUUGAUUUACCAAGUGUUUGGAAUUUAUUAACUUGCCCAGGAAAUUGUGUGAGGUCUUGCUUCCUUUUCCACAUACAUACAAUAUACAUCUAUAGGGAAUUUCAUUUUGAAAUAUACUAUGAAGCAUGGAAUUCUGGAAUUAAAAAUACUGAGGUUGAGAAUGUGUCUUUCUUCUGUGACCUCUGUAUAGUCCCACUUUCUGCUGUGAGCAAACAUAGGCCACCAUGUAGAAAUUCUUAGGCUUUGACAGAAGUCAUUUGCUUGUACCUAUUACCUUGGCAGCCAUGUUUGCCCUCAUCUACAUGAUCCGAGGUUGGGUGAAUGUCUUUAACUGCCACAAAAUAUUGCAGCUAGCAAGCUUCGCAUUGUGUUACCUUGGAUGACUUGGCAGGUUCUGUUUAUCUUUCUCUCAGUGCCCCCCUUCCCCUGCUAUCUUAUUUAACAGUUUAAAUUAAAUGACUUUUGGUGAUACGGCAGGUUUUAAGAAGUGUAUACCUUGUAGUAAAGAUAAUUCCUUCCCUUACCUCUAUUUUGAGGAAGGCCACAAUCUGGGCACUAGCAGAUUUAAUCAAGGAUUCAUGAAGGGGGCUUACUGGAACUUAGGUUUUGGGUCAGAGCACAUUUCUGCAAGGAAUAUUAGUGACUGCUAAACAGAACACAGUGGUAAGCAGCAAGGUUCAGGGUGGAUUUCUGUAGCAGCUGUGCGAAAUCAAAGUUCAUGUUGCUCUAAACCAUGUUUCACAAUGGACAACCAUUGUGUUAGAGUACAAAGCUAAGUAAAAAGAGAGCUGUUCAGAUGAAUGGCUAGCAUUCUUCCCCAAUACCUAAACACUCCAAAAGUGACUUUGCAUCUGAGGCAGUGUUGGAAUUCAAUAAGAAGGGAGUAAAGCAAUGCCAAGGCCCAUUACUGCUUUCCCUGAGUCUAGAGUCCAUGGUGGAUGAAUCUGUUAGACAAUGUUGCUUACUUGCUUGUCAAAUGUGGGACUUCACAAAGAUCACAAAGGAGAUAACAGGGUUGCUUGCCUGUAAUCCCUGUUCUCCAAGUGUGCUCUGUGCAGUUGCACAUCCUACCCUCCUUCUCUAGCGUAGAAACUCAACUUGUCUUAAAAAUUAUUUGUGGUUUGCUACCCGUAGUGAUCUCAUGUGAACUGCCGAGAAAUACAUUAGUCCCGUGGUUCAUGCUCACAAGGGCAAAUAUGUCAGCGAGAAGGGCACAGAUGUACUCCAUUCCUGUCAAAGUUGUGGAAUUACUCAUUUUGUGGCCUGUGUAUGUACACUUCCAAAUGUUUGACUGCACAGAGGACACUUGGAAGAACAAGACUUACAGAAAAGCAACCCUGUGUUUUACAGUUCCCAACUUCAACUAAGGUUUCUCCCAAAGAAGAAGAGAGAAAAGAUGAGUCUCCUGCUUCAUGGAGACUAGGUCUUCGAAAGACUGGCAGUUAUGGGGCACUGGCAGAGAUUACAGCUAGCAAAGAAACUCAGAAAGAAAAGGAUUCGACAGGAGUUAUGCGAUCAGCUUCAAGCCCUAGAUUGUCCUCUUCAUUAGACAACAAAGACAAGGUAACAUUUUUUCCAGAACACACGACGUAAUUAAAUUAUGGAUGGUGAUGGUUUUUUUAUUUUUUAAAAAAGAAAGACCAGUGUCUGAAGAUGAAUUCCUUACCAAAUUCUGACUUCCACAUAUCAUGGAAUAAAGUUUCUACUCCUAAAAGCUGUGAAGACAAAUCAUGAACUUAUGUGCCUAGUUCCUGGUGAAGUCUUAAGAGGCACUAGUAGUUGGUAUGUGGUGUACCAUGAAAAAUUUCCGUUCAUCAAAGACAGGGGUCCAGUGAUCUUUGUAUGUCUUUCUGCAUUUUUCAUCUAGUUCCUUGGGCAAAGUUUCCGGGGAGAAAGGAUGUGCUUUCAAGAAUGGUGUGGCAUUUUUUCCAUCCUUCAAAUAGGAGAUGCUUCCUAAUGUGUGGUUACUCUGUGUACAAGGUUUAACUACUUUCUUUAUUUCUUUGUAGUAGAUCACUUUCAGUGUAAUUCAGUGAUGGGAAGGCCAGACUUUCCAGACAACUUGUGUAGGAAGCAUAAUUCUGUACAAUUAUCAGUCAUGUGUGUUAGGCUCUGUGUAAUUUAGUUCAGGUUUGACAACUAAUUAUUUGUUUUCUCAAAUGCCAAAGUUUCUGUUUGACAUUGUUUACAGUAAAAUAUGUAAAGCGUAAGUGGCAACCUCCCUUUAGAACAUUUAUUGCUAGAUGCUUAUUUUUACACAUGAACUAGAACCUCUAGAAACAGUGUGCCUGUUUUAACACUUUUUCACUAUUUGGCCCAUAAAUUGAUGGGAGCAAGUUGUGCCUGUGCGUGUGUGUGUGCGUGUGUGUGUGUGUGUGUGUGUGUGUGUGUGUAUGUAAUUAAAAUUGGGGUCAUGUUGGCUACACAUGCAGUUGACCUUUCAAAAAUCGUAAUCGUAAGUCAAACUUGUAAACUUUGUAAAAAAAAUGUCUCUUGCAGGAUAAAGAUACAAAAGGAACUAGGCUUGCAUAUGUUGCUCCUACAAUUCCAAGACGGCUGGCCAGUACAUCUGACAUUGAAGAGAAAGAAAACAGGGAUACGUCAGCCAGUUUAAUACGUGGUAGUGGUUCUUACACAAGAAGAAAAUGGGAAGAAGAUGCAAAGAAAAAUAUCUCAAAUGAAGGAUCUUCACCACUAAACACAACCUAUCAAAGAAGGUAAAUAGUGUAUGUUUUGUAGAUGUUAAAAGUAUAAAGAAUUCCAGGUAUUUUUAUAGAACUGCAUAAUGAAUUUUAUACUGUCUGCAUUUUCAAAUAGUAAUAUAAAGGACAGCUAUAUUCAUGUUCUUAAAAGAAGGUUAGGUGUAGUUGUUUUGUGUAUUAUACAUUAGCUAUUUACCUGAAAAUGGCGAGAGCUGUUUUAUUAUUAUACCUUCAUUGGAUAAACACUACAAAGCUAUCAGCUGAAAGAGGAAAUCUGUGUUUGGGGAAAUAUGGUUCUGGUGCUUUCCAAUCCCAAAUGGAUGAGGACUGCUAGUCACAGCUUCUUCAGUUACUUGCUUCCAGAAAAGCUGCACUUUUAGUUCUUAGAACAGCUUCCUUGUUGCCUCUAAAUGCCAAACUGUUCAUGAAGCAACUGUGGCAGCAUCCUUGCCCUUCAGUGAUGGUCAUGCUCGGUGUGAGUAAGUGAUGUCUAAGACUCAGUUUGACUCAUAUAUUUUAGUAGAUGAUACUUUUAAUCAGCAAUUAGAUUUUCUGUAUGUAAGUGAUGGGCUGUAAUAGCAACAACUUUAAGUGUGCCAUAAGACUGCAGGCAGAUAUAUUGGUAUGAUGUUAAAAUUGGGUAUACAAUCUUAGUCUUUUUAUGGAAAUGAGAGGGAAAUUAGAGUUCUUGUAAUUAUGCUUACCUUUUUUACAAAUAUCUGGAGCUAUUCAGUAGAUGGAAAUAGAGGGUCCAUCAAACUGGUAGAAGAAUGGGUGAUGAUUUAUAACUUAAUAAAUACACAGUGCUUAUUUUUGUAAAUUCAAAUGACUUUUCAGUGGUUCCUUUGGUAGAAGACAAGAUGACUUGAUUAGUUCUAGUAUUCCAAGUAUUACGUCAGUAUCAACAGUUACCUCCCCCGCUGGUCUUCAGAAGAGCCUGCUUUCCAGCACAAGCACUGCUACAAAGGUUACAACGGGUUCAGCAACAGCAGGCAUACAAAGCAGGUGGGACCAUCAAUGUCGUUUGAGUUAUGUCCACUGUGUGCUUUAUGUAUGUGCAUGCAUUUUUGUGUAGAAGGUACUGGGCUCUGGAUUUUUUUCAUUUUUGCUAUUACCUGUGGUCAGUAUGUAAUCUGGCUUAAAAUGAAGCUUGCAUUAUAAAGCAAUAGCUAUGCAUGUCUGUAAACAGGUAAAAAAUAAUAUAUAGGAAUGGGGUGAAAAUAUAGUCAAAGCUUUACUUUUAGUAAAGCUGCCCAGGAGGUAUGUAGAUACUUCUGUAGCAAAACCAGUCUCAAAUUUGUAUGUUUUAAAAAAAAGAAAAAAUCCAUCCCUUUGUAUCACACUGUUUUAGUAAAGUGCUUUCAUUGUUUAGCUGUUUCCUUUUCUCUUUUUGUGUUGUUGCUAUGAUGCUAUAGUACCUCAAAUCGUUUAUGGGCUGAGGAUAGUACUGAGAGAGACAAAGACAAUGUUCCUACGGCAGUGACCGUUCCUGUUGCACCAUCAGUUGUAAAUACUGCGACUACCACAGCCUUGACUACAACUACUUCUGGCACUGUGUCCUCAACUUCAGAGGUCAGGGAGAGACGCAGGUGUGUAAAAGUUCUGAGAAUGAUACUUCACUUGUGCUGUGAUUCAUUAGUGUGAGGUGAACAAAUGCCUACUCACAAAAUUAAUACAAUUGUAAAUACGUUGAUAUUUUGCCCACAUGUAAUAUAUGUGAUGGGAAACACGUAGACAAUCCUCAGCUUCCAUCAUCAUCAUCACCACCACCAUCAUCAUCAUCAAAAAUUUAUUAUUUAUACCCCACCCGUCUGGCUGGGUUUCCCCAGCCACUCUGGGUGGCUUUCAACAAAAUAUCAAAAAUACAAUAAAACAGGGAAUACAAUUAAAACAAUGGGAAGUCAUUUUACAUCUUCCCUGUUCACCCAGUUCCCAUGGUUCUAUGCCACUUAAAAAAACAAAAACUAAGGUAGAGAGUGGUAUGCAUGUUCAGUGUCUCCACAUUUACAGCAGUUCUUUAUCUGUAAAGAAUUGAGAAAAGUUUUUCAGUUUCAUGAAUUGUGAGAAGAAUUUAUCAGCUUUUUAGAUGGGAAGAACUGUUUCCAAACAUAGAAGAUUCUGGUCAAUAUGGAAACACCAUAUGUAUUUAAACCUUGAUAAAUGUAAAUGCAACAAGUUGUCCAUGUCAGUGUCUGAGAACACCUUUUCUUCUACAUUGCUGUUUUUAUGUUUUCUGGAUUUUCCUGUGGAAAUGUGUCGUUUGGGCCCCAAAUCCCUUUUGUCAUCUUUCUUCCCAAGUGACUGUGUGUGUUAAGGAAAAUGCUAUGGUUUGAACUUGCUGUGCAUUUCCCCUCUCAGAAAUAAGAAAAAGCUUUGUCAAAAAAAUAAAAAAGGCAAAAAGGCUGCUGUAAUGCCUGUAAAGACAUGUCAGUAGAUGUAUCAGGUACUGUAGAUAUAGAAAGUGGCACACAAUAUCUCUUUAGGAAGUGGCCUUUGAUACAGAGAGCCAAGUAUUCUAUUUUGAGGAAUGGUCAAAGCAGCCCAAAGUGUCAUAUUAGGGACCAUUUGAUCUUGCCAAACAAACAAACCUGCCUGUCCACUGACCUCACAAAAUAUUCUAGGGAGGGAGAGAAGAGGAUGUAUAUUUUGGUGUGGAGAAGAAGAAACACCAGAAUUUAGAAUAAACCUAGGCAUUUUCAAAGUAUAUAUACACAAACCAGCUUAUCUUCCUGUUUCAUUCAUCUGAAGAUGCAGGUUGUUGUUCUGAAAGCCCAUGCCCUUUAACCUAUUAUGUUUUUAAGGUGUGGCAAUGUUCUUAGUUUGUUCUGGCAUAAAUGCACACAAACAUGAAUGCUCUGAGACUGCAUUCUUAGUUCCUUUUAAAGAUCAAUUUAAUGUGGAAGACAAAUCAAGUAUUGCCACAAUGCACAUUGUAUGCUUUGAAGAAGGAUCGUGUCUGGAAAUAAUAGGAAUAAAGUUGGCGAACCAGGCAACUUUAUUCAUUAAAAGUUGCAUAAUAUAUGUAGGAUUAAACGCAAGGUGUAUGUAAUGACUAAAUUUUAUUACAAUAAGUGUGGUUUUUUUUUUUUUUUUUUAAAUACUAUAGUUAAAAAGCCUGAGAGGAGCUGAAAAAGCAAGGAAGUUCAAAAUUCAGGCAUUCAGUUUGUUUCUUCACUCUCACCAGUGUGUCAAGGUUUUGCAUGUGUGUUGCACAGGAUGAAAUAACACAUUUAGAUUUCUGUUGGUGGUCUAAAUUACCUUGAUUUUUAAAAUGUGUUGUCCAGAAGGUGCCUACCUCCUCUUUGAAUUCUGUGGUUUUACAUAUGAAGAUGUAAUAACAAUUAGCUGUUCCUUAGCAGGUCUUGAGAUUAGGUAAAUACAACCUCAAAUGAACAACAACACAUGAUAUUGCACCAUGUCAUUAUUUAUUUAACAGAAAUAAAGCCAAAAUGGAAAAGCCAUGUGUGAAAAACUAACCAUGGUGGUUCUACAAGCUAUUGAAUUGUAAGGUGUACUUAGUUUUCCACACAUGGCUAAACAUGGCACUGUGCAUUAUGGCCAAACAUCUCCACUUUGAUCUCAUCCGUCCAAAAGACGUUGUUCCAGAAGUCUAGUGGUUUGUUCAGGUGCAACUUUGCAAACCAAAGCCAUGUGGCCAUGUUCUUUUUAGAGAGAAGAGGCUUUCUCCUGGAAACCCUUCCAAACAAACCAUGCUUGUUCAAUCUUUUUCUAAUUGUAUUGUCAUGAACUUUUAACAUUUAACAUGCUAACUGAGGCCUGUAGAGCCUGAGAUGUAACUCUUGGGGUUUUUGCAAUUUCUCUGAGCAUUGCGCUAUCUGACCUUUGGGUGAAUUUGCUGGGACGUCCACUCCUGAAAUGAUUGGAAACUGUAUUGAAUGUUUUCCACUUUUGAAAAUCUUUCUCACUGUAGAAUGAUGGACUUAACAUUGGUUGGAGAUGGCCUUGGAACCCUUCACAGUUUCAUGGGCAGCAGCACUUGCUUCUCUAAGAGCAUGGUGUCAUAUUUCCUCCUUGGCACUGUUUUAAAAUACACCUGAAUGCUCCAGACCAACAAACUGCCCAAACCCCAGCUUUUAUAGAGGUGGACACACUUGCUGAUGUUGAAAUAAGCAAGGGCAUUUGAUUAGAAGCCCCUGUCUGCUACUUAGCCUCUUAAUUGCUAUGGCAGCAGUAAAGGUGUACUUCGUUCUUCCACACAUGAUUUCUCCAUCUUGACUUUAUUUCUGUUAAAUAAAUCACGACACGUUGUAAUGGGUCAUGAAUUGUUGUUCAUACAAGGUUGUAUUUACCUAAUUUUAAGGCCUGGUAAAGAACAAAUGGUUGCUAUUAUGUCCCGAUAUGCAAAACCACAGAAUUCAAGGAGGGUGCACUUUCUUUUUCCCAUGACUGUACAUAGUGGCAGUUAUUACAUGGUCCCAAAGUAGUUCAAUUUGUUCAUUCAGAGUUCAGUGUUUGAUUAUGUGAGUUUGUUGGCUGCUUAGAAUAACCUAGGAUGACAGAAUCGCCUACUGCUAAGAAUAUAUUGAGGAGUAUUUGUUUGUUCUUCCUAUUUCCCCACUUUCUUUAAAUGGUCAUACUUUAAACGGUCAUAGCUGAGGCAUAGGUUAUGAGGCAUAAACAUAAUAGCUAACUGUAAGGUGUAAUGCAUUUAUGUAUGUAUGUUAGUGCAGUAUACUUAACACUUAUGACACUUGGGUUUCCGGUAUCUUUAAGAUAUCUCAUCUAAAGCAGGGCAGAAAAUAAAUGAAAGGAAGUGGCACAGCAAAAUGUUCAGAAAUGUACAUACCAUAAGCUUUCUGGAUGAGCUGAAUACUUUGUUAAUGUCUAUCAAGAUGUAUUCUCCUUAUGUUAGACAUUAAUUUGAGGUGGUAUUUGGGAUAAUUCGAGAAAUGUUUACUUUAUAAAUAAUGAGGUCUCUUUUUACUAUUUAGCUUAGUGCCCUGACAGGCUUUUCCCCAUUAAAUUUAAAGUCAGGAAAGGGUAGUCUGUUCCAGCAGGUUGGAUUCAACAAGUCCUGACCUACAAUCACAAUUGGGUUGUGGUUUGUUAAGUAAGUACGUGUAGAAUGAACCAGUUUCCUGAGUUUGAACAUAGCUAUGGUUUAUUAAAAAACCCGAAGGAAGUAUCAAGUUGUUUCUUAUGGUUAAAGGAGAGACGAGGAGCAAGCUUGUUGCAACACAUUCUUGUAAUUGGGAAUCAUGGUAUCCCAUUGCAUCUAAACUAGGCCAUUGCCGUAGAAUCCUUGCUUGAUUGAGUGUUGAGAGAUCUAAUAGUAUGAAAUGAUGUUUUUAAAACCAGUUUUGUAAAGCAGCAACACUUCAAGUUGGUUGUAAAUAAAAACAUUUGCUAGUAUAGUUCAUCAGCAACAAUUUCACUUGGAGUACCAUUUGGAGAGAAUAAUAAAGAUUCCCAGUCAGGGCCCUCCCACACCUACAUCCCAUAACCAGUUACCAUGAACUCAUUAAAAGCACUGUUGCAUCUGUAUUAGAAAGUGGCAGGUAAUACCUCUCAGAAGGCUCAGUUUGAUCCUGGGUAUUUCUGUUGCUGAUCCUUAGGUUAAAGUGCUGACGAUAUUGUAAUGUGAUUGUAUUAUCAGAAUAUGAAGAGCUUGUAUGUGCUCAGUGCAGAAUUACACCAAAACGCAAGCAGUGAUCUUGUUGCCACAAAAUAACCUUGUUAUUGUUUGAAACCUUCAGUUUCCUAAUUUAUUUGUGACUUAGCCGAGAGGCUUUGGUUGCUCCUUUUUCUAUCAAAUAAUUUUCAAAAAAAUGCAGUUACUUAAUACAUUGAUUACUAGCUGGCAAAUCUUUUAACUCCAGGUCAUACCUCACUCCAGUUCGGGAUGAAGAAUCUGAAUCCCAAAGAAAAGCUAGAUCAAGGCAAGCAAGGCAGUCCAGAAGAUCCACUCAGGUACAGUGAUCUUUUAUGUUAUAUUUAGGGGAUAUGUGUUAGUCCAGUACACUGAUGGUACAAUACCUAUGAAUUGGUUUCUGUUCAUAGAGGAAGAGAGAGAAUUAAAAUAUGAAAAUGGAAGUAUGUAAUAAUAUACAGGCAACUCGCAGCUUAUGCGAGGGUUUGGUUCCAGGGUUUCAUGUGUAAACCCAAAAUCAUGUGAAGCCAGAAACCCCCAGAACUCCCCAACCCUGCAUGCCUGUCUGGAACAAGCCUUUCCCUCUGCCCUACUGGGCUCUAGGUGUGUUCCGGGACCCUCACACAACUUUCCCAGAGGCAAGUAUUAUCAUUUAUUUAUUUUUUAGUGCAACAGAGAAAUACAGCUCCACUUCAGAAAAGCAAGUUAAAUAUUUGCAUUCUGACUUUAAUCUACAUAUCCACAUGCACACAAUUAGUUCUGGGCUAGGAAAAUAUAUUUUCCCCAAGCAUGCAACCAGGGGAAAAGUUUUUUUAAAGCAUCCAUUUAUUUUUAUCACAUAAAAUACCAUCCCUUCCAGUUGUUUUAAAACAGCAUUAAAAAUACAAGGGAAAAGCUUUUAGAUGCUAUGAAAAAUGAGGAUGAAACAAACAAGAAAGAAUGAACUAUGAGAUUAGGAAAUGGGGUGUAGCCUCAGGUUUGGUUUGGGUUGUUUUUUUUUUUUUACAAAAUACCAUUUACCUUUAAUAAGUUAUUGUUUGAAUGUCAGCAGAAGUCAAAUUAGAUACUGGACACUUGACAUGUUAUCCUUUUUUUGGGGUGCAAUUCUUCUAAAGGGGGUAACGCUGACUGAUCUUCAAGAAGCCGAAAAAACUAUUGGCAGAAGUCGUGGUACACGAACCAGAGAGCAAGAAAAUGAAGAAAAAGAAAAGGAGGAAAAAGAAAAACAGGACAAAGAAAAACAGGAAGAAAAGAAAGAAUCUGAAUCUAAAGAUGAUGAUUAUAGACAAAGAUACACACGGACCAUAGAGGAGGUAUUUCAUGUUGCUCCUAUUGCACAGGCAUGAAUCGGCCAACUGUGCUUCGAAUUCUAGGCACAGUUGGAUUUUAUCCCCAGUUCAUGCAUUAGAGUGGGAACUUCUGCACUCAGGUCCACCGACCAGGCUCCGCCCCAUUGGCUGCCCAUGAUUGGGCGAUUUGAAUUUUAGUCUGGUGAGCCAUCACACCCUGCAAUGCAGCUGGUCCGGGAAUUUACAACGGCUGGCUGUUGGGGAUGUGACUCCUAACUGCCCUGGGAAUGAAGGGCAGCUUGCAAGGGGCCGCAACUGCCACUCAUGCGGAGCAGGGUAGGCGGCCAUUCUGAAAUUGUAGGAGGUAGCUUACUUGAUGAAAAUGAUUUAAUCUGCAUUUCUAUGCUUCCUAAUAUUUCAAAACUGAUAUGGACUUCUCCCUGUUGACUAGCCAUAUCAUCGCUAUAGAACUACUCCUUCAACUACUUCAUCAACUUCUUCAAUUGCCACAUCUAGUUCUUCAAGCCAACUAAACAGACCAAACAGCCUUAUAGGUAUAACUUCUGCUUACUCCAGAAGUGGAGCAAAGGAAAAUGAGAGAGGUAAGGCUUCCCUUAUUUUUUUCUUUUUCUGUGUUGGUGUUAUCAAAUAAACCACUGCCCCCUUCAAGAAAGUUUGGUAUACCUUAGAUGAGUAAUUGGUAAAACAGUUGGGAAUCCUCCUGUAGAAUCGCCACCUAAAAUCAGUAUUUCAGCAAUUCCUCAGUAAUUAUACUUUUAAAUUGCUUUCUGUAGAUCAAAUCUAAACUUGCUCAUAAGUUCCCAUAAUUCCAUGGGCUCUAAAUUUUAAUGUUGAAUUGUUAUAGGAACAACUUUUUUAAAAAAAGAAAAAGUUUGGAGUGAGGCUGAGUACUGUGUUGCCUUAAUAUAGAUUCAUUUUUCAGCCCUGAAGACUGGAGCAGUGAAUUAACAAGUACCUGGAUGUUUGUGAUUUCUUAUGUUAAUUCAAGGGUAAACACAUGGAUAAAGUGCAUGAUAGCAAAGGAAUGUUAUAUGCUUGUGCAGCCCUGCUUAAUAAUUCUUGUAUAAGUUAAUAAAAGCAUUUUGGAGCUGAACAAUCAGUUUGAAAGGUUAAACUUUGAUCUUUCUGACAUGUUACUUUAAAUCUUAGUUUACAAGAAGUGGCACCUUACCAUGGUCUGAAAAUUGCUGGAUUUCAUUAAAUGCAUUACCAUACAAAGAAAAGCAAAUCUAGCUAAUUUGAACACAAAUCUCUCUGAAAGAGUCUGUUGCACGCUGAAUUCUUGAUGCUUCUGGCUAAACAAAUACUUACCUGAAUAAGUGUGCUCUGGUUGCUUUGAUGAAUAUGUGUUUGUAGAUGUCAUAAUGUAUGCAUAUGUGUUAGGCUUUGAUUCUUAAGGUUAAAUCCAUAUAAUACUACAAUGAAAUAUUAUAGUUAGAAAUGAUGGAACAAUGUAUAAAGAGAAUAAUGGCAUGUUAAAAGUGAUCUACAUUUACCAUAUUCUCAAAAGCAUUUUAGGAUUUUCAUAAACUUGAAUCCUGAAUGUCUUGCUUCAGGAAUGACAACAGAAAUGUAAUGUGUUGCAAAUUAGUAUAUUUACUGGACUUCAUUAAAAUCUCAAUGCAUUGCUAUUUAAAUAGAAACAGGGAAGAAAGAAGAAGAAAAAGAAGAAGAUAAAUCACAGACAAAAUCAAUAAGGGAAAGGCGACGGCCAAGAGAAAAACGAAGAUCUACAGGAGUUUCUUUUUGGACUCAGGAUGUAAGUAAAAACCCAUUUAAAUUGCAUAUAGAUCUGUAUUUAGAAACAGUUCAGGGAGAAUUCAAUGAACUGAGGCAACACAGUUGAUAAAACAAGCUGUGGAAAUUGGGUUUUUGUUUUCAUAUUGCAGAUUUAUGUUUCAGACAUGGGUGAGAUUCAUGUAUUUUAAAGCUAUUAGCACUCUUGAUCUAAUGCUUAACACAGUUAUCAAUCUCAUUUUAGAAGUGUGGUGGUUAUACCCAGUUGUCAAAUCUAGACGUUCAAACUGUUUCAUGAAUCACCAACCCAUCCACAAUAUGUACAUGAUUUUUUUUAUUAGUGAGACAACAGACUUCUUCAUCACUGAUAUCACAGCUUUUUUGGACAAUUAAUGAAUUCAGUUAUUAGUCAUUGCCUUAAAGUAAAAUCAGUACCCAACUAAGUUCUACUUAGAAUAGACAUAUUGAAAGUAAUGGACCCAAGUUAGUCAUGGCUAUUAAUUUCAGUGGGUCUACUCAGUGCAAGCUUUGACUAUACCCCCCCCCCGUAAUAUGGAAAAUGUGUGAUAUUAAUUGUAAUGCAUACAUAAUUCAUAAUACAUUGGAUAAGCAUGCAUUUUAGUUAAUUAGGGCUUGGGUGAUUAUGUGUGUGACUUUAAAUCAGAAACAAUGAGAUGAAUGAGAUGUUGCAAUGAGAUGCUGUAAAGUAGUUAAGUAAAAGUUCUUGUAUGUAAGUUAACUGCUUAAACAUUAAUAUGGACUUGCCACCCAUAAAUUGCUGUUUGUAUAUUGUUGUUGUUGUUGUUUAUAUACCGGCUAUACCCAGGGGUCUCAGUGCAGUUCACAAAAUAAAAUCAAGAUAUAGAACCACAAAAUACCUAAUAAAAAUAAAAACAACAACCCAACAGCCCCAAUAAAAUCUGAAAAUACAGAUUCUACGUAUCUGCUAUUUAUAGGGAAAGAGUGUCUAUCAUUUUAUUUUAAAAAAAUAAGUUGAUUACAGUAAGUUGUCCCAGAAUUGAAGAAUUGGACAAAAAUAGUUGAAAUUUUGUUUUAGAAGAGUACAAAAAUGAGAUUAUAUUCCAGUAUAAAUGUGUGAGUGGUGGUGAGCAACUAGGAUAGAAUUUUGUUAUUGACAAACUAGAUCUGCUUGCUUGAAGCAGCUUGAAGGCUGAAAAUGUUGUUUGGUGGAAGCCCUCCUUCUAAGUUGUUCUGUCCCGAGGCAGAAUGUAAAUAUAUGCUAAUUUUAAAUGGGUUUCCUCCCUCAGAGUGAUGAAAAUGAACAAGAACACCCAUCUGAUUCAGAAGAGGGAACAAAUAAAAAAGAAACACAGGUAAUUGUUCUGUUUUGUUUUCCUUGCAUAAAAGACAUAAUCUCAUGCUACGAUUUUAUUCAAGGUUCUGUGAAGAAAAUUGUGUCUUCUGGGGUUAAAACAUUAAGUUCAGAGAUCAUGUGAUAAUUUCAUUUGGCCUUCAUAGAAGCGUAACCUGUUGAUUAUAGCGCACAAAGUUGUUUUCAUAUUUCAGUGCUGUUCCAUGUAUCUUUUUCCCUGUUCUCUUUCAUUUUGAUUCUCAUUUGAGUGCCAUAUUUUACAAAAGCUACACUCCCACAGGUAUUGCAUCCUGUUUAAAUUCAGUAAUAGUGCAUUAACUGAGAUUGCAUACAUUUUGCUGUGAUAACGCCAACAUUAUCUGUUUCAUGUGAACGUGUCACUUGAAUAAGCUCUAAGUGGACCCUACAAAAUAUAUUCAAACAAAAGGUUUGAAUGGUGUAAAGUUUAUUUUAAAUCACCACAUAGUGGACUGUCCACAUUGAAAAAUGAGAGAGCAGUUGGAAUACAUAGAAUACUAAAAGAACAGGAAGGCUGAAUCAUUAACUCUCUAGAACCUUGUCAUAAUAUGGGGUCUAUAUUUCUAACAUUGGUGUUCUUGUGAAGAUUCUGCAAAUUGUUGCUAGGAUCCAAACAUGCAGUUACUUUCAUGUGGCUAUGGAGACUUUGGGCUUGUAUCACUCAAACAGCAGUUCCCUAAGCUGCAUUGCAAAUUACUUUUGAAAUCAUAGAAGUCUUUGAAAUGCUCUUCGGCUUGGAAGGUCUGUUAUUCAAAGAAAGAAGUCCAAAAUGCCUUUGCACAUGCCCAAUCCCUUGGUGUAUUUAAGUUAGCUAUUUGGAUUCCAGCCUAUGAUUCCAUGCAGCAGGGGUAGAUAACUGCAUACCGCCAGUGGGCCAGAUCCUUCCUUCCCCUCAAUCCCAAGUGUCAAUUCUGACAUGUGGGUGGUACUGCCCACCUGUCAAUCACCUGGUGCUGUUAUGACAUUGGGUGACAACUUGAAAAGAACUUUCCUUUGAAGACUGUUUUGCAGAUAAGUUUCAAUACACACGGCUUGGAAAUGGACUUCAAAGUAACAGCAGACACGCCUUUACCUGCCAUAUACCUGAUGUCACAUAUGACAUCAGGGAUGGGGCAGCUGAGUGUGGUUUGGGGGAAAUGGCCUCCCAGGGCAAAAUAGAACCCCUAGCUGACCUGAAUGGACCUGUAAGCUGGUGGUUCCACACCUCUGCCAUACAGUAUAUUUUAUGGUCCAUUUUAUUUUAAUUGCUGGACUUACUUAAAUUCUCAUUAAUUUUCUAGUAUUCUAGUGAAUAAUUUGCUUGUUAAACAUAGGUGCAGUCUUUUAAAAUAUUUGUUUCCUCUUCCUCCUUCAGGGUGAAAGCAUUUCAAGGUACGUGCACUCUUCACGUUUAGCUCUCCUUAUGAUGGGAAGCAUAACAUUCUUAAUUGUUUAAUGUUGCUAAUGAAAUGAGAGGUUAAGCAUGCUUUUAUGGAAAAAGGCACUUUGCAAAUGAUGCGAUGCUAGAAGCUGCCCACAGCUCAGUUCUCCAUAGAUACCAAAACUGUAGAAGAUUACAUCCAGUUUCAACAUGUCCACAGAGUUGCUAUUAUGCUAGCAUGUUGACCGUCAGCAUGGCAGCGCCAUGACAUCUUGAGGAUUAUAAAAUGUUCCAGAAGAGCCAAGCAAUAUGAUUCAUUGGUUACAAACAUGAUGAAGGUUGUAUGCUUUGCCACACCUAAAUUGAGGGGAUUUUAACCAUUUAUCUGUAAGAUUCCAGCUUUUGGGAAGUCCCCAAGUGGAGGAUGUUCCCUGAUAAUAUCAUACCCUAGUUCACAUUUGCUUUUGUAUAAAAUGGAGAGAAGUGGAAGACUGCAUACACAUUAUUUGAAUUCACACUGUAUCUUUAGUUGAGUUACAAUAUUAAUAUGUCAGUGACUUAAUUCAGAUGUCAUGUCAAAUCAUCAUUUUCAGAGCUUAACUAUCGUUCGUCACAAUGAUCAAAUUUGACAAAUCAUAGUUUGAGAAUGUUGAAACCAUGAGGUUAAUGAAAUGUCCCAAUUGACAAGUCAUAGUUAGCAUUCCACCCUCUGAGGCCAUCAUCUCGCAUAACAGAAAUCCAGAAUAUGAGAAAGACAAAAAUAGAGCACCAACUCUGUUGUCUUCAGUCUUGCUGAAUUCUACCCGAAAGCCAUGAUUUCUCUAUUGAUCUUUCUGCCCCUGCGUGUUAAACCAGUUCCCAUUCAAAAUAAAGGCAGGCAUUUGGAUUUCAUGAUUUUUAUUUAUCGAACAACUUCUAUGAAAGAAACUGAAUCAAAUGAAUAACUUUCAGGUUUUUAGCCUUCACCUGUGGUCUCCCAUUUCUCCCCAAAUACUGGUGUUGUAAAACUUGUUUGCAUGCCACUUUGAAUUGUGUUUUAUAAAGAAAAGUGAGAUUUUUUUUGAAAUAUAAACAGAGUUAUGAAAAGCAAAGGUAGCAAUUAUCACUAGUGGCUGAAAUCGAGGGAAGUUGCAAUGUAGGUCAUGAAAAUAGCAGCCAGGAGAUGUGAUAAAAUGGAAAGUGGUGCCAGGGAGGGGUAGCACUACCAAUAAUGAAAUGAUGUUUUCCCUUUUUGCAUGGAGAGUAGCUAUGGGUGCCCUUAGAGGGACUUCUUUCUUUUUGGACAUUUAUCUGGUUCACCCCCCCCCCCCAAAAAAAAAUACUAUUUCACUCCAAGAGUUAUGGAAACUGCAACAUUGGUGGGAACAUUGCUUUGGAGUGUGGGCAGUGGUUUUGAGUGGACAAAGCCAGGAAGAAAAAUGUCCCACCCCCUAGUUCUUUGCCCAACUUGGACUGUCCCCCCGCACCUGAAAAAAACAAACACUUCUUAAUACAGAGACAUCAGGAAGAGGGGAAUGCUCCUUGGCAGAAAGCUGGCCGAGAAAGCAUUGUGCUGCACAACUGAGAGCAAAUAAAAAGAAGAAUGUUCUCAGUUGUGUUGCCCUUUUUAGCGUUACUGAUUGAUGGCAACAAGGCAUCAUAUCUGUGGUUGUGUUGCUGGAGGUACAACAAGGUGAAGUGGUUUAUAAUUGAAUCUUGGAACCCUUUGAGGAGACAACUAAGGAAAAAUAGUAUAAAUUGUGUUUUGCACGUAGGGCCCAGUUUUGCAUGUCACAGUAAACCAUCAUUAUUAGUUUCCCAUGAACACAGAAGUCACUGCAGCUUUGCUCCUUCCAUAGUGCCAGCAGGAACAGCAAACCAUGAUCUUUGAUGUAGCAUUAUAUCUGAAUGAGGGAUCAGGCUUGUUUCGUUGCCCCAAUCCCCACCUUGGUAAGCUAAGAACAAAUAUUGGCUUCACAUUCUGAUUUGUUUGUAGUGAAACAAAUCAUGAUCCCAAGCUCAGACAUUACAAUACACCAGGGAUUGUGAUUUGUCCCUCGCGCUAGGGGAGGAGCCACCUGCAUGAUCAUGCUAAACAAUUAACUUUAGACAGUUCUGAUGUGCAAAUGAAGCCACUGUGACUUAGUUUCUAAAUUAGAGCUAGCUCAGACCAUAGUUUGUUGUAAUUCUGAAUAGAGCUGUGAGAGAUUGAACUUUUAUUCUUUUUUGGAAGAUAUGACACAGGAUCAUCAGGAGAUCGUUACGAUUCAGUACUAGGACGGACUGGAUACAGUUACUUGGAAGAUCGCAAAUCAUAUUCCAGCAAGCUAGAAAAAGAAGAUACAACAGAUUUUAAAAAGGUAUCUGACCCCAUGAGUUGUGUGUUAACAAGAUGACUUUAUUACAAGUUUGUGAAGUCAUUCUGUAUGGUUCUCUUAAUUCAGUUUGACACCAAAAGCAUACAUACACUCUGGGGACUAUAAGAUGCAAUUUCAAGCUCUAUGGUAUUGGUUUUGAGGUAAAUUUUGAUUGAGGCCAUUGUUAAGGUACUAUUUGUAAAGCAACUUCAAAUGUAUGGCCACUUUACCCCACCUCCUUUCUCAUUUAGAACAGGGUUGGGGAACCUCAGGCCCAGGGCUGAAUGUGAGCCACAUGGUCACCCUGUGUCACCCAUUGGACUCUCCCCAGGCUACACCCCUUUCCUAGGAUGCUCCCCUCACCAGCCCUUCACCCUUCUCUAGUGCUUUCGCCUAACUGGAAUUUGUCCUUGAACCAGUAUAAUGUCUCUUGCUUGCCUGAAUGGAGAGAGGUGACUGUGGUGUAUGGAGAAAGUUGAUCAUUGCAGGGUCCAGCUUGGUUCCUAUGGGGAGAGGCAGUCUUUGAGAUAUUGUGAUCCUGAACCGCUUAAGGCUUUAUAAGUCAAAAGCAGCACUUUGAAUUGGGCCUGAAAACUAAUUGGCAAUCAGUGCAGGAUCAGUGUAAUAUGCUCAAGCCGUCUUGUGCUAGUGAGCAACCUGGCCACUAAAUUCUGCACCAGCUGAAGUUCUUGAACUGUCUUCAGAAGUAGCAUUGCGUAUAAAACAUUGCAGUAAUCGAACCUAUAGGUUUCCAGAGCAUAGAGGAUAGAAGUUAGGCUAAAUCCUUAUUUCAGACAUUGUGAUAUAUUGGAAUAUCUCAGUGUUUAGCUGGUGAUAUAUCACAGUGUUGAAAACCAUAUAUCGCUCAGCCAUACACAGAACCCUGAAAUCUAAACAGUUGCUCCUUGCCUACUGCCCUUCUAAUCCUAGGAGUUAAAUUUUAUGUCUCCACAAUUAUCAAUUUAUAAAUGCAGUUAUGAUAGAAGUUUGAAGAAGUGCCUGAUUUAUAAAAGUAUUGCAUAUUUCUUAGCUUUAUGAACAGAUUGUAGCUGAAAAUGAAAAAUUGAAAGCACAAUUGCAUGAUACCAACAUGGAACUGACGGAUCUCAAACUACAGUUGGAAAAAGCAACUCAGGUUUGUAUUUCUAAACUCUCAAUUUAAUUUUAUUUCUUCAAAGGAUCUUCAGGCUGCCUUAUAUGAUAUCCUCUCUAGGCUGCUUACAAACAUAUAACAAAUAAAAUCACAAAUUUCUCUAAUACAGUUUAAAACAGAUUACAAACAAUAAAAUGCCAAAAUAACAGGCAGAGCAAUAAGUACAAAUUAGAGAAUCCUUCAAAUUUUUGCAGGCCUGAAAAAUAUUUUAACAGGAAAUUUAGUAACAAAUCUAGUAAUACUCUGAAAUCUAGCAGCAACCUUAAUAAAAUCAUCAUUGUUAAAAGCUAAACAGAACAGAUGGGUCUCCAAAGCCAUUUUGAAGGCUGGCCAAUAGUCCAAUGUCUAGGGAGGAAGUUCCAUAAAUGAGGCGCCACCACAGAAAAAGCAUAUGUAGGUUCAGUAAAAUGUGUGUCACCAAGGAUUAGCUUUGCAUUUUCCAAAGAGAUGGAAACACACUUUUUUAAUAGUUCCUUUUAAACGUCAUGCUUUAAUUCUGUUUGUUAUAAACCUGGCACAAAAGUUCUAUUAGAAAUAUAAAUCAAUAUUGAACGUUUCACAUAUUAGAAGGUUUCUAUUGGGCUUUACCAGCGCCUCUUGGAAGUGUAUGGAAUCUGAGUCUCUUAGGUGGAGUUCAGGCAAUAACAUGCAGUGAGGUGGCAAACUAGAAAAAUGAAAUGUGAAGUGCAAAAUUUUUAUACAUUUUAAAGGUUUAAGUGUCCAGAAUGGUAUUUCAUACACAACUUGCAUAGGGCUAAGUUGUAAAUUGUUACUUUAUAUUGAUGGAGGAGGAGGUGAGCGGCCUAGUCUUUAACCCUUGAACAUUUCUGCUUUAAUUGCUGCAUAAAUGACUUCAAAAUUUAUGUGAUUAUGAUGGGAAGACAGUGUCCUUGAUAUUGAUGAUAAACUGUGGUUAGUGAAAACUGGAAGUGAAAACUGGAGGUGGAGGCAUAGCAGGCUCAUUCAACACUAUACCAUAGUUAAUCAUUAUGUCCAAACAAGGCCUAGUCUUUAACCCAUGAACAUUUCUUCUUUAAUUGCUGCAUAAACGACUUCAAAAUUUAUGUGAUUAUGAUGGGAAGACAGUGUCCUUGAUAUUGUGGAGUUGAGUUGGAAGUCUUCCCCCUGCAAACCAUCUGGCCCUUCUCAAUGGACAGCUAAUGUUAGGUGUCAAGUUUUAUCCCUAGUAUUACUGCUCCAUAGAAGUGAACAAUAAUCAUUAACUUAUAUGGGUAAAAAGUAAGGUGGUGAGUUCAUGGAGUGUAAGGAAGUUGCUGCUGAUAGAGACUGAUUUUAAGCUUAUACCUUCAAAAGGAGCAGUGUGUUUGCCCUUGAGCAGCAACUUCUAUUAAUUGAAAUUGAUAUAUGAUGGCAGAAACUUCCUGAGAACAAGUUUAGAAGCAGGAUGGGAAAUGUUAAGUGAUUAUUCCAGCCACCUGAUUAAUGACUACUAAAACAGGCAGAGAGAGGCUUGAAUGUGCACAUAUCCUUAUAAAGACCCUUUAGUGUAUUCGUUCAUGUUCACUCUGACAUUGGAGAUCUGACCUGAUCUGAUUAGCUAUGGGCCAUAUUCUGUGUUACAGUGUUAUUUGAAAUUAUUAGUAAAUGUAACUCUGGCCCUGUAUCUGUCCUUCAUUGAUCUCCAUUGCAAGAAAUCUAUAUUAAAUUUGUGUAUAGAUCAUCAGUAGCCAUUUAUUAAAGGAUGGCUUGUGAUGGUGAAUACCAUUAACUAUGUUUCUGGCGCCUACCUCAUAGUUUUCUGUAUCUUCUAUUCCCCCCCCCCGAAAAGUAUGGUUUCCUGUUGAGAUUAUAUUCAGCAAACCUAUGAAUCUGAGAGUGCCCAUGAAUUUCAGGCACUCAUAGAAUCAUAGAGUUGGAAUAGAUCACAAGGGCCAUCGAGUCCAACCCCCUGCCAAGCAGGAAACACUCUUUACGUUACAGAAAAAAAUGAAUAAAUAUUGGGUUGGAUUCAGACACAGCGGACAUUAAUUCCCUUAGAAAUGAGUUGGUUCUGUCGUUUUCACUGUCUAAUUUAGUCUGGAUUCUACCCACCACUGGUAAUGCAACAGUGCUUUUCUAAAUUGCAUUUUCCCCACGUCCAUUUAUCUCCUUUAUUUUUCUUGUGAGUAACAUUGCGUGUGAUCACUUAUCUAUUUCAGAGGCAGGAAAGAUUUGCUGAUAGGUCUCUGCUAGAAAUGGAAAAAAGGGUAAGUUUUUUCCUGGGCUUUUGGUCCUCUAGGUUUAUAUAAUAUUCUUAUAAAAUAAUAAUCUGAAUUGGGAAGCAGUAUGCGAAACAGAACAAACUGCAACAAUUUAGUUAGGCAAUUAGAUUUCUGGACAGUCUGUGUGUGCACAAGGGAUGCACUUUAUGUAUUGAUAUAAGAGCAAUAAUAAUCAAAUAGUUAAAUUUAAAAUUCCGCGCUGGAUUUGGUCUGGCAACUUUUAAAAAACAUACGAUUGGUGGAAAUGGCUUAAAUCGGUUAACUCACUGUUACUUAACUGAGCACUGCUAAGUAAACAAGUUUUUUUUUAAAUGAAACUUGGUUCUUAUCACAGAGAGUUAAAUGAAUGACAGACUGACAAAAAUGAAUUAUGACUGUACUAAGCUCUUGAAAUUAAUUGCUAAAACUGGGUAAAAUAUGUUUAGGAGCUCACUUAACUAUGAUUAAACUAAAUUCAAAUGGUUUGUAUCUGAAAGGUGACCGACAAGAGUCAGUAUCCUCGCAGCGGUAUGAUCUAACCAAAGUUUUACACACCUCAGCUGAUGCUGCUUGUUUUGCAUAACACUGUUGAAUGUAUACUUUGUAGCAUUUGCUUUUGUCUUUCACACUUUGAAAAUGUUUGAAUGUCAGAUACUGGAUACAGCAGCUGCUUUUUAAUGAGACUCACCGCAUUGUCUUAACACAAAGCAAUACUUUAGCUUUAAGACCUGUUGUCCAAUGAAUGAUGACAGAAUAUGCACUAGGACACACACACACGAUUAGUAUUACUUGGGUGUAGUACAGAAUGCAAACUAACAUUUGCCUGUCUGUGGAACGUAAUGCUUUGUGCUUCCUUUUCCUUAAGGCAGUUGGUCUCUUUUCUGCAUUUCUUGUAUGCUAAACUACCACAAAAUACAGUUAAAGGAGUAAUACCCAACUGAUGUUACAAAAACUAUUGGCUGAUCAAUUUUAUAUAAAGAAUGUAUUUAACUGGUAGAAUUUGACCGAAAUUAGUUCUGUUGUCUUGAUUUUAAAUUUGUAGUAUUUUUUUACACAUCACUGGCCUCGCAAGUUUCUUGUCCUCACUGUGCUUAUGGUUGUUUAAUCUUGAAAAUCUGAGAUUGCUCUACAGAGAUGAUGCUUAAAAUAUAUAUCCAAAUUGUGUUAUUAAUGCAAAUGGUUUUCUGUAGGAAAGAAGAGCUCUAGAAAGGCGGAUAUCUGAAAUGGAAGAGGAACUCAAAGUAAGCGUGCUUCAACUAUUUUCAUUUAGGGCAGUAGCAUUGUUUAUAGGCUACAGUGUGCACAUUCUUAUUUUUAUGUAUUGAUUAGGAGUGCAUCAAAUUACAGAAUAACAUUCUUCCGAUUUUCAAUGGCUUUUUACUACAUGGUCAGCCAUGUAAUCACAGCUCAUGCCAAAGCUGUCUAAUAGAAUGCAGCUUUUGUAAAGGAUAGAAUAUUGUGCCAUACAGUUUUGUUUACAGUAGUAGAGGACUUUUACCUGAGAUUGUCUGAGUUGGUUCAGAUACUAUUGAGACAUAUGGUUCUACUAAAAAACAAAAGCCUAUAUUGGUUGAAUAUGGCUAUACUUCCCCCAAAUGUGUGUGUGUGUUUAAAGUAUAGGCAAAACAUUUUAAAAUUUAAUAAUGAAGUACGUUUGAUUUGUGAAAAUACAGGUUCCUCUGCUAUCAGACAGUCUUCGCAUCAAGGGUAGUAUUUCCUUUAGGCUACAGUCAGAGUGAAGAUAAGGUCACAAAAAUUUCUAAACCUAUCACUUGGUUUUUUUCUCCAACCUUUAAUUCACAGGGACCUAAUGAAGAAAUAAGCUGUCUGUCCGUCUCUCUCUCUCUCUCUCUCUCUCUCACACACACACACACACACACUCUCACACACCACAUAUGUACAUACAAAUUAGAGAUGGGCAUGAUUGAUUCCUGAGGCACAAUAUGACUUUCUUCCUACACCCCAUUGGAAAGACGCUGAUUGGCUUAAUAAAAAAGGAAGCCUCAGUAUAACAAGGCAGAUAGGCUCUCCUUCCCUCCCCACUCCUGGACAGGGAAGAACAAGACUGAGAAAACAGAUAGUUGUCUUAGUUUCUGCGUCUUUUCAGCAGCCUUGAAACGGCACCCAUCAGCAAUUAUAGCAUAUAGAUGUCCAGAUACCAAUAUAGGUAUAAUUUCAAAAAGCAUUCUCUGAGCUCUCUCUUGUUUCCUGCCUUUUUAAAAAAAUCCUCAGUCGUCUGAGGAUUUUAGUACAGUGGAACCUCAGUUUUUGAAUGUGAUCCAUUCCAGAAGACGGUUUGACUUCCAAAACGUUCGAAAACUGAGGCGCAAUGAGUAGUCAGCAAAAUCCAUUGAGAAUCAACCAUCAGGGAGAAAAGAUUAACGUUAUAAAUGUCUAUGCACCAAAUAUGAAUAAAGCUGAAUUCUUUAAAAAAUUGGAACAAAUGUUAACAGAACUGGAGGAUCAUAAGAUGAUUUUACUUGGAGAUUUGAAUGCCGUGCCAACACCUGAAUUAGAUAGAAGCGUGAAAAGAAGAAAACUUAAGCAGGGGAAAUUACCAAGAACAUUUAAUAAUCUGGUGGAAAAUCUAGAUCUGAUAGACAUCUGGAGACAUAAAAAUCCAACAACAAAACAAUAUACUCACCUGUCAGAACCACACCAAAGUUGGGCCAGGAUCAAAUAUGGGUCUCAAGAGAAUUAACAUUAAGAGCACUUAAAUGUGAAAUCUAACCCAGAACUCUUUCAGAUCAUAGCUCAGUAACGUUGGAGAUAAAAAGCAGAUUAUAAGGAACAUACAGAUGGAGAAUGAACGAUUAUCUUUUUGAAAAUGAGGAAAUAAUUGAGAAGGCCAAAAGAACGUUAAAAGAAUAUUUUGAGAUGAAUUUAAAUAAAGAGACUAAUAUAAAGAUGCCAGUUUGGGAUGCCAGUAAGGCAGUGUUAAGAGGAUUUUUAAUUAAUCAGAACAGCUAUAGGAAAAAGUUAAGAGAAAGAGGAGGUUUUGCGGUACCGAAUUUGAAACUGUAUUACGAGGCCUCAUGCCUCUGUUGGAUUAAAGAAUGGAUUGUAAUAAAAAACACUGACCUACUAGAUUUAGAAGGCUUUAACACCAGAUUUGGUUGGCACGCAUAUUUGUGGCAUAAUAAAGCAAAAGUGCAUAAAGAAUUCUCCAGUCACAUCAUUAGGGGACCUCUGCUAGAGGUUUGGGAAAGAAAUAAAAAUCUUCUUAAAAAGAAAACUCCCUGGUGGUUGUCACCAAUAGAUAUUUUAACAAUUAAAAAAAACAAACAUAGAAGGUAAGAGAUGGACAUAUGAAGAUUUAUUGGUGAGAACAGAAAAAGGUUGGCAGAUCAAAACGUAUGAAGAACUAGGAGAUAAAUUAAUGAGUUGGUUACAAUUCCAUCAAAUUAAUGCACUGUGGACAGAAGAUAAAAAGAUUGGGAUAAACAAAAAAAAUCAAGAUUCCAGAUAGAAAUACUGGAAGGAAAUUCAAAACUCUUAUCAAAAAUGUAUAAUCAACUGUUAGAAUGGAAUACUAAGGACGAGGAAAUAAAAGAAGUUAUGGUGAAAUGGGCGAUAGAUCUGGGAUAUAAUUUAGAAUACGAUAGUUGGCUUAAGCUCUGGAAUAAAGAUAUGAAGUUCACUGCUUGUGUUGCCUUAAGAGAAAACAUGGAAAAAAAUGAUGUACAGAUGGUACAUCACCCCUGUAAAAUUAGGAAAAAUCUAUAAGAAUGGAGAUAAAAUGUGCUGGAGGUGUAAAAACAAGGAAGGUAGUUUUUACCACAUGUGGUGGACUUGUGAAAAAUCAAGAACUUCUGGGAGCUCAUUUAUAAUGAACUAAAAAAAUGUUUAAAUAUACUUUUGUUAAAAACCUGAAAAUUUUCUUCUGGGAAUGAUUGGCAAUGAAAUUAAGAAAGAGGACCAGACCUUAUUCCAGUACGCAACAACAGCUGCUAGAAUUUUAAUCGCCCAAAAUUGGAAAUCAAUCAAUAUCCCAACAGUAAGAGAUUGGCAAAGUAAAUUAUUUGAAUAUUCAGAAUUGGCAAAAUUAACACAAAAAAUCAGAGUCCAGAAAGAAACAAAGUUUAUUAAAGAAUGGAAUAAAUUCAUAACCUAUAUUGAAGUAGAUUUAAAAAAUCCAAAGAUCACAGUAGGCUUAAUAUAACCCUUCGACAUACAAAAGUUUUAAAGAUAAACUGCGGGAAAAAUGUAUUACAUAACCCAAAACUGAGGUGGAGGGAAGUCAAUAACUUAAAUGUUUGUCUUUGUUUUGUUUUUUCCUUAUAAUUAAGUUAUGUUGUUUUUAUUAUUGUUUUUUUUCCAUGAAGAAUUUAUUUUCUGUACAUAUGUGUGUAUAUGUGUGUAUGAAAAUUAAUAAAGAGAAAUUAAAAAAAGAGAAGAUUUGAAAACACGUUCGACUUCUGAGGCACAUAUGAAAACAGAAGCAAUUACUUCCAGGUUUUUGGCGUUAGAAAACCGAAACGUUUGGCUUUUGAGACACUCAAAACAGAGGUUCCACUUUAGUCAUAUAGCGACAGAGGGAUUUGGGCCCAGAUUGUUUAAUGCUUGAAAUGCUACCAGCAGCACCUCCAGGGGUGAAGUCAAAUCACAGCACUUCCUGCGUUGUUUUUGCUGCACCAAAGUGACGUCUCCAGGGCGCAAGCCUGGGCAGUGUGUAUGGAGGUCCUGGGCUGCCUAGACGACAACCCCCCACUCUCAGCCCACUGAUGUGGUCUAAAAGAAAGCAGAGCAACACAUUUGGCACCAGCCUUUCCACAGUCACCAAUUCCCUAUAUAUGGUUAGGUAGUUUCUUAGUUUCACACAGAACACUCUGCUGCUAAAGAAAGGAUUAUCUUUACAUCUCUUUCUUUUUUCUUUUAGUUGUCUUCACCUGUGAUACCUUUUCAACAUGCCACAAUUGCAUUUCUCUCAUUGGCUCCUGUUUCUUUGAUUCCUGCAGAAUACAUUUCAAGUAAAGCAUGUUCAGGCUUUGAGGCAUUUAAAUGAGCGACUGCUGACUGAGAAUAGGGCCUUGACCAGAGUGGUUACCAAGCUGUCAGGUGCCUGCAGGCAUCGACAUUCUGUGGACUUGUAAUUUCCCCUUUUCUUUUUUCUGUAGCUGGGCAGGUGUUGACUUUCAGUGAGUGUUAUGGCCUGCAUCUCUCACUAUUAAUGCUUGUGUGUCUGAAGACUGGCUUAUUGCUUGACUAUAAGUUCAGCUUAAAUACACAGUUUCCAGUAUUCCAAUUUUACCCUAUUACUAACAGAUAUAUUGAUGUUGUUGUUUAGUUGCAAAGGAGUUCAGAAACUUUCACUUCCUCUUUUGAAUAGCCACAGCUUUCCAUGUUGUCUGGACCAAGAACUGAUUAAUCCUAACUAUGGCAAGUGUUAGAUAAACCAGCUUUAGAAACUAUGAUUUGAAGCUGGCUUGUUUGAAACUAGCUGUAGUUGCUAUUAACCACAGUUUAUCAGGGCAUAUGACAUGGCCAACUGUAGUGAAGCAAAAAGCUUCCAAACACUUCCUCCCAGUCACACGGCAGGAGGAGAGGAUAGGGAUGGAAUGCUUGAGCGUGAGGCUUAUUGCGAUACAUUCAUUUAUCACGCUGUGCUGUGGUUUAGCAUGGCAUAUGUAUAUGGUGAAUGCAUCCGUGUUGGCAGAUUACUUUGAUGUUAAUCUGCGGGCCUUACUACCUACCACAGUUCAGAGAUGCUCCGUUCCUUGGAUAUGUAUAAGAAUAUUGAGGAGCUGAAAAACUAAACCCUAAUCUGAAUAGUUGAAUUGAUACUUCACUGGAAGCUAAGUACUACAUCUGAAUAUAAACUUACUGAAAAACAUAAGACUCAUCUGUGCUAAUUGGAAACCUCUGGUAGCAGCAUACUACUUAAAGUGGAAAUGUCACAGGGUUGUGUUAUUUUUCCCAAAUUGUCACUGUAAACUUUUUUUAAAAAAAAUAUUAACAUUGUUGUAUACUCGGGGUCCAUCAGAGUAGACCCAUUGAAGUUGAUGAGCAUGACUAAUUUAGUUCCAUUAAUUUUAAUGGGUUUGCUCUGAGUAAAACUUAAUUGAAUAAAACCAUCAGUACCAAGUUCUAGUUAGUGGUUUCAAAGCAAUGUGUCAGAUGAAAUAAUAAUAAUAAUAAUAAUAAUAAUAAUAAUAAUACAGAAGAAAUGAUCAGUUGCAAAAUUUUGCAUUAACUGUUUGAGGUAGCUCGUAAAUACAGCAGAAUUAAUUUUUUUAUAUGAGCCUAGAUUUAACAUGUGCCAUGCCAAUGCCAUAGAGGAGGCAUGAGCUUUUAUAGCUGAAAGUUGUCUCAUUACUGUGAAACUGAAAAAUUACCUUUGCAAUUAACAGUAGCUAAAAAGAAAUAAAACAUGUAUUUUCUACAUGUCUGAAUAGGCUUGCCUAAAGAGAAACACUUUAAGCAGGUGUCAAAAUGACUGUUGUGAAUGUACCUUAUUAGAGAUACCUCAUGCAUUCUAGAAUAUGAUCAUAUACAUAUCAAAACCCAAUCCAAACAGAUCACACAUGUAUAAUAAUUUAUUUUAAAUGCAGUUUUGAUUUUUCAAAGAAUAUGUUUAUUAACUCUUGUCAUUUGGUGCUUUGCAAAAAAAAAUUAAUACAAAGUAUUUUGAUAUUAUGCAUGGUGUAACCUUGCUUAUUUGAGCAACUCGCAAGAACUCUUUUUCCUUUGUUUAUUUAUUUUGCCAUUUAUAUCCUCCUUUCAAUACAAAAAAUCUCAAACUUACGGCAUUUACAAAUAAGAAAUGAAGCACAACAAAAUCCAGAACCACCCUAAGAAUAACAAUGGGCUUUAAAAAGCAUCAUGAAAAUCAUUCAACAGCCAAACUGAAAAGUAUUAAGUGUAAACAAGAACCCAUUUAAUAGCAUGUUAAGGUGGAGCCAGUUCAAUGUCUUUUGGGAAAUUGUUCCAUAGUCAGGGUACCACAGCUGAAAAUAUCCCCUUCCUUUUUUAUUUGCCAAUAGAAAUGCAAUAAGGACUCAGAAAGGGAGUGCAGAAUUCAUGUGAGGCGACAAUUCCUGAGCUGCCUUGGCUAUUCAGGUUUUAGAUGUCACAGUGAUCACUGUCAAUUUUGCCUGGAAGCCAAUGACAUUGAGAAAACUGACCUGAUGUGGUCUGUCCUGCCCAAACAAAUGUCUGCCCUCAGCAUCCUGAGCCAAUUGAAGCUUCUAAGGGUAGCCUCACAUAAAGUACAUUACAGUAAACCAACCUGGAUGUAAGUCCUAUUUAAGUCAGUGGGACUUGCUCCCAGAUAAGUGAGGGUUAGAAUUGCAGCCACUGGCAUCAAUGUUUUGGACCAUGUUUGAUUUCUUCAGGAAAACAAUGCUUCUGGUGAACCUGAGUACCAGUAUUGCCUGCCUAUAGUACCUCCAUCUUGUCUGGGUUUACAUUCAUCCUCUUCUACUUCCACACAGUGUCUUUGUAGUUCAACAACAUCUCUUUUGUUCAAGAUGGUGGGUCUGAUUGUCAGGCUUCCAAUUUCUGAGGGCACAUGUCAAAAGUGCUUGGUUAAGCAAAGACAAUUUCCCAUCUUUGGGUGUGUGUUCUUUUCUGGCCAGAUGAUUGUUCGUGCCCUGAACUUAACAGUUAAUCUUGUGGCAUCACAUCAGUGCCAGUCAUUCUCAUCCAUCCGCUCCCCACCUUGUGCCUUUUCUAGUUCUGUAAAAAAUAUUGGGGGAACUAUGGUGCAAAAUAGAAGAAAAUAGUAAUUAAGCUCUUGUAUUCUUUCUCCAUACUCAAAACCCAGGCUCUCUUUGUUCUUCACUCUUACAAUUGUACCUACCUCAUUAGGAAUUGGACUUGAUAUUGAAGCUUUCCCUUACCUUCAAGAGUUUAGUAAGAGCAGCAAUAGUACCAAGUGCCUCUUAUCCCAUUUUAAAUCCAACAUACCAGUAUUUUUCAAAGUAAUAUAGUGGGUUCCACAGGAAGAUGUUGAGCCUAUUUUUUCUGGUUUCUAAGGGGAAAUUUAAAAGACAAGUUUUUCAGCUCCCGAGUGGAGUGGCAGUAAAAUGUUCUAUAAGGAUGACUUUUUAAAAACUUGGCUGAUAAUUUAUCUGACGACUAGAUGCAUAUUGAAACUUCAUAAACUUAUAGCAGGUGUGGUAAGAGCAUUAUCAUACCACUUGGAACAAAGCAGUGCCUAUAUAAUGGGAAUAGAAAUAAAAGGCAUGAUGAGGCUCAGCAGAUUGUCAGUUAAGUGAGCAUUUAAUACCUAUUUAUUUCAAUAACAUUGCCAGGUUUGCACAAAUGCCACAUAUAGGCAUAUCUUAUAACUUAUUUGCCUUAUCUUCUUUACAAAAACAAAACACACAAUUUUGUGUCUCUGCUGGAUUUUGAAAUAGUGGACAUGUCAGUUUCUAAGAUAUGCUCAGAGCUCAAGCCUGUCUGGAAGUGAAGUCCUGUGGUAUAACUGUCACUUCUCUCAACACUCUCCCACCCUUACUCCCAGAUGUUUGGAGACAAAGGUGUAGUUGUGAAGAAUGCUCUCUACACAUUCUCUGAAUCACUUUUCUUUGUUACAACUCUGAAACCUGAGGCAGGACAUCCAAAAUGGGUUCCAGUGCCCAGGUCUGGUGAAUCUUGCUUCAGUUAAUGCACACCCAGGGCUGUGUGAACUGUACCCCACAAAAAGCUAAUUACAAAUUAAGUAAAUAUAUGCAUGCUUAUUUUACCUAGAGGAGCACCUAUAAAAAACCCUUUUCUUCCAUUACCCCAUGUGAGUGGCUUACUAUGUGUUUUGAGUGGUCUUGACUUGACUAAAUAUGGUUUGGUUUGUUUUAUAUUUCACUUCUCAGUGAUUAUAAAAUAAUAAGUUGCUGCUACGGAUGGACCUUGAGUUCUAAACAGCCACAUAUUCAAGUCACCAGCCUGCUUAGCAAUAUUUUAAUAUCAAUUGGUUUAUAAAUGGUAUUAAAUAAACAAACCAUUUGGCGUUUGCAGGAAAGGAGGACUAUUUGUCUUUGAAGAGACUUUGUAUUUAAUAUAUUGCUAUUUGUCAAGCGUUGCACACUUUACUCUCUGUUUUUCUCUGAUAGAUGCUACCAGACCUGAAGGCCGAUAACCAGAGGCUAAAAGAUGAAAAUGGGGCCUUGAUCAGAGUUAUCAGCAAGCUUUCCAAAUAAAAUUGUUUACUCCAGCUGCAAAUCAUGGGAUUGCACAUAAUUAGUAUCUCCAGUGGACCAUAGCAUGGAAGUCACUGGAAGUCUGGGAAGAUUUCUUGGAGACUGUCAUUUUCAGAUAUUCUGCCAAAUGCCCUCUUACCUGGGUGUGUGUUUUUUUUAACCAAGAUCAUUGUUUCAUGUGUUAAAGCAGCUGCUGAGAAGACAUAAUGACUGAGAAAUCUUGUUUACAGCUACUGCAUAUAAGGAAAGUGUUCAAGGCCAGAUAAGCCUCAGAUAUUUAACCAGUAAGCCUUAGUUGUACAUAAACACAUGCAUCAAAAAAAGCUUUCUGCUACCACAGACAGUUACUUUUAUUUUGUUGUGUCACGGUUCCUGGUUUUUUUCCCCUAUCCUGCAGUUUUUCUCUCUUACAUCUUAAGUUUGGAUUUGUGUGUGUUUCCUUCUAAUUAUUCAUAUACCAGAUUUUUUUUGUUGUACAGUAUUUUCACAGCUUUACAUUUACACACCCCUUUAAAAAUGCAACAUGUAGCUAACUAAGCCUGUAUUGUCCAGCCAGCCACCUCAAAACAGAGAGGUUUUGUGGAACCUUUGCUUUCACUGUUGUGCAAUAUGCAUUAUUUCCUAUAAAAGAUGCUUUAAAAGUCAGUUGCAAGUAGAUUGGUUAUUUUAAAACUCCUGUCUUCUGCCUUUAUUGGUCACUUUUUAAAAGAAAAUAAAAAGGUUUGUAGUGCAAGUUGUUAGAUCCUGUAACCAUCACAUUCAUUUUAGCCAGGUACUAAGUGAUGCUGUAUAUAUUAAUGUAUAUUGUUUGGAGUUUUCAGACCACCACUUGACAUGCUUGAAUAUAUUUCCCUAUUGCAAUUGUGUGUUAAAACAAAAUAGGCUGCUCCACAGUAGUGUUAAACAAAGUCCAUUUGGUUUAAAUUUACAAAUUCUACUUUGUAUGGAGUCAGUCUUUACAAAAAAUUGAAACGAAAAACAAUAUUUUAUCCCCUUCCAUUUUUUAUUUGAGUGAUCACCCAUAAUAAAACUUAAGUAUAACUUCUUCACUACAUUUCACAUAUCUGUGUUUGAGUGCUGUCUGAAACUGUUGUGCUAGCCAAAGUAAUCUUUAAGUCAUUUGAAAGCCCUAACCUAUUCAUUUACGUGCACUGCUAAUGCCAUGUGAAGAGGCAUCUAAGUUGAUACCACCACGUUCAGACCAUUUUAUACAUUUCAGUGGCCUUUUAAAAAGUACUCCAGUGAAGAUAGCUUUUGUUAGAAAACAAACAGCUUUUAUAUUUUCACUAAAACCUACUAAAUAUAACCAUCUUCUGGCCUACAGACUAUUGCCUAAAAACCACUGAACAGCUCAGCCAUUAAAAUAAAUUGUAUAUUGUAAAGCUUGUAGUAGCUAUUGUAUUAUUGAUUAUAUUGUAUACUAUAUUAAAUGUGAAUUUGUACCCCUUCAUUUUAAAAGGUCAUUGUGUUCUACUUCCUACUUCUUGGGGAUGGGACUCACUUCAUUUUGGGGUGGGCAAAAGAGAACAACUGUUUGGGGCAAGGAGGACGUGAGUCCCCUUCAUAGGGUUGGGUGAUUUGGGGAGGGGGGGAGGGAGGUUUUUUGAAGAUGUAAGGUUUUGCUCUUACUACCAAGCUCAGGAUUCUUGAUUUUAAAGGUACAAGGAUAGUUCUGGGAUAUCUUGUUACAGUAGGUCUGUAUGAGUCAUAAGUUUGAAGGUGGACAUAUUUCAUGGUCUUAAGCUAAUACAAACCAAGCAGAGAAAAUAUCCAUCUGAAUGGCUGCAACACGCUGCAUAGUGUUGUUGAAUUGUUAGGCAUACUGUGGAUUAUAUUUGGUCAAGUUUUGGAUGCCUGUGAAUGAUUAAAUGUGUAUCUAAUAUUUUAGUGUUUUAUAUAUAGGUUAUUUAUUCUUUAAAAACCGAAUGGCUACUGUGUUACGUUGAUUUUAUUGGUAGUAUUGAGCAGACCUUGCAUCUGCAUGAAACUACUUGCAAAACCCACUAUUUUGCAAAAAAAAAUGUAUUUUGACAUAUACAAAUAAAAUGAAUAAAACUAUUUUAAAUGUGUGGAUUUUACUGAGAAGACAUUUUAAACGUGAAUUUGGUAUUUAAAUUCUUUGUGGGCAUUUUUUUAUUGCUUCACUGGGAUGCAAAGUACUUUUCAGAGAUUGUAAUCAAAUUGUGUUUGCACAGCUGUAAAUGCAACAGUAAAAAUGCCAUAUUUAUGCAAUCUGUAACAAAAUUGAAAAAUGUUUAUAUAUUUUACAUAAACCUGUCUGCAUGGAGAAACUACAUGGAAACCAGUUUUUUUAUGUGUUGUGCCAUGGUAAGAAUGCAUGAUCUUAGAAUGUUGCUUAACUCACUAGAAUAUUUUGUAGCUGAACAUACCAGAGGCUUGAUAGAAAUUCAUUUAGCUACACUAGCAACUGCUCCUCUAUCCCAGCACAUGUUUUAAUGUUAAGUUCAGAUUUUCAUUUAGUUCCCUGCUGGAAAUAAGCUUGUGGUGUUUGGAUACUGGACUAUGAAAGAAGUGCUGAAUCAUCAGAGAAAUGUCACUUGUUUGUUUGAGGACGCUAAUUGCGGAACAUGCAGUCAGUUUAUCCCAUGUUGGAGUGCAUUUACUGUUCUGGAGUUCAAGCAGUAAUGAACAUAGCUGAGAUGUUAACUACAUUGUUUUGGCUGCACAUUAAAAUAAUGGCAAGAUUGAAACAGGACUUGAGGC